GGGCGCGAUGGGAGGGGAGCGCUCAGUGCUGCAGCUGGACGGCGGAGCGGCUCGUGCUGUGGCGGGCACGUCGAGAUGAGACGCUGCUCGUGACAGCAGCGCCGGAGUGAUAAUGAACGCCUUCAGUAAGUGCUGGGAUGGACGAGGAAGGUUUGCCGUCUGCGCGGGGCGGAAUAACAGCGUGCCGUUGUGCCUCCGGGCUCCGCGAUGGUGUCACCUCUGCGCGCUUUCCCCUCUGCUGUCCGGACAGGGGACUCUGGCGGAGAAGUGACACAGCAGCGUCGGAAUUUACACAAUCAGCAGUGUGAGCACAAACGUGCGAGGGAGUAGAGGCACUGUCAUGGAGAAACAGAGCAGAGUCAAGGAGGAAAUGCCGACAUCGAAGGAGGAGAAGCGCAAAGAGAAGAAGCCCAAACCUGGGAAGCUUUUCCGAAAGAAAUCGCUGAGGUCUGUGGGGAGUUUUAUGAACAGAAUCAUCAAAACUUUGGGCACUUUUACCCACUUUGGAGACGUUGACGCGCAUGACGCGGAGGACGACGACGGUGGGUUCCGGAAUGGCGCACCUUGCACCCUCAGCGCGAGCUCAGGGAUCAUGAAAGAGGACGUACAGGUGGUGUGGGAUCGCGUGGCCAAAAACAUUAGCACGUCCUCUACUUUGUGCACCGGCAGAGAAAAACUCCUGUAUCAGUACGGGGACAAGAUCCCGGGUGUCCUGGGGCUGAAAAACCACGGAAACACCUGCUUUAUGAACGCUGUAGUGCAGUGUUUGAGCAACACGGACCUGCUGGCGGAGUAUUUGGGGCUGGAGUGGUAUAAAUUGGACCUGAGUCAGAUCAGACUGAACGGAAUGGUGAGGAGUGAUGAGGUGAUGAGGUUUGGAAAGGGAGAGGUCACGGAGCAGUUGGCAUCACUUGUGAGGGCUCUGUGGACUCUGGAGUACACGCCACAGCUGUCUGUGGACUUUAAGGUACAAAGAGAGCAACAUUACAGUCCAAUUACACUGUCUGCAGGUAUAUGUUCAUAGGUGAUGGUUGUAUUGUGAAAGUAUCACAAACUUUUUCUCAGCCCCUAGUCAUUGGGCUUUUAAGUACAAACACAGUUAAAGAAGAGCAAAAAGUGACACUCAAUUACAACCCCAAAUGUUUAUAAAAAACUGAUUUUUUAAAGAAGAGUUCAAAGACACCAAAUCACAUGUAAAACGAAAACAAGUUGUUUUUUUUUAAAACAUAUAUACACAUUUUAACUUGAUGCCAGCACCAUGCUUCAAAACAGUUGGAACAGAAGCAUGUUUGCUGUUGUGUUGCAUCACCUCGUCUUUUAACAACUCUGUGUAAACCGCUGCAUACAAAGAUGAUCAGUUUCAAGAGUUUUGGAACUGAAUGUUGUCCCUACUGUCCCCAAUAUAAGAUUUUAGCUGCUCAACAAUUCUGGGUUUCCUGUGUUAUAAUUUUAGCAUUAGGAUACCCCUUUUUGAAGUCUUCUACUACAGACCCAAACUGUUGUAAAAGUGCAGGAUGUGGUUUGGCAUUGUUUUGGUGGAGUAUGUAGAUCUUCCCUGAAAAAGUCAUGGUCUGGGUGGCAGCAUGUAUUGCUCUAAAAUCUGUAGACAUUGCUCAGCAUUAAUGGUACGCUCCCACAUUUGGAUUAGUCAGACCACAGAACAGUUUUCUGGUUUAUCUUAAACGGGUUGAGACCCACUUCUGGAUCAUUUAUGCUUUCCUUUUGGCAUGCUACAGUUUUAACCUGCACUUUUGGAUGUAGUUAGAAAACUGAGUUCACAGACAGAGAUUUUUGAAUCUGAUUUCAAGCCCCUGCAGUGAUUUCCACUACAGAGCAAUGCCUGUUUUCAAUGCAUUUCUCUGAAUUUUUUAAUGGUAUUAUCUUCUAGAUGAUGAAUUCCCCCAGUGCUUAUAUUUGUAUGCCAAAGCACAUUAUUCUGAAGUUGUUGAGCUUUCUGCUCACACAGUCUCUCACAGUGAUGAGUCUCUCACCAUCUUUACUUCUGAGGGACUCUGGAAUGCUCUUUCUAUACCAGCUCAUGUUACCAGCCUGUUACAGAUUAACCUCAUUGGUUUGGAGAUGUUUCUCCACAAGUUUCUUUUGCAGGACACAAUUUCUUCAGUGUUUUGUUGUCUUUGUUCCAGCUUUUAAAAAAAAAAAAAAAAAACCUUUAGAUGGCAUAAAAAUUCAAAUGAGAAUUUUUUUUUUUAAAUAAUAGAAUAACUAUUGCAGAUUCAACUUUUGAUUUGUUAACCAUCAAAUUCUGUUUUAUCAACAUUUUACACUACAUGUCAGCUCUUGUAGAAUUAGAGUUUUGGGUAAACAACCAAAACACAGAAGGCAGCAGGCCCAUGAUAAACUUAAAUGACCCUAAGACAGACGAAAACAGAAACAGAGAACAGAUUGUGUUAACUCCUGUCAUAUUUAAAGAAAACUGCAGUUUUUAGAUAUAUUUUUAACUUGUUAAUUGAAUAUGUGGUAAAAGGUUGUAAAGACUCUGCUCUUAGAUGCAUGAAACAAAUUAAACUAUCCUGAGGUUUAUGAAUCGUUGAUUUAGUGUUUGGAUGAAGGUAACUGAAACGUGUUUUCUACAUGUUCAAGUAGAGUGAUUUAUUAAUAGAUAGCAUACACAUUUAAGCUUAAAAUAGAAGCGUAAUGUGUGAGCCACAGCUCUUAACUAACUACUGGCACCAAUUAACAGAGGCGUCCACUGAUGGAAACAUCUCUGACAGCUGUGAUUCAAACAAAUGGAGCCUAUGCGCUGUUUACACACUCCUGUUAUGUGUUUAAUUUCUACCCAGGUUCUUCAGUGAGUUGUUACAUUACUGCUCAGGAAAAUAUAAUAACCUGUUUUGCACACAGUAUGCCAUAAACACUGUUAUGAAGGGCCCAGAUCAGUCUGAAUAUGAUAUUUAGACAAAAUAUCAGUGUCACAAGUCUGACUUUGGCUGCUAUGAUUGCCACCAGGAGAACAAACUGCGCUCUCCUCACAUAUACUUACAAGCAUUAAACGCGCUUUACCCUGUGACUUCAGUGCCGUCCUGACAGGUGAUAAUGAGGCUGCUGCUCAGAGAGCACACAGGGUCAGCAGGUGUGAGACUGGAUCGCAGGGCUGGACUGUUUUUUCCCUUCUUUAUUUAACACUAAAAGACUGAAUUCACCACAUUUACACAGCGGUAGUUUUACUCUGAAAGACUGCUGAGUUUCAGCUACAGGUCAGCUAUAGCUACCCAAAUAUAAAACCAGGAAAAAAAAGGAUUCUUGGAGUGAAAAUGUGUAGGAACUCUAUUAGACUGGAGAGCAGCGUUUAAAACUCAUUAGCAACUGUUUGAUAAAUGCUCAUGUUAGCAUCAAACUACUCUCUAAUUAACAUUUUCAUUUGAUAUUUGGAGGCUGAUUUAAAAAUGAUGUUAGCCAGCUGCAGUUCAGAUAAACAAGGCUUUGGUUGGCUAUUUAGAGUUAGCUGGCUUGAGUAUUUUCCAGAUAUGUUGUUUGAUAACUCAUCGGUAGUGGAGAGCUGAGUCAGCUUAAUCUUCUCAUCCAAAUACAAGAUAAUAUUUUUCCCUGAAAUGAAUCUGAACAAAGUGGGAUCAUGUUUGUCCAGAACAAAGUGGCUCUAAAGUAGGUAAUGUUAAACAAUAACUGACGCAGGGUUUAGAUUUUAAGAUAAUGCUUAUUAAUGCAGGAGAGACACCAGAUAGCUGUCAAGCAGCCAAGAAAGAUGGUGUCAGAAUGUAAUAUCUGAGGCCACUAAAGUAAAAAAAAGACUUCUUUAUAAUGUGUUUCUAAAAAAAACUGCCCAAUACCAACAGACUGCAGGUUAUUUUAAUUUUAAUAGUGUUCAAACACCAAUAUCACAAGAGGUUUAUAACCAAUAUAUCCAAGGAAUGAGUGAAUGCUAUCAUGAGCCUUCAUCCAACAGAAGCUAUUAUUACUAUGUGGGUGAAAAGACACAAUGGGGAUUGCAUGAAUUAGCAGAUGGUCAUGUUAGCCAGCUAACAACAAUUUUAGCUUGGAAAUGGUUGAGUACAGGGAUGUCCCAAAGCAACUGCUUUCCUUUUUUAUGAAGAUGGCAAAUAAGAUUCAGCCUUCCCCAUGAGAAAACCCUCAGAGUGCAGUCAAAAUUAAUCAUUUUUUAAUCCAGACAAAUAUAGGAUCAGAGAGUCUGGCCAUGUAAAAUUGUGUCUACAAGUGUAGAUACCAUUAGCAGUACUAGCACCACCGGCCUUUAGUUCUCCCGCUUGCUGGUUAGUGUCUGCGUGUGUGUGCUGGUUAGACAUCGCUCAGGUUGAGUUUUUUCAUACCAGUUAGGUGUUGUUAAUGUUCGGUAAUAGUUGGUUAUAUGAAGAUGUUGAAUGAUGACUAAUGUUGAAUAGUGAGCACGUUAUUUUUUUACCUCCAGAUUUUACUGCUCUCUCCCUGCCUGCAUCUUUUCAGUAGUGGCAUGGAAGUAACAUUUUUAUGAAUUACAGCCAUGUAAAUGUGGCAAAUGCUAAAACUUCAGUGAAUAACAGAGUACAACUCCAUAAACCUUGCUAGGUGAGCUGAAUCCUAACAUCAUAGAUGCAGCUCAGAGCUCCAGUGGAUAAUUUUCCUCCUCUACCAUGAAAAAGAAAGUACUUUUUUAUUAAGAUGUAUGUUGGUGCAGGACAAGGAAGAUUUACAGUGAUAAUUUUCAGUGUAGUAUCGUCCUCACUGAGUCGAACUGUGACAGAGCUUUAUCUGGAGACCCUAAUGCUUCCAUACCCUCACUUCUGGGCAAUCAUUCUUUCUUUAUCUGCAUCUCUUUGCCUGAAUUUCUCACAUCGUCAAAGGCAAGAAGUGGAUGGUAUGGAGCCACUUAUAAAGACACUUUACAAUGGACCUAUUCCUGGAAUUUCUAAUUACUCUGUAGGGAAAGAGUCUAAUUACUUGGCUGCAGGAAAGCCUGGACCUGUAUAUUGUGUGAACUUUGAUUUUAUACCUUUGACUAGAAAAUGUAAUGAAAAAUCUGUAGAUUGUGAGUCUUUUUUUGCCCUUUUGCUCUCCUAUCUGUCAACCAAACAUGCUUUAUGUCAGGGCGGUAAGCUCAUUUGAUGUUUUAAUGUUUUAAUACUUUAAUACUUAAUUCCACAUUUAAGUGAAAUCGCAAAAUUAUUAUCACUGAACUGCUUUUUAAUUGAUUAGCGAGCGAGAUAUUGAAGAAAAGUGAAAAUCUGAGGCGAUGUCAAGUCAGGGAUACCGCAUGGUGAAUCAGCAGUUAUGCAUAUUAAAGUCUCAUAGACCCCUUAUGGGAAACAUAGUGGUCCAGUCUCACCCUGGCCUGUGAAAAAGUUAUAAACAAAUUGACACCAAAUACUGAUUUUAAGUCAGUUUUAUUUAUUUAAUAGUGAAAAAAGUACAAUUAAAAAAGUCUAUCUGAAGUCUUGCUUGGCUGUGCUCCCAUAUCUAAGGGUUCAAAUGUGACUUCCUGCUGGAGGAACAAACGACAAAUAAAAUGUUUAAAUUAAUCGACAAAGUGAGACAUUAGUGUGCUAAUAUAAAAGUCAUUGAAUUGAACAUUUUCAGUGAAGUGUGCGCUAGAAAAGGUGAAUGGGACUACUGAAGGAAUAGGUCUCGUCUGCUUAUUUGUAACUAUUCUUAUUGAAUUGUAUAUUUCAAUUGUCUUCAUUACAACAGAUUCCAAUGAGCUCUGUUGUUGGGCAAAUUAACAUAAAAGUGAACAUUUUGAUUCAUAGUCAGUGUAAAAGGUGAAAGUGCUUUUUUGUUCUUAUUCACACUAAAUUGAAUAUUUUCAGUGAUAGUAAUAUUAGACAAAGUAAAGAGGAUUUCUGCUGUAGUAUUUAUGUUGACAUUUUUCCCAUUCAGCUCCCCUUGUUCUUUUACAUAUUAAUCCUCAAAUUAAAACGAGGUUAAAGUCAUAUCACUACCUCUUAUUGCUUGAGCUAUCUUGCAGCAGUUAGUGAGUCAGAGAUGUUGCUGUCUCACAGAUUGCAGGACAGAACGUUGGAUGGAUGGGAUCCAGUACCUCCUUAGGCUGGUCUUACAUCUGUUCCCAAAUUUGUCAGUAUUUCCUCACUUUUAAGAUCAUGCUGCCUGCGAUGCAGAAUCAAGUUUUUGCCACAGUGUCAACAGGCAGAGUUGGAGCACUUUUCCAAGUAUGGAAUAAACAUGAUGCAUGCCAUCAGGUGUUCACUGGUGCUGCUUUGGCAGUUGUUUUCGUUGUUGGGGCAUUUUCUGUCUGGAGUCAUCUGGCAUACUAACCUGGGGUAGUGCUGCAUUACAACAAUAUUUGAGCCUCCCACUCUGAGUGUGACAUCAGAGGAAAACUCCCCUGCCCCGUGAAUCUGGUGAACUCCCUUGAAUACCUCUUGGGACUUAGAUGUUAUCAAGGCAACAAUCAGAGGGAGCAGCAACUCGCCAAGAUUCAUAGAUAGAUAAAAAGAAACACACCAAACACUCCCUCUUGUUUGUGAUGAAAUGUUUCCUGUGUUACAGUAGACAGACACACUCAUAGUCCUGCUUCUUGGCUGUGUUUGUGGCCGCAGGGGGAGCCGAGUUCAUGCAGCUCAGGCCUCAUAAAACUGCGUGUUGAGUAACUCCACAGCUGCCUGAAGUCCGGCAUCAAAUAAUCACAUAGCUCCAAGGAUUGCAGGCAAAUUAACACCCAAAUAAAGAAACUGUGGAUGAAAAAAAACAAACCAAAUGAUUGUCAAAGAAGCUCAGGAUUCUUUGAAAUGCACAUUAUUGAUUUUGUAAGUUAAUUACUGGAGGUUGGCAACCAUUUAUAGUCAACAAUAUCUUUUGUUGACAUGGACCGCUUUUCAUUAUGAUAGCAGCCUGAUCAGUAAAAGAUAACUUCUCAUAAAUACUUCAUUUCGACAUUUCAUUAUUCCAUUUAAAGGGGGAGAUUCGUGGUGGGAAUGUCCUAAUGACAAUCUUAACAAUAGGAUCAGAUCUGAUUUUGGCAUUUUCCAAUUGAUUGGUGUCAGGCAUCUCAUCUAGUCAUUUGUUGCUGCUGAGAAUGAGUGGGAGUGCAACCUAGCAAGCAAUUUUACCAUUGUUUUCUAUUUAUUCUUCUAUUAAGUUCAAGUCUUAUUGGGUUUUGUAUGUUAAUUUUGCUCCAUCCACCAAAUUAUUUUCCUGUUUUUACACACCAGUGUCCAGUCCGGCCUCCUGUUGUUCCUCAGUUCUGUAUGUGUCUCACCUUCAGCAGUACUCAUCUUUAUACAGACGCUCAAGCAGCACAACUUGCAUUUUAAAAUGUUUGACUCCAUGUUCUCAGACACAACAGGGAACAUGCAUGAUGAAGAGGCUUGUUAAUGACUUGCUGUUUUGCAUCAACCCAAAACCAUAGAGGUAAAUUUCUUCCCUGACUUAAUGUUUGCCAUAUUCACCAGCCAAAAAUGUAAGACUUGAGUUAAGACUCAAUUGUUUGCUCAUACCAAACAAUUCCUGUCUAAUUUGUUGCUUGUAAUAUAUUGAGAUAUAUGUUUGUCUGGAACUGUCAAGCGAAUGUGGUUUAUAUUAAGUUUCAUGAGUGGGGGUGGACCAAUUACAUUUUUUAACAGCUGAUGCCAAUACCAAUAAUGAGAGAGCAGAUUGGCCGCUAUUAAUUGCCAAUAUCUUAUUAUUGUUGAUUUUUGCAUUAAAAAAACAAUUGGAUGAUACUAUCGAGCGAGAAACAAAUUUGCAGAAUUCGAGUGAAUAUUUAUUAGAUAAAUUUAGAGAAGACAGUAUUUGGCUCAGUAAAACAUUGCCGCUGAAGACUUGUGGAUUUCUGUCCAGCUACCAGAAAUUAUUAGGAGAGGAAAAGACAAAUAUUGGAGUGACAAUUUAAAAAAAGACAGUCUUGUAGAAAUUUAAUAUUCUCUGCACAUUAAAAUUUAAUACACCCUGUGGUUAUCUGCUCUGGUAACAUAUUUUAGAUGGACUCUUACUGAAUUGAUUAAAAAGGCAAAUACACUGGAUUAUGCUGUAGAUACCAGAACAUGACGAAUAUAUCUUUCAGAAGCAAUAUGUAUUUGCAUUCUUCUAUACAUCAAAUCUGAACUCAUGUCGAACACUAUCCAGCAAGUGUUUUACAUUUGAUUUGCUGUCGUUUAGGAUGGGCAAAAUGUGUUUUUAUUUAGAAAAGAUAAUGACGAUAUCAGCCUUGUGGGAGCCAAUUAUACUAAAAUGCUGUUAAACAGUCCCGUUAAUUGGUCCAUCUCUAUUGGAGAGAUACCAUCCUCAUCCCAGAAAAGGAGAAAAAAAGUGCUCAUAGUUAUCAGGCUCAGAGCACAGAGUGAGGAGAGAUCGUCUGAGACAUUGAUUGGGUGUGAUGAUCACAUAUGGAGAAAUAAGAAAAUGGAAAACAGUUGUCGAUCAUACCAUGAGGGCUGAAAAUAUACUCGGAUGGCUUGCUAAGGUAUAUGUGGGAAAUGAUUUUAGGUGUUUUGAUACAGAAUAGGGAGGUGACAGUCCAUGGGAUUUGGGUCCAUGAACCUUUUGAAAACACUACCCAUCUUACAUUAACAGGAAUUUAUAGAAACUCAAGUGUGGAAACGAUUUGCUUUGAUGGCGUUGUCUUGAAAUUUGCUGUUCCUGUGCAUCUCUUUUGUUAGUGUAGACUCCUCCUCCUUUGAUCUGAAGUUUCUUAAGUUUAUGAAUCACUGUGGCCUCCUCUUAGGUCAGCUGGCUGCAGAGUCAGGAGAAAAACCCAAACUGAGUCCUGCUGAAUACCUGGAUUGCUGCCACAUUCCAGAACCACCUGGACCGUCUGGCAGGAGCGAGGCAGCUUUAAUAAAUGUUCGCUAAAGAUUUAGAUUCACUGCCUGAGCUGCUCUGAGAGAUUUCACUUUCCUGAUGCGUCCCGAGGUUCCUCUCUCACAGAUGUGUCUCUGACGUCACGACUGAAGGCUUGAGUUUCUUCAACCUGAGCAGCAGAUGUGUGCGUUUGAUCUGGACACUGCUGAAGCGGUUUAUGCAUCUCCCCCAGCAGGACGCUGUGUUUGCAGAGAGGGGCCAGAUCCUGAAACUCAAACAGUUACUCAACAGUCAAUUUAUCAGUUUCCACAACAGGAGAGGCCUGCAAGAAGGGAGUGAGGCUGAGUGUGAGGAGGCGGGAUGACCCAACAGGAAUGUCAUCCUCCCUGCUGGGUGUAUCGACAGGAAAUUUUUCUGGGAGCUUGAUAAACGUAGUGACGACAGAGAGCUUUCUCACAGGUAUGCGUCAAUAUUUGCGGUCACCAUGUUGAUCUUUAAUGAUUACCUAUGUGGUAGGCUGCAAAGAGCCAGACAUCCUAUAACAGUAGAUUAUUGACUUUAACCAGGGCUACUUAUACUUUGAGUGAUUCCUGCAGUCGUCAGGGGGAUGAGUGCUAAGAGUUUGGAGUAGAUACUGCCAGAUCACAACAAAAGCUAUCACUGGACUCUGAACAUAAAGAGAAUGGCGGAUCAGUUGACUGUAAUUUUAUUUAAGGGUUUUUUACAAUGAGUUUUAUUUAGUAGAAAAGAGUAAACUAUCAACGUAUUUUAAUGGUUCAAGAUUGUGUGUGCCAGGGUGAAACUAAAGCUUUCAACAUCAUAUUCAGGAGUUGACAGUUCACCAGUUACACUUUGUGUACGGAUAUGGCCAGCCAAUGGGAUAAUAAGAUAAGGGAGGGAAAUUCAAUUGUCUGUUGUCUCACAUAAUAUGUCUCUAAAACAUAUAGUAACAGUACAGAUAUGGCAAGCCAAUGGGAUGAUAUUCAGGGCGGUACAUUAGGUGAAACAAAGUGGUCAGGAAAACAGACCCAGACAGAAAGAUUCACUUGUAGUGGAACCAACGUGGCGUGACAGGUCGAUACAGAUUAUUGGCCAAACGCUGAACAACGGCUCUGAUAAUCAGCUAGUGCCAAUAAUCGGUCCAAUCCUGAGCUGGCAUACUGUUUUGGGUUCUGUUUUGCUGUAAAAAACAAUCCUGCUCCUCCCAUUGGUUUUUGCCAGAUUGGACUAUUUUUUGGCCAGUUGGGCUGUUUUUAGUUUGAUUGUUUAUGUUGAAAUGGGUUGAGGUGGGUGGACAUAAUUUCAACAGCUUUUCCAUGAGUUGGACACGUUUGUCAUGAUAGAGUAAUGGUUACCGUGCCAAUAAUAGAAAACUUUGGUAGAAGUAUGUGUACUAGUUAGAAGAUCUGAAAAUUAUGAUAACAGACAAACUUACCUUAAAGCAAAUAAACAGCAACAAUAAACAGCUGUGAUAGACAUUACAUACUUGAGGAUUAUUUGGACAAAUAAUUGGUUAUGACAAGUCUUGAGUCAAGCCCCGCCCACUCCUCAUUAGUAACAGCAAAUCGGGCCCUAAAUCUGGCAUAAAUCAUCUAGUGUGUUUGGCUAACUGGACUGUAGUUUCUGAAUAUUUUUUAAGCUAAUAAAAGGGGAAAUGGUUUGGAAAUAUUGAAUGUGGCUCAAAUGAUGAGAAGCAAAGUUAUAACGUGUGUUGCUGUGUUUUUUAAUUUGCUCUUUAUCUUUAUUUGGUUGGAUGAUUACACACAUUACAGUGCGGCCAGUGGCUGUUAUGACACAGAGAGCAGUAAUAAACACUGAGUUCUCCACAACCUCAAUUAUAUCACUGAGACAAGUACCACCUUCAACAGGCUGAUGGUAAUUACUGUUAUUACUCUUGAUGCAUGACAGCUUUAGGCUCGUAAGUGUGCACAGUUCUCAUGGUUUAUGUCAGAGCAUUUCUGCAAAGCAAUCUGUAAUAUUUAUGAGCAUGCUCUGUUCUAUGUGUUACCUUCUUAUACCCGGUCAUAUAUCAGGUCUACAGGACCAGAGGGAGGAUGCAGUAUUUCCCACAGCCUCACAUCAUUCAGAUUCUGAUUGAUUGGUAGAGUCUGGUUUUUGAUUUUGUGCUCUCUCUCGACUUUAGGUCCACUUAUUCCUGUCAGGAUGUUUUUGCUCUGUAUCUGCAUAAAACCUAAUGCUCCGCAGUUUCUGGAAUGAACCGCGGAGCAGCACUCAUUAAGCAACUGCCUGAAGCCUUCGUUAUAAACAGCCCAAGUCCUUUAAAAAAGCAUAAAAGUCUGUUAGUGAUCUUGUGAGCCCUCAGAGGAGCUGAGGCAAGCUUUACUCAGUGUUUGUAAUGACACUACACACUGACCUACCUGUUGUUGCUAGCUGCUGAUCAGAAUGGAGUCAUGUCAGGUGAGUAGACGGCGGUUCAUCAUGUUCCUGCAGUAUUUUACAAAGCCUGCCUACUUUCAGAUGAUAAAGUAUUUGUGAAAAUCCCAAAUUCUCCCAUAUCUUUGUUUUUAGUUUGGUCAGGACCUCUUUUGUCAAAUGACUGAUAAAAGAGCAGUUGUGGUUCAGUGGUACAGUUGGUCGUCUCAGUUGGAAGGUUGGUUGUCCACAUGCUGAAGUGUCCUUGGGCAAGAAACUUGACUCCACCUGCCUUAACUUUACUGGCAACAUAGCAGCCUUUGCCAGCAGUGUGUGGAUGUCGUGUCACUGGGUGAAUGUGACAUGUAAUGUAAAGAAAGAGUUAUAUUAACAGUACAUCUACCAUUCACUUCAAUGCAAUAUUUAUAUUUGGCAGUAUUGCUCCAUUCUCAGAGCUCCCUACUCUUCCUGAUGCUUACGUGGAGUUCCAAAGCCUGCAGCAAGUGAGAACACACCUGCCCUCUGUUUCAUGUGCAGAGUCCUUGCCCAGACUGGGCGUUAGGGGUGUCCCGAUACAACUUUUUUUACCUCCAAUACGAUACCGAUGUUGUAGCCUUCAAUAUUGGCCAAUACCAAUAUUGAUCCGAUUUUAGCACAAACUUGCGCAUGACAAGUUUUGUACUCAGCUGCAACGUCUUUUUCAGACUUUAGUGAAAAAUACUGCCACAGGGCCGACAUCACUCCUGCUCCUUGGUACUUUGGUACACACUGUUGUUGGGAUUUCAUGGGCUCUACAUGCUGGAUCUGGGUGCUGCAAGAUAGAGGUGCCGGAGCGGAGUCUGGAAUGGACUGUCUGUAUUGGAGUGCUGAUAUCGGAGAUUUUAGAAAGAGGCCGAUAUAAUCCAGUAUUCAAUUUUUUUUGCUGCUGAUCGACACCGUAUCAGGAUACCCCUACUAGGCGUAGCUACCUUCUCCUCACAAAGCAUUGACACACAAUAAAUAAAUGAACAUAUCUGAUAGCAUCAACAUAAUGUACCACUUCUUUAUGAGAAUGACGACUGAAACACUUGGUGUUGUGGAGCUUUUACGAUUAAAUAAGCGUGACAUCAAAAAGCGGUGUUCAUGUUUUUGUUUUGAUUUGAGAUAUGCAUGGCACCUUACAGUUUGCUCUCUAGUGCCACCUGUUGGCUUUACUUUGCAAUGCAACCAUAGUGGGUUGUGUCUCAAAUUUGAUAUCACAGAGAUUGCUGCUGUUUCAUUUCUUUAACUUGUGCCUAGGGGAACAAAUUUGCAAGGAGAACAUGAAAAUACAUCGCCAUGGCUCCGACUGAUGAGUGUAGCCACAUCUGGAAAUGAAGUUGUAGUCGUAGUUUCUGUGUGGCGCGUAUUUCACUUCAUCUGUUUCAUUUGUAUUGGCAGCUGGGUUUAUUUAUUAAUCCUUUGUGUCCUGUGACUGACUCAUCCUUAAGUUUCUAUGUCAAAUGACAACACUCUUCACUUUUUGACUUCGUGAUCCACGCUGAAAGGAAGCGGCUCUUUUUCUCUUUCAAGACGAGAUCAGAAGAGAAGAUUAGAGAACCUUAUUGCUCUGCCAAGGCUGUUUAUGAAUUUUUAUGCUCACUUUUUGCACUUGUCAGUAAGCACGUCUCAGUAACUGCUUUGAAGUUGCAGCCGUGGCUCUGCUCCCACAAUUCAUAGCUUUGCUCACAUCCCCUUUUUUAUUUUAUUUUUAUUUUUUUAAAGAAUACCUGAGCAUGCUGGUACCAUGUUUCCUGUUGUCCAAAUUGCAACGUCUGUAUCUGUCCAUUCUUAUGAGAUCUGAACUGGCAGCUUUUUAGCGACAGGCCUCUAACUUCAUCAUUAGACAUCCUCCAUCACAUUAUGGUGAGAUGGCUAGAAGAGGCAUAUCACACAUUAGUGGAUUAUGAAGCAAUGAUUACAGUCUGCUGUUCCCUCUGCUAUAAUCUCUCAUCACUGCCUGUGCUGCUCCCGCCUGCCAGCUGCGGUUCAUGCAGCUAAUUCCUGCCUAAUUGACUCGGGUGCCUUUCACAUCUGAAGUCACAUUACACUGAGUGAGAGCUUAAGUAGUCCUCAACCUACUUUGAAGGAAGAAAGUUGUUCACACCUCUUAUUUAAUGUCAGAAAUCUUCAAAUUUUCAUUCUUGAGAACAAAUGAAGGCAAAGAAAUUCUUUUAAAGAGUGAAACUUUUCCCUCCUAAGUCUCAGACAAAGGCGUGUUUCACAAAUCCAAAAUCUGUAACAACUGAUGGGAGUUAGAGCAAAUUUGCAAUUCAAGGAUUUAUCUGAUCAGCAUUGUGUGGAGAAGCCAGAAGAAGAGCCGUCCAGUGAACACCAGGGCUGCCAAAACCAGUAGAGAAGCGCUUGUGAAAACUUAACAUGGCCAUGUGAUCCUAUUUCUUCAACAUAACCACUCGUUCAAACCUCCAGACAUGACAAAUAAAGCUGGUGUGAAAAAGUGAAAAACUGCAGUUCCUCUAUUGUCCAUUUGGGGCAGGUUGUUUCAGAAAAAUAUACAGUAAACAUCUUUACAGCCUGUUCAGCUCUGAAAAGCUAGCACUUAACUACAUUACACCAGUCACUGAGUGAAGGAGUUUCUAGAAAAAUAUAACAGCCAGGCGACUCAAUGAUAUCUAGUCAAAAAAACUUAAAUUUUAGCUAGAAUAUUUGUCUUAGGUCUUGUCAAAGCAUCUCAUUAAACUUAAGUUAGACCACAGUAACAUGACAGAUUCAAUGAUAAAUCUUAUUUUAAGAAAAUUCAAGCCAAAGUUUUGCGUGAGGAUUUUAUUUUAUUUAGGAAACUUGUCAAGAAAAUUUUGCUAGCUGUACUUGAAGCUGUUUUCUCUCAUUUCAAUCACUAUAGGCACUUUUGCCUUGUAAAGCAAUCAGCUCUGCACAGUCAACCAUGAUGUGAGUGUAUGUGGGGACAGUCCAGAAAAUGCAAUACUGACAAAAGAUGCUGUAAAAACCUUCAAUCACGUCACCAUGGAUCGAUACAGAAUUAAAGUCACUUCACACAUUGGUGCUAUUGCUUAUCAUCACUGUCAGACAGAAACCUCGAAUCUCCAGAUUUCAACAUGUUAAUUUUUUACAUCAUUCAAUGUUAUCAGUCAUCCUUAUCUGACAGAGAGAUUUCUGGGUUUUCAACCAACAAAAACAGUUUAUAAAAGCUUGUAUUUGUAUUCCAUGAAGUGUUAAUUCAUUUAAAAAGCAGAUGUUUUAUAUCUUAAUGUUGUACUUUUGGAGAUAAGAGGUUUCUUCAAGACAGCAGCAUUAUAUCAACAUAAUUACUUUUGUGCUUAUGUGGGCUUCCUUAAACUGGGUAGCAUACUUCAAUUCCCCAACCCCACUGCAAUAGAUGAAAAGUUAGUGUUAAAUACUCAGUUCUUUGAGUAAAAAACUAUAAGUACUUUUUAGUUUUACUUGAGUAGAUUAACAGAGAGGCAGUUUUACUUUUACUUAUGUAAAACUUUAUUAAAGUGUACUUUUACUUUCCAUUCCUGCGUCCUCUUUUUUUUGUUGUUGCUUCUGUUACUGGUGUAAACCAGAGUAUAGUCUCUGUGUGACUUACUAUUUACAGUGAAACUGAGACUCAACAGAAACAAAUUAAAUGUGUGACUCCUAAAUACAUGUCACCCAGGAAAGGAAGCCUUAACGCGAACAAUGACUGUAGGAUUACUAAAAUGUAGCAUCUGCCCCCAGAGGUAUAUUUACUGUUCGCCAAUGAAAAAUGAUCCCUAAACUGAGCGUGCUUUCUCCUCUUCCUCUCCAGGCUAUAGUGUCCAAGUAUGGGUCACAGUUUCGUGGUAAUUCCCAACAUGACGCUCUGGAGUUCCUCUUGUGGCUGCUCGACCGAGUCCAUGAAGACGUCAACAUGGCCGUUCAUAACAACAACAACAAGAUCAAAGCUGUCGGAGAGGUAAGAAACAAGAUAGUUAAUCUCUAUAAAUCAUCACUACAGCAAAGUGUCACAUCGUGUCUGUCUUUUUUAUGCAUGGGUUAGAUCAUGUGAGAUCAUUCCAGAUCACAUCAGGUCUGGGAUUACGUCCUCCCUCACAAACAAUAAUCUCAGUAAUGGCCUGUAUCAUUAUUACUGCCGUGUAGUGUCUGCUUAGUUCAGAUUAAGAGUAGAACAUAAGUGACGUUUGCUCUGAUGUGUAAUGCAGCACAAACCAGUUGAGGUUUAAGACCUCCUGUGGUCUGAACUCAUGUCCUCCACAUCUUAAAAUUUUAAUGCAAAGGUUCAAACUGCAUGUAUGAUUGAUGCAUAUCUAAUAUAUGACUCAUAAUUGUUACAUAUAUUACAUUAGUAAUUUAGAUUUUGUGUGCCCUCAUAUAUAGGAAAAUCUCAUUGUUAGUUAUAGUGAGCGAAUGAGCUCUACUUUAUCAUCGUUUUGAAUCUUGUCGUCACGUUUUGUGUAAUCAAACCUGACUGAUAAGGAUGUUUUGAUUGGAUGUGCUGUUUUUUUUUUUUUUUUGGUGUUGUGGUUGUGUCUGUCUCUGUCUCUGUACGAAGUGAACAAGAGGUGUAAGUGUGAACUUAAUGAGCCAGAAGGAAGCAAUGGAGGAUGGUAAAAAAAAAUCAUUUAAGCCCGUAUACAAAAAUGACAUAAAAUCGAUGAAUCGCCCAGCCCUAGUUUCAGUAGAGGACAUUGUAUAGUUUUAAAACAUGUGGCAUUAAAUAUUUUGACAACUCUACUCUAUAUCUUUUUAACUAGGAGAGCUGAAGUGGAUGAUUUUCUUUUUGCACAUCCUCUUGGGACAAACCUGCAGGCAUGGUGCAUCCUGUUUCUCCUUGAGUUAAACUUUGAACUCUCUGUUGUGUACCAUUAAAAGAGACUUUCCAUGUAUUAUUAAAUAUGUUUAUACUUUUGAGAUCCAUUCCUGUUGUUGGCUUUUUUGCUCUAUCGGGGUGAUAUUCAUUGUUAUAAUGUAUGAGAGAGAAGUUUCCCCCUCGCUGUUGGUGAGUCACUGUAAUUAGAUCCCCCAUAACUCAGUGCCCUUUGUUUCCUGAGGCGAUAACUGCAGUGAUUUAUUCUGUUGUUUCAUCAUUUUUGCUCUGAAUGUCUGGAGACCAGGCAGCCCCACACUCCCAAGGCUGCACAACAAACCUUUAGUUAUGGGAAUGACCGACAUGUAACCUCCUCUGUAUUGAAUAUUUGUAUCAAUGGAGGGAGGAAAACUCUGUUUUUCUCUCAAAGAACAGUACCGCAUCGUCAGCAUGGUCUAUCAUUACAAAGUCAAGGUCAUAGUGAAACCAGGGGAAGCAACACCAGCAUCAUUUUUCUCCUCCUUCCCUCAAAUUAAAAGAGAGUGAUAGAAAUCUGGGUUUAAGACUGUCUUUCAAAGAGAAACUUGAGAUACAUCUGCUUUAGAGUCUGAAGUUUCUGUGAAAAAUACUGCAUGAGCUAAGCUUCGUUUUCUGUCUGAGCCGAGCUGCCCUUUAAUUCUGGAUAAGAGUGAAUGAUCAGAGAGGUUUGGGGGAAGGGUGGGGGGGAGUCUGCAGAGUGACUUUGAGUGCAUGUGGCUCCUCUGAGGACAUGACAGGAGGUUAGGACUGUAGAGCUGCUGAUAAGGUCUGUCAUGAUGAGUCUGCAGCACCCUGAAGAAAAUGUCACCACACCUUGUAAACAACCACGUCCUGACAGAUGUGGUUGUUGAAAACCUCUCUGAAACGAUCUUGAAAUAUACCCAGAUUUGUUUCAUGGUGGUGUCAGAACUGAUGUUUGACAAUGCUUCAUUGUCAAACAAGGUCUUAAGGUUUUUAGGUGGUGUAGCUCCAUUGUCAACAAAGAUGUAUUUGAGGGCCUUUCAAUGUGCUUUUAAUAUUUCAGGGCUGCACCAACAUGCUUUGAACAAAUUGGUCUAUCAUAAUUCACAAGAUUAAAGGAGCAUUGCAUUGUCAAGACCAACAGACCAACAGUGACCAGCAAAAGUCAUCAAGGUAAUGAGAUUUGUGAUUCAACAACCAGUCAAUAGCUGCGUUUACAUGGACACAAAUAUUCAGAAUAAAUGCCCGAUCUGAAUAAAAAUGCGUCAUUUAAACAUGUUGAUUGGAAGAUUCUGAUCCACUUCAGCUCAAUCGGAAAGAAAUUGUAUUCCAACCGAGAGCUGUGGUUUAUGCUGAUCAUUACUCCGAAACGCGUCCAUGUAAACACUUCAUGACUCUCGUACCUGACUUGAUCUUCUCUCUUUAGCCUUUGGUUUAUUUACUGAGGCUAGUACAGGAGGUUUCAUUAUUAACUCUGGCAUAAGACACAACCGCAGGUACCGUGUCUGCUCCUCCUGGUAACGUAACAAGGCGUACAUACAGCGUAAUGAUGUCACAUCUGCACGCACAGUGCAACCUUUGACAGAAGAGUAAAAUAAGUAUGCAAGGGCGCCAUCUAAUGACAACAUUUAACAGGUGGAAAACUCCUGAGUUGGAUGGAGUGAGCCACGACAGCGUUUGACAGCACAGGCGUAAAUACAACUCUUCUUCUGCGGUUGUCUUAAUGAACUCAGACAACUCUGUGCAUGUCCAAAUGCUUCUAAUCUGAAUAAAGCUUGGUGCAUGAAUACCCAUGUCAUGAUUGGAUUAUUUGAUUUUGCACCCAUAUAAACAAUGGAUUCAGAUUAUCCGAUCCCUCAGAUUUAUAAUAGGAUCAAGAAAUUUUGCCCAUGUAAACAUGGCUAAUGACAGGGAUGUUCAUUAACAUGUAGUUGAUCAGUCAUUCAAGCAGACAUUCAGCUCCAAUCAGCUGGUCCAAAAGUAAGACAAAAAAAAAGAAAAUUAAAAUAAGCAGGAAUUAUUAAACAUGGCUAAAAACAGGCUCACAAAGUCUGUGGGAGGACAGUGUGAAAUCAGUUUAAAGGUUGUGACCAACAUUAGCAGAGCUAGCACCACUAGCCUUUAGUCCCCCUCGCAGGUUAGAGUUUGCUUGUCUGUGCUGGGUAGCAAGAAACAAUCAACGAACUACUUGAUCUCAACUUUCUAGAUAAAAAUAUAAACAAACUGAGCCACACUGCUGUCAUAUGUGCUUGUUUACAUCCAGCCAGUAGAGCCUGAUAGCAUGAUGGCAGUCCUCAUAAACGGAAGUUACAGCCCCAGUUUAUAGCAGAUGGCUUCACUGCUAUUUCGAGACAUAUAAUCAGGGUUGGGUACUGUUUCGUCAAUUGUGUUUGUUGUCACUGAAAAAUUUAGGUUAUUAAAAGUAAAGCACAGACCUUAAGGAAUUUUCCUUUUCCUUCAUUUAAAUAAAUAAUCAUAACUUAAAAGAGUCAACACAGUGGUUGCAGUUGUUACAGCCUGCGCCAGAAAGCUAAAGCUGAUUCGCUCUUAUGCUAAAAUACCAGCAUGACAGUUUGUUGUGUACAUGUACCAACAGAGGCACAGACUGGUGGGAAUUUGGUGAGAGAGUGUUGUCAAAAACAGAUUAUGAAACCAGACUCUACAGGCUGAAAUUGAAAGUAUGCUGGCAGGAACCACACCAGUACUGUGAGUCCUGUAUCCAUGGUGAGUUCUUUGUCUAGCCUUGUGUUGGCGAUACUCGCUGCCGAGUCCAAAUGUCACUUUUGGUUCACUGCCUGGAUUGGCCAAUUCAUUUCCAAUAUCUGCUGUGAACUGGAGGCAUCAAAUUAACACUGACAGCCCGCCAAAGGAGGCCUCUUGUGGGAUUUUACAAAAUACAAAACUUUAGGGCUUCGAAUGAUAAAAGUAAAAAGCUGAUGUCAGGAACGAAAUUAAGAAAAACAGAACCACAAGGGAGAGUUUAACGAUUUUCAUUUGAUUGAUUAUUUUAUGAUGGCAGUGUUUCCCUCCAAGCAGCAAACACAGAAACAUAAGAGGAUUAGAAAGUUUACUCUAAAUAACAGAAAAAAAAAGGUGUUUGAUGGAGGGUGGGAUGGAGACAGGAGGCUGCAGCUGUUUCUUAUAAUUAGAAAUGAAGGGUGUAAUCUUUAUUAUAGAUAAUUAACUUUAGUAGCAGAACAUUUGUUUGUGAGCAUGUUCAUUGUCAGCUCCUACUGUCUGUCUGCUUGCGCCACCGUUUAGUUCUGAACUGAAAUUAACCUUCAACAGGCCGCUUUUUUUCCACAGUCCAAUUGAAGGUGUUUCCACGCUCUUUUAACUGAAUGCAAUUAUCCUUCUUCUGCUGCUGUAGGGUUACAACAACAUCAUCAAGGUAUACUCACAGGGUACAGAGUCUGGCUCGUGAAAGAUUCUUCUUUUAUAUCAUGAGGUUUACACAUAUAACCGUACUUUUAUGAAACCGCCAUAACUUUUAACACUCCCACAAACAAUGAAUGGAUGUACCUUUUCCCCGUUUCCCUCUGUGCUUCCUUUAUAUCCGUUCUCUAUGCUUCUAAUUUUUCAAUGGAGUCUUUUGAAUGUGCCAGCAAUAACUCAAGAACAAAGAAAACUUGACCUCUUUCACUCAUUUGUGUAAUAGAUCUUCAGUUUUCAAAAGAGGGGGUAUACAUAACAGCUGCUUUUAUCAGGGGCCGACCAACAAAAAAAUGCAAUAACAACAUUUCAGGAUUGUUUUUGAAAACUUGAAAGCCUUUAAAAAUUUGUUUUACAAUCUUAAUUUUUCAAUUACGGUCCACGUGAAAUAUCAUUUUUGAAAACUAAUGAUUAUCAACAAUCAACAGAUUACUGGAUGUUUGCCCAGUUCUGCAGGCAGGUUCCUGCGAGUGAGUCUGUGCCCACGUCAAUUGGCCUGUCUUUCCCUCGUGUACUUAAGGAAAUCACAGUGCAGCUCAUCAAUCAUGCGCCUUGACAACACAGACAUCUUUUAAAACAUGCAGACAUCUCAAACUCUGAUUAGCAGUAGAAAAAAAAAAAGGGAGAGAUACUGAUUUGCAGUCACCGACCUCAGCGGACCAGUGAGAAACCAAUAAAGAUGCCCUGUAAAAACUUUGACUUCCCCUGAAUCAUUGGGCCACAGGCAAUGUCGGAGCUCAAUUUUUAAGCAUUGAUUCAACAUGCUGAGCCUGUGAUCAGCUCUGCGCAGAGGUUUCUGUGAAAUAUUCAGCUGCAGUAGUGGUCUUCUGGGCACGAUCAAUGACUCGUCCUUUCUCUUGUUAAUCUUUUUGUCAUUUUAUUGUCCUCUGAAUAUCUCCAACUUGUUUAAUUAGGGAUCAUUUCAGGAGAACACAGUGCAGUAGUCAGAUAUUCUGGAUGAAUAUGAAUGGUCAUAGAUUGAGUGAGUGAGAGAGAGAAAAGAGAGCAGCGCUCUGGCUUCUGUCCAGGGCAGAAAAUCUCAAGUGACAGAUGUCUCUUAUGUUAGUCCAGGCCGUGUGCCAUCAGCCAGAGCAGGCUCUUUGCAGACACUGAGGUUUUCAAGGUUUCAGGUUUUAUCAGGGAGGAAACAUGUGGUCAGAUAGGCUUCUGCUUAGUAUCAGGAACGAGACUGAAAUAAUUCCAGUAAUUCUGUCUCCUCAUAAAUCACAGUCCACUUCUUUCUUCGAUCUUUGCUCUGUCUUGUUCACGGCUCUUACAUACUGUACCGAUAUAAAAAUGUACAGUAAAGCUGUGGUAAGCUGCCCACUAUCUCUGCACCACCUACUGAGGAGCUCUGUCGGGGGCAGAGAGGGCCUCGCUGAGGGCAGGAGAGGGGCAGCUGCAAGAAAAGUGUCUCAUCACAAUCUGGUGGAGCUUUGAAGAGAAAUUCAAGGUGAUUUUGGGACCUGUGGUAGUUUGUGUGAUUGCUGAAUUGUUCUUUUUUUAAGACCAGGGUCAUAAAUGCCUCUGAUAUUGCUGAGGAGGUGAUCAGGUGUCAGUGAGUAAACGCUUUUGCACUGAAAGGAAACCAGUAUUUAUAAAUUUGAAGAAAAAAAAAGAAGCUUUUUCAUGCCUGGAGCUGCAAUGAAGAACUGUUCUCUGAUGAUUCAUUACAUUACUUAAGGAAAUAGUAACAGUGCAGCCAUGGGAUAUAACUUAAAGUUAGAGCUACACUAAUGGCAUCCGUGCCAUUUUCAAUAUGUUUUUGGCAAAGUCAUAUGAAGGCCAAGGGGCUGUGAGCUGAGCUGCCACUUGAAGUUGGAUUUGUUUGCAGACAUCUGGCUCAUUUGUAAAACAGGAUAUUGUUUUCAAACCUCAUUAUGACAGCUUUUAAAACAUGAAGACUCUCGUUUAUAUUUCAUUAUAACUCAGAGUGAUGUCACAUACCUUUAAGCCCAGCAGUUGUAAACUCAUUAGCACCCAUGCACGCUCGUGAUCGCAGCUGCCUCUCUCACAAUCUGUCCCUCAAGUUUUGUGACUCCUGCUCCUCUCCCUGCUCUCCUCACUCCACCUGUGGCUGCCCGAUAGUUUGUUAAACUAUGACACAACAUGGGGCUGCAGCAGUCCACCAACGUCCUCAUGCCCUGAACUUUGUUUAAGCGUCUGGUAAAAGCUACUUGAGGGGUUACUUGUAAAGGAAGAUACCCUCCACUCAUCAUAGAGAACAAAACAAGUACAACACAACAGGCGGCACAACAGCCAUUCAGUCUAGAUGAUGGUAUCUUCAUGACUGUGGGAAGCCCUAAUCAAGAUUGAAAUUUAAAUCCCAUUAAUCUCAGCCCUAAGGCCUUCAGUAUUUCCUCCUGCUGACACAAUUCAACAACUCUAUCAAGUCUUCAUAGGGUUCAGAGCAAACAGUUGCUUAACUUUAAAGCUCUUGCAAAGAAUUUGUUUCUGUAGGUUUUGUUGCCCCCUUUGCUCUUCCUUGAGCUGCAGUCAGUUUGGACUCACCCGAGGUCUCUGUACAAACAAGCGGCUGCUGGAAGAGAGUAGGUGAGUUGUGUUUUGUCUCUUUGCUAAAGAAAUUAGGCAAAGCUAAAAAGAUGUUUGGUGGCUAGUGCUGUGCCUCGAAACCCUAUAUGUACUAUUGAUCAUGUUAGGUGCUGUUCUAAGCAUUAUUUGUGGCUAUAGAGUGGCUUUGUAGUUGAGUAUGUGGCUCCUGGGACCGCUGUGUAUUGCUAUCCUGUGGUCGUUACUAAGGUUGUUAUGACUAGAGAAGCAAGCGGUCAGCAACAAUAAUCUCUCGAGGGGGUGUCUAACUCUGUGUUACGGUGUGUUUGACCCUAAAUUAAUUUUAUGCCGGAAUAUCCGUUUAGCUGCUCUGCUAAGAUGGGAUGACUGGACCUUUACAGGCCAGCUGAUUGCAGAUACAGCCCUGAUUGAUUGAUAGACUAAAACAAAGAUGGCACCCUCUGUCUGGAAAAGUCAUGAAAAAACAAAAUGUGAAUAAUCAUUACCUUCAUUUUUGAGUAAUUGGACAGUGCAGUCUCUGAUAAUACACUGGUCUUCUCUGGGGUAUAUAUAUGUUACAGCUUUUCCUUUUUCUUAAAAAAAAAAAUUGGUUCCAAUUAAAAGAUUUUGUGAUUUAUUUCAAUUUGUCAGCCAUAAUUUCUAUAAACAGGUUAAAGAAGCAAAGUCUUGAAUCACGUUCAGCUCAGUCAUUGAUAGCAGCCCAGUUGUGAGUCAGGUAUUGGGACCGUAAAAAUAUACGGUUAGGGAAUGUUUAUUUGUUGAUUCACCUCUGAGUUAAUCCCGCUGGAGCUGUAAUGGGGGUGCAGACUGGCUGAGUCAAACAGGGUCAAAGCCAGGCCGCCUUGUUUACCAGUCCAUGCACGUCCCCUCUCACAGCCAAGGAGUCGGCACAGCUCCAUCCUCCUCUGCUGCUUAUGCUUGUUGUUUCUAGGCAUGCGUCGUUAGUUAGCGCUUGGUGCAGGAGAGACGGAGCCUGGAGAAGGAAAAGGUAGGAAAAGGGAAGAAGACCACCCCCCUACAUUUCCCCCGCUCUGUCCCCCGACCAUGUCAGGCUUUCUUGUUCGAGAGUCAGAGAAGUUAAAGCCGAUGUAUUUUGUCUUUGUAAUGGAGGGUGACAGUUCAGAAUCCUGGACACAAACAAAAAAGACACACUGGACCCCCGAUUUAACAUUUACUGUUGACUUCCCAUUGCUUUGACUCAUGUGGGGGACAUUCUCUCCCAGUUUGUUUGUCGUCCAUCACUGAGGAAACACUCUCUCUCUCCCUCUCUGUUACUCUCUCUCUCUCGGCUCUCUGAAUGUGCCUCUUUGUAAGUCACUGGAAGAAAGAGACACUUGUUGUGCAGCUCGGGUGCAGAGAAGAAGAGGUGAGAGUGGCUUUAGGUCUGGGGACAGUGAGCAGUAGUGACAGUUUGAGGAAAAAGAGAGGAGAGGAAUUCUAUGUUGAUUCUUAGAGACUAAAGUAGCUGUAGAAUCAGAAGAUGUUUUUCAUUAAGAAAUGUGUCCUGCUAAGAAAAGGCAUUGAUUUUGUAAAUAGGCCAGGCUCUUGAGGAACAGGAGGUUAUACAGAGACAGAAACACAUCUACUUUAUUGGCAUCAGAACAACAGGAACAUCUUGAAUAUGCUGUUUGCACAAGUGACUAGAUUUACUCUUUGCUACUUGCUCUAGCAUUAUAAUCAUAGACUGUAUAUACCAUGGACAACUUGGUUCCACCUUCUGCCAGUAUACAGAUUUGAAGCCGAAAAGCACUCAGUAUUUCAGGGUUUUUUUUUCCACUUACUGAAACCAACAUUGUGCAGUAGCGUUGUACACAUUCAGUGGGCAGUGGCAUCGUAUGAUAAUUGAGACUGAACAAUACUGCACUUCCUUCUGCGUCUCACUUGUUUUGUCCUAUACCCUCCCUCUCAUUCUUGCUCAUGCUCAGAUGAGCAGCAGUAAAGUUUGGGAGCGCAAGAAAGUUGAAAUAUCUUCAACAUGUUGUGCUACAGCAGUGAGAACUAUCAAGCAGCCACAGGUGGAGAGAGGAGAGUUUCUGCUUAUGUGCAUGUGUGUCUGAAAAGCCAACACAGCAACACAGGAGCAAUAGCAAUCGCAAGCAUGAGCAAGCGGUACCAAGCUAAUAUUUCCAGGUUAAACGGUGACAUCAGUCUGUAUCAUAUCAAAAUAAAUCCUUACUGACGUGUUAAAGAUGCAGACUUGAAAAAGGCUGAAUGGUAUGAUGGAGCUUUCGUCUGUGAUUAAAUUGAAGUGGUGGAAAAGCUCAGACCUUUACAUGUAAAAUCACUUUUAAAUCAAAUAUCAAAGCUGAAAAUUUAAUUGAAAUUGAAGCCCAAUAAUUAUCCAGUCCUCACUAAUAUAUGUCAGUUUGAAUCAUGAGGGUAUUUUGGCUUUACUUUUGGAGGUGGGAGUGGUGUCCAUCUUUUUAUUCGGUCAGUGCUACUCAAGAUGAAUGGUCCUCCUGUGCUGUAUGAACUCAGUAAUACAUGACUGACUUUUAAUAAUAGUUGAUGAACCUUGCCCUCCUCCUCCUCCUCAUUACCGGCACAACAAUCACUCUGUAGCCUCGCUUUGUGCUCUCCUCUCUGUCCUCUUCCUGCAGAUUUGAUUUGCACCAUGUAGGCUGUUGUGUUCUGAAAUGAGACAUUACAUCCAGACAGUGACCCAGACACCGUACCAAGCUUUUAGGCCUUCUUUUUUAGUUAUUCCUGCCGUGCAUGCCCAUAAAUGCGUCUCUAAAGCCUCAGCUGAGGCAUGCAGCAGUGUGUGUGGUCAGUGCUGCUGUCAGGGCUGGCUGCGAAUGGUUCUGUUGUGUGUUUUCUGCUCUGUGUGUUUGUUAAUGUGAGUUUCUUCCCUGCCAAGCUGAAAUGGCUUCCUGUUGCUUAGAGUCGCCCAGCUGGAAAAGCACCUUAGUGUGAAAGGGUCCGAAUAUAACUGAAUGUGUGUUUUUAGGUCCUCUCCCACCUCCAAAACAGGUCAGUGUUGAUUGGCUGAGACUUAUAGACUCCUAACAGAUGCGAUCAGAAGGAAAGUCUGCAUGUAGAUAUGAGUCUAAAAUGAACUCUGAUGUCUUUGUCUAAAAAUAGUCCCUCUCUGUGUCAGUCAAGGAGAUCUGACAACGUACUCGCCUCUUAAAAAAAAAAAGAAAAGGAGCUGGUUUUGUGUGCUCUGGUGGCUCACUGUGGCACAGACACAAUUAAGCUGCAACUGUCUGAUGGCGCCAGACAACAACAUGCAUCAGAGACGAGUUAAAGGACAUUUUUUAUAAGCUGCAGGGAGCUCAGCCCAGAGGACAUCUUCUCAUUAAGUCAUGGAUUGGCUUGUGCUUUUGUGAGACUUCUUAGAAAGGCUUCAUGGGUCUGCUGUCUGAAAAAGUUGAAUAUACUUCAGUUGGAAUUGGAGCGUCACAGUCAAUCAGAUUUAAUUGCAGUCUCAAUUUUGGCAUUCCCAAAUCCAAAAUCAUGACCGACGAUAAUGACUGAUGUUUGACCCAUGUUCUACCUAGAAAACCUCUCUGCAUGGAUGUGAUUAUUGAUUGAAAACUGGAUACAAAGACAUGCAUCACCCAUUUGAAUUCAGAAUUCAGAAAAAUCAAGGGAACACUAGACUACAUAAUUAUUAAGUUACUACAGCCUUAAAGCUAUGGUCUACGAUCUGAAAACCAGUUUGGCUGUUGAGACAGAUUUGAAAAACGCAGCCUGCCCCCCCUUCACUCACCCCUCCCCUCCGUGUUCCAAGACCCCGCCCCCCAAGCUCAUGUCGCCUCCUAACAACACACCCCCUCCGAUAGAGCAAGAAGCCGGCUGGCAGAAAAUAGUAAACAAACACGACAAUCAUCCCCCAUGUAACACACAGUGGUAGCCAUUUCAAUUGGACCGUCACGAUCAAAACCACAUAUUAGCAGGGUGAAGCGGGUCUGGCGUCGCCACUGCUAGCCAGUCAGAGCAGAGCCGAUUGUGGGCGAGGCUUUACCUUUCUCGGCGUGUCUUCACCAGCUCAAUUUACAAUGCUAAAGAUGCGUGGCUAACUCAUGCUAAAAUCUGUUGACAGAGCCUACCCGUUCCGACCACCACUACACCACCACUUUUUUUUUUAUGGCAUUUAAAUUGUGUAUAUUGUAGAAAGCUUUAUUUUUUCUUCUCCCUUUUCUAAUUUUUUUCUUAAUUAUUACAUUUAUCUAAGUUCUUAAUAUUAGGACCCUUAUUGUUAUAACUGCAUUUUUGCACUUUUUGUCUUGUCUGUGAUGCUGCUGUGACAAAAAAAUUUCUCCCAUGGGGGAUCAAUAAAGGAAUAUUCUAUUCUAUUCUAUUCUAUUCAACAACAUUCAGUCAUUAGCCAGUAUAGGCAAAGACUAACCAGAGUUAUUCAGCAGACAUCUCCCACUGUAGUAAACAAAGUAAUUACCUGUUCAACAAAAAUUUGGCUGUUUCAGCGUCAGUUUUCAGUCCCAAAUCCUUCUGCAGCUUUUUCCACCAGUCGUACGUUUCUCCAAUGUAGACUCUCCGUUGGCACCUGUUUCACUCAUAUUUCUUCCUUACUUCAACCUUUUCCUUGAAACUUUUACGUUUCCUUCCCUUUGAUGUGGAGGGCAACAGAAUCGGCCUUCUGGUUUUGGUGUUUGUCUUCUCUGGUUCCAUUACGCUUCCCGCAUGGGCGGGACGGUGCGGAGCAGGGGAGACGGGGGAUUGGAUGGACUCCUGGACCAAUCCGAACUGCAGGGGGUACGGCAGUUCGGAUUGGUCGAUUAGUAUGCCUUUUUGCAGCGGAUAUACUGAAUGGAUUUUUUUCGUUCUUUUUUAACUUUAUAUUGCAUAGAUCAGACCAUAGUACCAUAACUAUAAAUGGUGUUAUUAAUAAGUACACAUACAUAUUAAACAGACUUAUGUACAUGCAGAUAAUAAGACAAGUGAUGAAGAGGUGCAAAGACCUUCGGAGUGGAUUAAUCUCUACAGUGCAUAAAUAAAAUCAAUUUAGUCCAAAAAAAAGGGAGGAAAAUAAAAUAAAAAUCAUUUUAAAGAAAAAAAAAAGACAUAAACUAGAGUGAUUGGGGCCAAAAAUGCCAAAGCAGACUUUUUUUCCUCAGUUAGAGCAAAAUAAUAAAUAAAUAAUGGUUAUCAUUUGACUGCAAUCAUGAAGGCACAGAAAAAAGUACCAGUCUGCAGCACACAAAGCUUGGAGAGUUAUUGUUCAAACUCUCACUGAUCUAUUAACUUUGCCCGCGGAGUCAAACAAAGCUCUCCAUCUUGUUUCAAAGUGAAAUCAACAGCCUGAUUCUUCAUUAAAUGUAAAGAAAUACCCUCACACACACAAAUCAUUCCCGUCUCUGCUGGGUCUGACUUUCAGACAGUUUAAGUGAAUCAGAUCUGCUGAGUGGAGGCUUUCCAGAGAGAGAGAGAGUGUGUCAAUUCAAUUGGCUGAAAGGAGGCUGACUGCAAUGAUUUAAACAGUUGUUGAUAGAAAUAAUUUAAGCAGGGAGGUGCGCCUUUCACGCCAAGUCCACUUUUAAUGUGUUAUCUGGAGUUAAAUUGAAUCUGCCUGAGAAGAUGAAUGGAUUUUUAAAAUGCAAUUAUUAUCAGCCCAGACUCACCAACAAAUGCCAAUUUAGAUUUGGAGAUUCAAUCGAAUAACCUUUGUUAAGUUUGUAUUUCUGUAAUGUCGAACACAUGUGUUGCAGAGUGUGAUGGCCAUUACAGCUCCUCUUAACAGACAGGUAACAGAGGCUCCUAUGUGUCUCUGCUGACUGAUGUGUGCAGUCAUCUUAUCCUCCUCUGUGUCAACGCAGUCAUCACAUCAGCUGCAGAGGCAGGAGGGUAAUAAUAAAGCUCAUCAGCUCAGGAGGACGACCCGCCUUCAUUAGAAUUAAUUUCCCCGUCAGCCUCUCCUGCUGCUCUCUUCGAGGUGAGAUAAAUCCUCUUGAGAGACGUCACACAAAGUCAAAGUUAGCAGGAACAUCUCUACAUGACUUUAGCCAAGUUUGCUCCCAGAUUUUAAAUGUUUAAAAAGUUCAUUCUUUGAAAGGAGGCUUAUUAAGUACUUUUUAAAGGUCCUGAGAGGGGUUGUCAUGAUUUGUUGAUGGUGGUUUUCUACUCGUUUUCCAGGAUUUUUCCCAAGAGCUCCAUCGCCAACAGAUGUGCAAACAAAACUAUAUUCUUAUGGAAACAUGCCAUUGAUUACAGCCAGGAACAUUUUGAGUUUGUUUUUUUUAAAGCAUCAAGCUGUUAUUUUCAACCGUUUGACUUUUUUUUGUCUCCAGUUAAAACCACUAAGUCACAUUGUAUAGAGCCCUAUAAGGCUGGUAUGAUGAGCUGUUUACAUGAUGUAGUCUAUUAGCCCAUCAGGGUUAUAAACUCCUGUGUUUUACUUCUGUUUCUGACAUGUUCUUGAAUCUUGUUCACUUUGACACUCUACAUGAGCCAAAACAAAACAGUAGACUGACCUCAGUGCUGCAACCAAGACAUGAGAGAAUCAAAUAUACCUAUAUUUACGCCUAAUACUAAACUCAGACGGUGCUAGUGAAGGAGCAAGAGAGGCAGGGACUCAGAGCUCCUGUUCAUUUCUAGAUAGUUCCAGGAGUUCAUAUAAAAAUGAGGCAUUAGAGAAACCUAUUUCAAGGACCUCUCACAUUGUUGUCAUGAUCAAAACAAGUGCUUUCAUUCUACUCACUCACUCCUCUUGUUUUCUCAGCUUUAGUCAUUGUCCUCUUAUGACUCAGUCUGAGGUCAGAUCACUAAAGUGAUAAGCUAAAAGCUUUGGUCAUCUCCAGUCAUCCUACCUGUGAAUCAUCCAUAUCACACCCAAAACAAAGACUAUUUGCAGCUUAUUGUUCUGCACUUUUCCACCAACUUUCUCCACAGCAUUGUCUGUCAAAGUCUGCUUACGGUGCAUCUAGACUUUUCCAGCCGCAUGAACGAGUCUCCACCACCUUUUCUGUCUGAUCCGCCUUUUUUCCCCUCUGUCUCAUCAUUCCUCUUGUUGAAAGCCAUUUCACUUCAAUCUAGCGGUGAUAAAAUUCAUUUUGAGGCUGUGCUCUCUCGUCCUUACCUCUAAGGGUGAAGAAAGGGAGCACACAGACUACCUCCAUGAUGUUUAUUACCUGAUGUCUCUCACCUCCAAAGGGUUGGAUUUAAUGAACAGCCUUUGAAUCUGGCCAAACUACCAAUAAGAAGUGUCAACGUUGUGAUGUUCCAGUUUGAAACCACACUGAACUUUUCCAUUACCUGUUCCUUUGAUUAAACAUUGAUCUCGCCUUUUUGAAAAAUUCUCUACUUCUCUUUUGUCUGGAGUGUAUCGCCCAAUAGUUCCUAAAUUACUGAGAGUGUGUAACAUCAAAAAGGCUGAGUAUGUUUUAGUUUUUUUUUUUGUAAAAUAAAGUGAAAUCAGUAAUGAUUGUUAAAAACUUCUACCUGAGCCACUUCAGGUAGAUUGGUUUGUCUUUCAUAAGUCCAGUUGUAUUACCGGGUGUAAUCUUUGCCAUUGUAAUUUCUCACCUCUAAUAUGAAAGUCUAAGAGGUGUGACUUUUCGGACCACAUUUUUCGGCCAGCUUUGGAAGUAGAGAAGAGGUAAGACAUGAUCACUGCACAGGCUGUUGGUGCUAGUUCUGCUAUUUAGCCACUCUCAGGAAACCUAUUUGGCUUUUUUUUUUUACACCCAGACUCUGUAACCCUGUAUUGAGCCAUGUAAAAUAAAAUGUGCCCAAAGAUGAGACAGGAUCACCUGACAGGCCAAUGCGUCAUUUCUACUGAUGCUGACCACUGUAGGCUCCACAGCUCAAGGCAGAACAUUUAUGAUCAUUACUUUAUCAUUUCCUUGAAGUAAUAAUCAUCAUAUUAAUAAAUUUUGCCUUAAGGUCCUUACACACUGCAGCCGACGCGAAUAUAGAACGUGAAGUUACGAAACAAUAGGAGAAUUUUGACACGCCUGACGAUACACAUCAAGCCCGAUGCGAUUUUGCGACUUUCCGGGGGGGAAAAAGACGCGUCGUGGGUGGAAGCAAGACGACUGAAACAACAGCAGACUGAGUGUUUUCAGUUCUAAUAAGACACUAGUGUUGAGAUGGCUGUGUGUAGCAUGUAGUAUACUAUUCUGCUGGACUAUGGAUAGCAACUGAGUCGGGCCAGUAGCAGAUAGGCACAUUAAGCUAUAAUCCAUAAACGUAAGGUAACAACCAAGACCUAACGGUGCUGUGACAGCUACAUGAUUGAGUUUGAGACAGUGAAAAUGCAUAUGGUAUGUUGUAUCUGAACAGGUUAGCUUACGAGCUAAAGUUACUUAGCACAGAUGAAAGUUAAAACAAAGACGUUUAGCAAACUGUUAAAGCACACAAAACAUCGUCAUAUGAGAAAUCCGACGCCAUGACGCUCCACAAGUUGUCCUUCAGGUCGUUAUCUUUGUAAUAUUUGUGUUUUUUAUCAAAAAGCACUCUGUUCUCCAACACGUAAACAAUUAGCCGGUCGGCCAUGUUGGAUAUACCAAUGAAUCAGACGUUGCAACAACACAGAAUCUGAUUGGUCAGAAGUGUACACACAGUAAACGAAACUUUAGAAAAAUCCCCCCAAAAAAUUUCACAGGAUGGGAAAACGUCGCUGAUGUGAACACUUGUAUUGACAGGAUACGGGUUCGAAAAAAAUAUUGACGUCUGAAAUAAUCCCAUGUAAAAAAUGGUCAGCUGGUGUGAAAGGACCUUCAACGUCUCGGUCUAAUCGCAUUUCCAUGAAGAAAUGAUCAUAAAUGUUCUUCCUCGAGCUGCAUCACCCCACUGCAGUCGAUAAUGGACUAGUCGAGGUCUUGCUAUAAACAAGCGGCUGCUGGAAGAGAGUAGGUGAGUUGUGUUUAGUCUCUUUAGGCAAAGCGAAAAAGAUGUUUGGUAGCAACUGCUAUGGCUGGGACUCUAUAUGUACCUUGAUUAAGGUGCUGCUCUGAGCAGUAUUUGUGGCUAUAGAGUGGCGUUUUGGUUGAGGUUUGUUUAUGGCUCCUCAGACCACUGUGUGUUGCUAUCUUGCGGUUGUUACUUGCUGGUAUAAGCUGGUAUAAAUAGAGAAGCAAGCGGUCAACAUUCAUCUCUCGAGGGAGUGUCUAACUCAGUGUUACGGUGUGUUUGACCCUAAUUAAUUUUACGCCGGAAUAUCCCUUUAAUGUUGGCUAAAUUCAACCACCCAACCUAGCUGCGCAAUUGUAGUAACGAACCUUAGAUGAGUUAACCCACAGGAUUCAUUUUUACAACAUCCAUUUCCCAGCCUGUCCAUCAACAAUGUGCAGAGAGGAAAGGGUGGCUCCACAAAAAUGACCAUUGAAUGUGACCACUUCUGACAAAUUGCGCUGAUUACGUCAUCUGGAGCCAGAGUCUGCUAAAAUGUCACAGUGAAGUCACUGUAUUGACAUCCAGCACUCUUUACUUCCCAAAGCACACAUUUGACUUACUGAUUAGUCCACAGCAGAACAGAUUAUCAUGUUGGUUGGAAGCAGACGCUCGCAGAUAUGGAAAGUCCAAAGGCGCUUGUGUUGGUUUUUAUGUUCUCUCCCCAUGUUCUGCCUCUUCUCUGAUUAUCUUGUGCGCACAGGAGCCUCAUUUGUCAACAGAGCCGUCAAUCAAGAUUUAUACCCAUUUGCAUAUCAUCAAAAAAAUGGACAAAAAUGAAGUUCCUGCAAAAAUGAACACUUGUGUAUAAAUUAGAAUGAUAAGAACUGACUUAUCAUGUUUGAGAAAAAUUUAAUUGACUUCAGUGUUUGACGCAUGUCCCAUCUGUUAACAUGAGGGAAGUCCCACACUGCAGCCAGUCACCAGAGAGAGCUCUUAAGUGUUUUGGCCUUAUUUUUGAGGAGCUGUCACAGUGUGUGUCUGUACAUUUAUUGUCCUGUCAGUCAAAAUUUUGAGUAGUUUGGACUCAGAAAACUCUUAUAACUGCUGUACUUUCACAAAACACAAUCUGAGGUCACUUUGAGUCCACGCAGCGAUGCCUCUGCACUGUGCAGGUCCGUACAAACCCACCUCCACCCGCAGGGAAUAAUGGACCAAAGAGAAAAGCCUCCAUUCUCGGUAUCAUUGGGACUAUUUAUAGCGAGGUACACACGCCACAGGAGGGAGUGUUAAAGAAGACUGUCCAUUAUUUAUCACAGCUCUGUGUGUCAGCUGUGUGCACUUACUUUGACUUUUCUGAGCCGUUCAGAUACUCUGCUCUUUUCUCGCUCUAUCUCCCGCUGUCUAUAUAUCGAUAUACACACACAAGCAGCUUCUUCAUACCUCCUCCUGCGUCUCUCUUUCUCUGUUACGAUCACCGUGGGGGUUCAGGUGCUGCUGGCUCUUGUUCUCAAUCACUCCACUAUAGUGCUUUUACUCCAGCUGCAGCACAUGUCCAUCCCUGUGUGUUUGAAUUAUUCACAAUCAGGACCAUUACUAGGAACACUCACCCCUUCUAGCCCCCUCCCCGCAACCCCCUGUUACUAUCCCCCUGAAAAACCCAUCAGGAUGAGAAAGGUGGUCUGUGAAGAUGGGGGGCACAUUUCCUGGAUUUUCUAGCGCAUGAGUUCCUGCUCACAGAGAUGAAUCACUCCCGGCUACAUUUUUGGGGGUGAAUUAUUGAAAGCCUCCCUGAUGGGACAAAGUGCACUGUUAAUAUGUGCGAUUUUAGGCUUUCAGGCAGAUGACCAGGAGUCUUUGAUUUAACAAGACAUGGUGGUGGCUCCUCUGUGUUUGUGUCCUCACUUUUCAGAUGUAUAAAUAGUAGGGGGAGUAAAGGUGCACGUAUUCAUACCAAACCUUUUGAGUGCGCCACUUUUGGUUCAGUUAAGAUGUUCAUGGAACUGUUGGGUGCUGAACUUUUUAAUAUGGUACUUUGAGACCACAACAUCCUAUGUUAGUAUUCAGCAAGGGAUGGGCAUGAUUUCUUUGUCCAAACAAUGGGACAUAGUCACUAGCGUUUCCCCUAGAAUUAUUUUCAGUAGCGGGGCUGGGGUGCCCGUGGGGAGGGGGAUUUUCACUACUACCCCCACUCUCUUGCCACUCAAGGAGCUACGCUGUUAUGUUCACAUGAUGUUUAUGUUGCCUGCACUACUCGCAAUAUAGACCGCGUAUAAGCUUGAACAUUACAAUUCACAUCCAUGAUAAAGGGUCUGACAGGAUUUGAUGCGCACUUUGAUGACUCAAAACAAGCAGAAAACAACGUUGUUUGUUGUUGUGCUGACACAGUGCGAAUGGGAAUCAUUAGUAGCACAUUGAUAUUGAUGAUCAUGUAUAAUUUCAGUGGCGGCGCAUUUUGAGUGUUUCCUUUCCUUUGAAAUAGUCAUAAUUUAAACUCUGAUUGCAAGGACUUUUAUUACAUUGAAACCUCUUAUAUAAUCAAACUUUAGUAACCAUAGUGACUGAAUACCCAGGCCAUAACCAGAAGUAGUGUAGUACACAUUUAUCCAAGUUGUCCAAAGACUUCAGACUUUUACUAGGACAUCUUAGAGGGCUUUAAAAAAGGUUGAUAUCUUUGUCCACUUUGACAUGCCCUUUCUCAGGAGUGAAUUUUUUUUUUAUCAGUUGGACUUUUCUAAAGACUAGUAAAAAUAUGUUAAGCUAAUGUGAGAUCCAGUGGAUCACAUGAAAGGCAUGUUAAUACCAAGCGUGAAUUGGUUUUGGGGAAACGGAACCUUUUCUUCUUUUUCACUGCAGAUAACUACAAAAGUAGAUUCUGUUGAUUUUUCUUUAAAGGUCCCACUUGCCUGAAAAUACAUUUUCCUUGGCUGGACAUAAACUGAAAUUGUCCCUCCAGUAACAGUUGUUUCAUGUUUGGGGUUAGAUUCAGGAUUAUAUGGCACAGGUUCUCCUGAGGCACUUUCACAAUGUUUAUUUUAGUGUUUUUCCACCUCUACAUCCAAGGGCAUUGGUUUGCACCCUUCCCCUUUACACAGCCAAUUAGCCCAACACCUCAUUAUUAUCUCAGCGUCUCCACCUGCUUAAAUCACUCAGAUGCUGCAAGUCACAGAGGUGGCAUUUGUUAUUUUUUUAAGAAGCACAACGCUUAAAAGAUAGCUACGCCGCGGUCUAUAAAGAGCUAAAAAUAGCGUUAUAUGGGACCAGUUUUCAAUGCUGCUCUUUGAUCUGCACAACAAUGUGCUUAUCACGUGUAGCUCUCUCCAUCACUCUCUCUUUCUCUUAUAGUCAGCUUAAAAAUCACAGCUUAUGAACCCAGGCGUCCUGCCGAAGAUGCUGAGCCAACACUCAAGCUCCAGCCCGCCACUCAGUUGCAUGUUUUAUCUUUGUCAUUUAUCUAAAUCCCAGAAAUCAAUUACCACACGCUGAGGUGCCAGGGUGAGGGAUUUGGGUUUUUAAUUUUGUCCUUGCGCCUCUCCUGGCAUGGAGGCUUUUGGAUUAAACAGAGGUAGACCAUCUCUAGCUCUGCAUAUCUUGAACCUGUAGCUGUUGCACAUUUUUGUGUUUAUAUUUUCUAUAUAACCUUUGCAGAAGGGAGUAACUAUUGUAUGACCACAGAAUGGCGCAUAAAGAGAAAUCUUCUGUAUUUUUUUUCAUGGUAAGUUCUCUCCUGAGGUAGCUGAUCCUAAUGGUGGUCGACUGUGUCAUACAUGUGUUUAACUAAAAAAAUAGCUCUUACUUCCUCUCUUUUAUGGCCUGCCUGUCUACUACCGCUUUAUCAGCUUGAAGUUGGCAUAUUUUUCUGACAACCAAUUUCAAAGAUAGCAUCUCAAUUUCAGACUGGCUCAUGACACCUUUUGAGAGAAACCCAGUCCUGCCUGUGGCCGCUUCACAACCUGUAAUACAUUUUCUCUCUGGCCAGCGGCGAUCAUAGCUUCCUCCAGGGGAUUUUCUAUCUGUGGCCAUGAUCGUUGAGGUGUCUGAGUCCUUAUCAGAACCACAUGUCAGUGGGUGUGUAACCUGUCCCACUUUCCCACUGUGAUUAAAGGCCUUCAACAGCCGCUGUUAACACCCAGCUGAGGCCUGGCAGUCUUUUGACAUGGCAGAGCUGGGCAAGGAUUUCUGAGAAGUGAUAAGACCGACUGUGUUUGCACUCUAUAGCCUCACUGUUACUUUUGUUAUCGCUACAUAAAGAUAGCAGUGGAAUCCAUUACCAAGUAUGUAGAGGAAAAAAAGAGGGUGAAACGCAGGGCAGGAUGUUAGUGAUUAGAAAAAUCUGAAAGGCUGCACUCUUAACAUCUCUCACUUACUUUCCAACACUGAACAUGUUGAAGCUGAACCAGAAACAAGCCCAGCUGAGUUUGACCUCCUCCUCUGGCAGUCCUGACAUUUCGGGAGAAUGGAAGUAAUCAGUGGAAAACCCCUCUCAUCCAGGCCAAAUGGAAAUAACAAGAGAGGUCAAGAGUUUUUCUAGUAUGACUGGCUGUUUUUCCAAGCAGACAGUAAGCAUUGCUAACCAGCUUUGUGAAGAGAACUAAAUCUACUACCCCACUUUCACGAUGGCAGAAACAACGUGGUCCAAAAAACCAAAACCUGAGAUUCUCUUUGGAAAUCUUGGAUGCUGCCACCUCUGCCCUGAAUAAGAGAGAGGGACCACCUGCCCUGUUAUUAGUGCACACUUGAAAAGCCAGCGGGACCACUCCUGACGUUUAUCGAGGUUGUGACUAAGUGGUUCCAAACUCCUGACAGGAAAGUGCAUCAGAGGAGGACCAGAUUGUCAUUGUUCGUGCUUGUUGAAGCACAUUGAGGCAGGAAAGUCAGGUUUCACACUCUGCCCCUGCAAAGCUCAACUGCUCGUAGAAGAAUGGACUCAGGAUUUCAAAUGGAGGUGAACUGUAAAGGACUCUCCUGUUUCUGUGCAUGUCCUCGUCUCACACUGAUUCCUGUGACACACACUCACGCCCUGCGCUCCCCUCUCCCAUCUAGAAACUCUAAACCUCCUUUCAGCUCCGGUUGUGAGCGGAGGUCAUGGUCGGGCUGCCAGCCUGCAAACAGUGGCGGCCAGUAUGAGGCCAGGCUGGAAAUCAGAGGAAUAGUAAACAGAGAGAGAGGGAGAGAGAGAGAGAUGUGUCAACAGAGAAGACUCCCAGGGUGCAUUUCUGUUUGGCCCAAGCAGCCCGGUGUAAAAGCACAGCUGAAAUGAUACGAUGACUUAAUGCAUUCUCAAGUGCCAGGCUUUUAUGCAGGCUAUUGUGGGGCUGAUAUGUGCAGAGCAGAGAAAUACUCACAAGGUGCUUGUAUUCCACAUUAUGACCUUUUAGUAGAUCCACCCGAUAACGGGAAGAGUGUUUUUCAGGAAAGGUGUGAUUGAGUUGAAACUGUAUCGAGAAAGGCUUAAGUAUAACUGCUUAGAAUGACUUUUAAUGCCUUAAUAAUAAUUCCUCUGCACAAUCACCUCAUCAAAAAGUAUCAUAUUGAAGAGCAAGUCUGUAGUCAUCUUUGCAUUUGAUCAAAUAAGAGGGACCAAGCAACCAGGAAAAGGACAAAAGUGUGAAAAAAGAUCGCAAUCCUUUAAUUUUUCUCAAAAAACAGAAAUUAAUAAGAAAAUAUCCAACUUAAUGUGGUAGAAAAUCAACAAAAUCUGGGCCCACACAAAAGGAAGUUACAACCUAACAAACAUGAUCAAACAGACCUCCUGAGUAAUACAAGUCAGGGGUUUAAAUAGACAAAGGAUGAGUCCAACAUAAACGCAAGGGGGAAACUAAGGUGACGACAAACUAAACAUCUAGCAAUCUAAAAAAAAUAAACAACAUCAAAUCAUCCAAACCAACUCUUUACAGAAAAAAACUAAAUACUCUGUUCUGACUGAAAGAAUAAAGACAAAAGUUUUAUUAAGAAUCAAACAUCCAAGCUUCUCCUGCUUCACCGUUGAUGGUCUGUCCCACUUCCUGUUGGUAGGGCUUAAGAGGCCAUCUUGGAGCUGCAGACAGCCCAGACAAACAAAAAGAUAAGUGUUACUUUGAAAUGACAUAAACUCAAAUUAAAUCAUGAUGUAGAAAAUUAAACCAUGUGACAAUUUAUUAACUAAAUGGUGUGCACCCGAAUUAGCAAACAACUGCCAUAAGUGCAAUAAAAGUGAAUUUAUCUCAACCAAAAAAGUGUAUCAUGUGAUUUUUUUAAACUGAAACAAAUUUACUAUGUUAAAACCCAAAGACAAAGAAAUUUUAACACGAGGAGACCGUUUGAAAAUGCCAUUUAAUGACUUACAAAACUGAAGGCUGAGACUCUCCCUGCCUUGGUUUAUUUAUAUAUAACUGUCGGUUAUAACUCUUAAUGCCUGAUGUUUUAUCCUCUGCACAAUGGCUUUAUAUAAAAAGGAGUCUGGCCUUGUGCAACAUGAUUUUCUGGGGUAUAGUAGAGGUUGAACAUAAUAGUUGUUUGUUCAUUUAAUGUAAGAGCAGGUCAACCUCUGGCCAGAAUGCUGAUAUCCUGUUUCCUCCCUGCCUUGUCUUUUCAUGUAUGCACAUAUAUGUAGUUUACAUUUAAUGAGCCAUGACACAUAGAUAACCUUUUCAUUGCAUCGCAAAGCUGAUGCCAAAGGUUUUUCUGUGGACUCUGUGUUAUUCACGCAGUGCAGCCUCUAAGAGACACUCCCUAUGUGUGAAAUCCCACACACAUUUUUUCGUGACCUUGCAAGUUUUUCAGUGAUCAGUCUUUGUUAUCUUUUGUUUCUGCUUCUCUUUUAUCUUUAUUCGAGGCCAGUUUCCCGUUUUGUUCUUAGGUGAGUCGAUUAAAGAUUAAAGACAGUUAAUUCCCAGGAGGUUCUGUUCACGUCCGUGCUUCCCACUACUGCUGAAUAUUAAUCCCAAGAAAAAGCUAAAAUGAGCCAAACCUGUUUAAUAUUGGUGCUUCGAGAAAACAUGUGUUCGCAGUAUGUGUUUCUUCUUUCUCACUCUGAUGAUGGCCUCCUCUUUGCUGCAGGUCCAAGGUGAGGCUGAGGAGGCGCCGUCUCCUGACCCAUCCCAGUCUCAGAACCCUGGAGUCCAGCACAGCUUUGUCCAGGAACAUUUCCAAGCACAGUACAAGUGAGUUUCCUAUCCUGACAUACCACACUGUGAUUCCCAUUAUUCGUAACAAGGCUCCUUUUCUUUGGAACAGGGGUCCUUUGAGUGCUGUACACAGACAAGUAGAGAUGUUCUGCGAAGCCUCUGCACUGUGUGAAAACUGAUAUUGCAGCUAUUAAUUCAAACUCUAUUUCAGACUUUAAGGGCCUGAUCUACUGAGACCCCAUGGAGUUGCACAUAUUGUUUUGGGGAACUGCAUAAAAGACAAGCAAUGCAAGUUUAUUUGUAUAGCACCAUUCAUACAAAAGCAAACUCGAAGUGCUUUAAAGAUACAAGAGGAUAUACUAGAAAUCAAAAAAGGAAUUAAAACGAUUAAAAUCAAUAAGACAAACAGAUAUUUUUUUUCUCUGUUCUUUUUUGGACAAGGAUCAUGGUUUCUAUCAUGGCACCUCUGCAUCCUUCUCCCCACAAUGACCGUGCGUAAUGCUGUGCCGGUUUGCACGUGCCUUUCAAACGUGCUAAAUAUAGAUGCAAAAGAGUUCGAUAAAUCACAUUGCGGGUGCUAAAUGAUUCUAUUUGCAUCUGCUCCUCCCAGAAUUUGACGCAGCCUGAUGAUCUACGUACAUUCUGCAUAUUCAUGAAAGCAAACACACAAUAGCGAUUGCGCGUGCUGCUUGGCUCAUUUGACAGACGCAAUCCUCGGUGCACCUGGUUCACAGAUCAGGUUUGCACGCACUAUCAAAUUUGCACGUGUUUUUGCACAAGCAAACCUUUAGUAGAUCAGGCCCUUAGUCUUUAUAAAGGACAAAAAAUCACACAAGGUAUACAAAAGAACAUAAAAAGUUCAUACUUUGCAUAAACCAUAUAAAACUGUCUUUACAAUGAUUCAGUAGUUCUAAUAAAUAGAAAAAGAAGAAAAACACAAUCUAUAUGGCCCAAAUCAACAGUACCUAUGAUACAGUAUCAUGUGAUUUAUGUUCACUGUACAGCAGUUUAAUGCUGUCAGAUGAACGUGAGAUUGCCCUGAGAGAAAAAGGGCAGCGACUGAAAUUUAAUUCAACCACAUCUUUCCAAUAACAGUCCCAGUUUUCCUUGAUUCCCACACAUGCGUAAGUGGCUAAAACAGGAUUGUGAAAAAUCCUGCACAGAGACAAGUCAACACCACACAGCCUGCCUGAGCUUAUGUGGUAUUUAGGCUUCAUUGAUCAGAUUAGAGUGUCUUUGCUACAUACAGCUGAUGUAAUGACGACACCCGAAGAGACACAGAUGCCUGACUUGAAAAGCGGUAAAUCUACACAGCCUCCACUGUAAUUACCGAGUAGAAAAGUGGAGAAGUGAUUCAAAUGUAGCUGAAGGACUGUCUCUGUACCCUAACAUAUAUGUCUGUUAGUUCCAAUGGUAGCUGGAUUUAUUCAAAGUUCUUACCUACUCUGCUAAAACAUUUUAAUAAAUGUUUUUUUAACAGCAUCAGUGGUCAAGUACUCUCACCCCCUGGUGGACCUGAUGAAUAUAUCUGGUGUAUUUGAAUCUCAAAGAGUUAUUUUUCUUUGCUAAUCAGUUUGUGUUGCUCUGUGUGGGCUCACAAAGACAAAAAAAAAGAACCCAGGCUUUUCACUCGCCUGUGUUAUCACCAUUUCUGUCUGUAGCAGCUGGAUCUCCUCAUGACUCCCAUCAAUCAGUCAUCCAGGAAAGAAAGAGGAUGUUAUUUUUUUACAUAAUAAAUGCAUCUGUCAGCUGUGGCCCACUAGGAGAAGAGCCUCACUCAGAUGUCGAAUCAAUUACUCUGUUCUUUUUUUUUUUUUUGAUGUUUCGAGGACUGCAUCUAUACACUUUCAGUCUUUUCAAAACUCUGAGUCUCUUAGUUUGCAUCAUCCAGUGAGUUUGAUUUAAUGUAUCGCAGAGUUUCUCUCAUAUCCACCUCAGUGAUGAUUUAUAAUCUUUUUUUUUUCAUUUAUUUUCAUAAAUACAUUCUACCGUAACAAAGAGAUGGGGAAAACAAAAACAGGCAAAGACAUGCUGUAUCAAGAAUAUGCUGACUCUCUCCAGUUUGGGAAAAAAUGCUGAUUCUCAUCAGAAGUCCACAAUUGCACAAAGAAAGUCUUCAGAGGGAAGAUCUCCCCUUGCUGCAAGAAAGGAGGUCCAUUUUCUAGUCAACACUGUUUUUUUUUUAAUCUUUAAAAUUUUGCAGUAUGAUACAGUAGGACUUGAGGUGAGAUGAUUACAUAGGAUUUGAUGUGAUAUGAUGCGACAUGACACGACACCAUACGAUAUGAUAUGAUAUAACAUGAUAUGACACAAUAUGGACAUAUUUAAUUUGGGAUUAAUUUGAGAUUAAAUAUCCCAAUAAGGACUUGACACAACUCUAUAUGAUAUGACAUGGUACGACAGACUUGAGGCUAUACAGCACAGCAUGAGACAACACUAUAUGGUGCAGUACAUUAAGAUCUGAUACCAUACAACUGAUCAUCUGAUGUGAUGUGAUCUAAACUGAUCAUGGUAUGAUAUGUCAUGUCAUGUCAUGUCAUGGCAUGUCAUGGCAUGACAAGAUUCGAUACAAUACAACAUACACAAAAUAAUAUAAUAUGACAUGAUACAGUGCAAUGCUAUAUGAUGAGAUAUGCUGUGAUAGGAUAAAGUAGGAUACAAUGCAGUGCAAUAUUAUAUGACAUGAUACGAUACAGAGUGGUAUGAUUUGAUUCCAUACAAUAGGCAGCACCAACCCACAGUAAUAAUGAUAUUUCGAAACAGCAAUACUGCAAGAAUUAGUCAUUGCAAAAUAAUCGUAAACAUCAUGAUCUCUAAUUAACUAAAUCAUACAAAAUGGAAAAGGCAAGGCAAAGUGCAGGAAUUCAGUUCACUUGUGUUUGGUUCAAGUGAGAGGAGACACUGCACAUGUUUUUAUUUUGUAUGUUGAGUUUGCUAAAUGACAGAACAACGUAAAAAAUAAUGUGUAAAAUCUUGUUUCUUGUUGUCAUGCUUCUCAGCAAAGGAUUGCUGGUUUGAAUUCCCUGGCCGGGCACAGACCUCUCUGUGUGGAGUUUGCAUGUUCUCCCUGAACAUAUGUGGGUUUUCACUGAAUACUUCAGCUUCCUCCCACGGUCAGAAAACCUGCCCCUGUGGUCAAGUGGUCAGUGUAAAUUGCCUGUAGGCGUAACUGUGCUUAUACAUGGUUGUUAGUGAACUGAAGAUAUUGAUAUCUAGACGUGUUUUUUUUUUCUACCUUUUUUUUAAAUAAUCUUUUUUUGAUAGCAAUAAAUGCCAACUUACACUGAUACCACUCUGUUUAAAUCACAUCCUAUCUCAGUGCAGCAAGUUGUAUGAGCUUACCCCACAGUCACAUGGAGGUUAGAUAAAUCUACAGGCCAGAAAUCCUUGUGCGAAGUGUCAGUGAAAAGAUAUAAGACUUAGUGUUUAGUGGAUUUUUUUUAGGCCAUAAAGAAAUGUUUUUGUGACUAAUCCAUCAAAUGACUCAGUCCAAAGCCAAAACUGUGAAAUACUCUGAACUGUGAGCUAGAGUGAUCCAUUUUACACCCAAAAUUCAGACAUUAAAUAUCCCAAAAUCAGAGUUUGACAUUCAGGAUAGUACUCCAGAAUGCCCAGACUUCAGACAUGACCAAAAGAUGAAGGACUAACGAGCUUCCAUGUGGCAUUUUUCUGUCUCUGUAGGUUAAUCAGCAGUAUCUUCUGUGUCACCAAACAUGCCAACCACACUCCUUGAACUACUGACCAAACUGGCCAACCAUUAAUGUCCUUUAAGCAACACAAGACCUGAUUUGUGUUUAAAACAGUUUCCCAAAGCAGUCCCUGCAGUCUGAUCUCCUUACAUCUUGUUUGUCAGCGCUUCCAUCUGCCAAAUCCUCAGCAAACUGUCAGCUCUGUGUGACUGCCAGUAAUACAUCUGUCAGAGCUCAUCUCUUAAUUAUUCCCCUCACUGUCAAAUGUUUCAGCUCUGACACUUUGGGUGUGUCUAUACAGGAAGCAGCAGCCUGGCAGACAAAAUUUGCUCCUCUCACCCACUCGAGUGCUGCGCCAUCAGGGAGAAGGAGGGUGAGAUGUCAGAGAGAGAAACAGCCCAAAACUAGAAUCACAUACACAGAGUAGUUGUGGGGUCCAUUUAACAAUAAAAACAGCCACACAAUGAAAUGGAGAUAAGUGUAUUACUGAUGUUUCAUCUUGUGGCUCAGACUUUCAAAGAUAUUCUGAUUAGACUAAAACUGACAUAUUGACUCCUAAGUAAAACAAGACUCUUAAAUUUGUCAAAACAAGAUUAUUCAGUUUUAGUCCGUAUUUUGAUUUAACCUACGUUUAUGUGAUCAAGAACAAAGUGUUGUAAGACUGAGUCAUUAUAAUUUAAAUUGAUCCAAUAAAAACAGAUUUAUCAUGAGGUAUUUACUGAGUAUAAUUACCAUUAUUUUCCACCGGCUGCGCCGCUAUAUGAACAUACUGAUUAAACAGGUAUAAGGCAAAUAAAUGCAUCAAACAAAAGCUUAAACUGUUCUAGACAAGACACUUAAGCACCUGGACUCUUCUACUUCAGAGUCAUACUUUUUUCAAUAUGUGCAGAAUAUAGUUCAACAUUGUCUUUCUGGCAGCAUAAAACUUGUUUACAUUGUUCAGCAUUAAUGAUGUCUUACCAGAUGUGUAAGCUGCCCCUGCUGUGAGCUAUACAUCCUCAUACUAUCAUGGAUGCUGGCUUUCAAACUCUGCACACAGAGCUGAAGACAUGGCGUCCUUGAUCUCAAAAAAGACAUGGACUGAUUUAUAAACCAUCACAGUUGUUGUUGUUGUUUUUUUUUGAUCAACAAUUCACAAGGCACAACUUUUCAAAGUAAAAUUGUAUGUUAAGAGUCAAUAACAUUUCUUUUUUUAUAUUAGAGCGAACCAUUAAUCGGUGAAGGAAUUAAAACUAAUCAAAGAACUGCAUAAAAGUAAAUGAAACAUACAUAUAAUCCUGGAUACCAGAAACUAUGACUCCCAGAUAUGAUUCAGCCUAAUUUCUUUGAACUACAGGGUGUGCGGGAUUGGACCUUGAACAAAUAUUUCCUGACUCCUGUACCUUCCUUUUUCUCUGAGACCUGAGGCCUCACCACUGCCUGUAAAACGCUCACAGUGUCUGAUGUGAUUCAACAUCCAGAGUUGACAGAGCGGAGAAUUCUUCUUGUAAUAGCUGCAUUUGUCGCCAUGCAAUCAUCACAGCUAUUAAAACAUGUUCAAACAAGUUAAACCCAAGCCAAGCCGAGAGUAAUUAGAACUUAAUUUAUGCUUUCUGUCACCACAUGCUGGAGCUGAUCACAAUCAGAGCUGAACUGGCACUCUAUAUUUAUUUGAGCGGCGUUUAUGUUGCUCUCAGUGCAUAGCUCUUACCUAUGUGUCAGGUUAGAUUUAUCCCUACAGUUCUGAUUUAUACAUCUAUUACUCUUUGAUGGAGUGAGUAAAUCCUAUAUUAGAUCAACGAUGCUGAUCUUUGUCUGUGCGGGUGAGUCACAGGCUGCAGUCGGUAGAGACGCCAAUGAAAAUGUCUGUCAGUCAAACACUGUUUAUUCAGUGGAGCUUAGUGACGGCAGGCCGAGUCUUUCAGAUUAUGAUCUGUGCAGCGUUACCUCACUGUUGGGGCUCUCUCUACAGAACACCUUCAACCUAGUCGAUAAUAACAGUUGAGUCUAGCAUUUUCUUCUAAUAAGCUAACUUACUCAUAUUAAACCAGACAUUUCCACAUAUAAUUAAGAAAAACAAGGUUAACAAGGCUGCAGGAAAUCAGUGCACCUGAUUGAGUUUUCCUGUCACAUCAGAGUCUAUGACAUUUCUUUGACGUUUAUAAGACCUUAAACACUGCUUCUUCCCACGCCAUGUACUUUUAACUGUGGGCUUCAUGUGAUAGAUUUCAAAGUUGUAGCUCACAGUUUUUGAAUCUCUACUCUGCCCUGUACUUUCUCUGCUUUUUUAAAAUCUUUUUCUAUUUUCCAUAAACAAAUCAAUGGCAAAUUAACCAAACUGACAUUGCAUUAUAGAAUUAUAAUUAGUCCCCUGAAGUAUGUGACUGGAGCUAUAUCUAUAGCAACAGCCUGCUCUUUAAAGCGACAGCAACCGGAGUUGACAGCGUUCCAGUUAACAAGAUGGAAAACUAAGAUGGAUGCCUACAGUUAGCCAUUUUUUGGCCGUUUUUUACAAUCGUCAGCUGUCGUAAGCCGUUGUCAUUUGUUGUUAGCUGUUGUCAGCUGUUGUUAGUUGUUGUUUGCUAUACCAGUUGUAGACAAGUAUAACACAGUAUUUUACUCGUACAAACACCAUAGCACCGUGUUCACAGUUAGAAGUUGGGCAGUACAACAUAAACCACUUAUUUAAUUUCACAAAAACAAAACAGAAGUGUUAAUAAAUAAUACAUUUCGAGAGCUUUUACUGCUACUCUUAACUGUUGAUGCACUGCGCUGCCAUCUUGGAUUUUAACGUCAUAAAGUCGGGGUUGGUGAGGAUCAUCCAACUUUCUGAGUUGGAAAUCCAACUUCAGGGGGGCGUUCCAGAUGAAUUUCCAACUCGGAGCUCGGAAAUUCCGACUCUCGAGUACAACAGGAAUGCAGCAUAAGUAAGCGAUGAUGUGUAGUGACCAGGUGGUUAUGCAAAUUAGAGACUGUGAUGUCAAGUGUAAGGUCUCACCCACUCUGAUGUCAUCUAAUUUGCCGUAUACAAACCAGACAUAAACAAAUUGAUUAAGAUAUUAGUUAGAUAAAUCGACUGUCGAAAAUUCCUCACAGGAGCUUUAAGUUCGUUUUUAGAGAUCAGCAACUUCAAGACACUCUCAUCAACUGUGCUGCCACAGCAUGGAUGACAGGACAGGAUCUCCCUCCACUUUUCCCAAUCGGAGAUGGUUGUGGUCCAUUACCUCCUCUUGCUGCUCUCACAUCUGUGCCUAAAAGCUACCAUUAUAUCUUCACUCUGAAGACAAGCCCAGUUUGGAAACUAAUCGUUUCGUUCUCUUUUUAAAAUAAUGUGUCACUUUAAGAUUGAGAAUCUGUAUAAUUUGCAUUUUCAAAGAUGUAAGACUAUGCUUUGAUACUUAAUUCCUCCUUAUUCAUCUCAGUGUUUGUAAUUUUCCCUUACACCGCUUUUGAUGAUCAAUAAAUGUAUUCAAAAUACAAAUGCAGUAAGUAACUUUGGUGAGUUAUUUUGUGAUUAUACUUUCUCCGUCAGAGUGGGUACAUGUAUCGCUCCAGUCUAGUCCUCCUGUGGGAUCAACACAUAGAUCCUGACCUCUAAAUCUCUCACUUUGUUUUUAUUGUCUCUCUUGAUUGAUAUGUUCUGAUUUAAAAGGCUAAUUGUGUGACUGAUACUUCAAAGUUUAUGAGCCCUGUAAUGGAUCUGUUUAUUAUGUGUUUAUUGUAAUUUCAAUCAGUGAAUCAUGAGGCACGCAUUAAAUUUAAUACCUUUUCCAUCUCAGAGCAUUAGCAUGCUGAAUGAAGCUCCAUUCACCCUUCAUCAGAGGAAAGCUGCCAGCCGUGCUGAGAAGAAUUCCCUGCCAAUCUAUUUGAUUUUAAUCUAUUGAGACUUCUUGUUUUUUAAUUGUGUCUCUCAGGAAAGAAAAUCAAUGACAUAAAGAUACCUGAGUGAUGCAUCACAGGGGAAAUUCAAUGCGUAGGCAGAGUGCCGGGAACGAGUCUUUUUCGGCAUGGCUGCAUCUCAGACAGGAGGACACAUACCUUUCAACAGUGGCACGCUUCCUCCAUUAGAGCAUCACCAGAAUAUCACCUCCUGCUUCACUCAUUUUCUUUAUUCUAAGUGUUUCAGAGCAGAGAGAGGACAUUUAUGUUUUAGUGGAGCCUGAGUGUGAUUUGUAUGCGUGGAGUGCAGUUAGCCUCGCUGUUUCCUGGCGAGAAUAAGACAUCCGUAGGGCGGCUGGUCUGCUCUGCCAAGAGGGAGAGAUCCACUCAGAGCCAGUGUCAGCUGGGUUUGCUUGAAUAGAGCUUUAUUCUCACCCCCCAGCCUCCCCCACCAGGCUCUGUCAGGUGCCUCUCUUUAAGGAAAACAUUUGAAAGUUCAUUUAUGUCUUUAUUUCCCUUGCUAGGAGGGCAUAUGAGGGUUUUAAAUGUCAAACAUAUUUGAGUUACGGUAGUUAAAUGAAAAACAUGAGAAUAAGGAAAAGGACAGAAGUAUGCUAAAGCAUUUUGGGGACUAGAAAAGAGGAUCUGAGAUGUGAAUUGACUGAAUUACUUUGAUUUGAUUUAUGCUUAUUGCCUCUAUGUUUAUUACCAUACAUAAAACAUAUGUCAUCUUUGUGAAUUUAACUUUCCUGGAGUACUGGCACUCAGUAAAUCAGUCUCUACACUUUGAAGCUGUUGGGUUCUGCUUCACACAACUCUAUUAUCAGUCUGUUGUGAUGCUUUCAUACAUCAUACAGCAGUAUCAGUCGUGCAUCAUCAUAUUCAUCUGGUACAGCUUACGGCCAUGUUGUACUCUGAAAAAUCUUUUUUAUUUCCCUUUUUUGAAGAAAUGUUCUUGUUUUUCUUUCUAGUUUGGUCAACAAACUAACAAGCUGUCACACAUAAGGCAGCUUACCCGAUCUCUGUGCUUCCAACAGGCCCAUGGAAACGACAUUACAUGUUUUUAUGUUAAGACACCAUUCAUGCGUUUACUUCUGCUUAUUUGGAGCAGAGUCAUGGUAACAGCAGGCUAAGCGAGAUACCUCAAACAUCCUUCCCCACAGCUUUCCAGCUCAUUUUGGGGGGGUUCCAGGGUGUUUCUAUAUCAGAUGGGAUACACAAAUCCCUUCUGCUAGUUCUUGGUCAGUCCCAGGAUCUGUCCCUAGUUGGACAUGCCUGGAAAACCUCCAAAGGGAAGGGCUAAGGAGGGACUGUUACCAGAUGUCCAAAUCACCUGAACUGGCUCCUUUUGAUGCAAAGUAGUAGCAAUACUACGUCAUCACCACUCAGCUGCUAUGAAUGCUGUGAAUUUUGUCAUUAAGUAGCCUCCCUUGGUAAUGUCCGGACAAAUUCAGGAGUGUAUGUGUCAAAAGUGCCUAAAUGGAAAGUAAAGUCCUUAAUUGUCCAUCAUUGGUUUGACUCGAUCCCUCGGCCCUUUGCUGCAUGUCUCCCCUGCUCUCCACUCCCUACAUUUCCCUUCUCUCCUCAGCGUCUUAUCCAAUAAUAAGAUAAUAAUAAAACAAAAAUGUUGCAGGGGUUUAACUUUUGGGGCUUGACUUGGCACAGUCAGCUACUAUUUUAGACUUACAGUAUAAUUAAAUAUCACUUUCUUUCAGCCAACCACUUGUACUGUUCUGUAUAACUUAGAGCUGUCUCUUUUCAUAUGCCUGACCAGUGAAUGCCAAAUCUACCUGUGAAUUUUCAGCUGAUGCUUCUUCUUGUCUUGUUAAGGCUGAAAUAACCCCGAGUUUAUUUAUUGCAUGUCUUAUUCCUUAAAUUCUCCUUGGUUUAACUCUAAAUUCUGGACAAAAGACUGAAUUUAGCUUCAGGUUUACUGAAUCACUUCCAGCAAUCAGCCCGGCGUCACCUUUAAUGGACUCCACCACUCUUUAUUCGGAUAAUUAGCUAACUGGAGGUUAAUCAAGUGAGAUUCAUUAAAACAGGUUCAAUCAGAGGGAAAAGUCUUUUAAUGGAAAACUGUUUUAACAGAAAAUCUCCACUGUAGCAUCACGGUCAUUUUCCUUUGCCCUUACAGACAGGGGAAGAAUCACUUAAGAACCUGAAUACUUUAACUUCCUUUCUGGCACCACAUAAGCAUUAACAGCACGGUGAAAGUGAUGCAACAACAUAGAAACCUCAUCUUCAAGUCCCCGUUUAUAGACGUGAUCACCUCAGGAGGUUUCCGCUACUACUUACCACACCCACACCCCCAACCCGACCCCUCGUCUCUUUCAUUCCCACCAGUUACAUCACACAUCCCCUCCGUUCUCACAUUCAGAUCAAGGCCUUCUGUAAGGAACACCCUGUUCAUUUUUGACUUUGGAGUAACUAGAUUAAGACAUCUCCUCUCCUGUCAGAUGUGAUCAGGAGGACUUCAAGCUUCAUUCUGAAUUCUAGUCAAGUCAACCUGAUGUUACUUUCUCUCCUCAGAUCAUCCCUGACGUGCCCCCACUGUCUGAAACAGAGCAACACCUUCGACCCUUUCCUCUGCAUCUCGCUCCCCAUUCCUCUUCGUCAGACCAGGUGAGACUUUUGAUCCAAUAGAAACAGUGAUUCAUCUCAGUCAGACAAAGAAGUGAUCACAACAUUUUAAGGUUGUAAUUUGACCUGAGUUUGAUCCCGGAAACAACAUCAGUGUUUCUCAAAGAACGACGAUACACGUCUGUUCUGGGCUUGAGGGACUGUUAACAUAUAUAAAUUGCACAAAAACAUGUUCCUGCAAUUUGAAUAUACCUGUAAUUAAAAUAUUUCAUUGUUCUGCAGCAUUUACUGGUGCACUUUUUUCCUCUUCAUGCCUCUUUCUGUUUACAUUUACUAUGCAUUAUAUCACAUGCUGUGUUAAUCUGGAAACACUUUAUUUGACGCCUAUCUCUAUGACGCAUUAUAAAUAUAUUUAUAAUGCGUCAUAAUGAUAUUAUAGAACUGUAUAACUAUAGUUAUAAACACUCAUAAAUGAUCAUAAUGCUUUAUAGUAAUAAUCAUAACACAUUAUAAAACAUAUUAUUGUGGCUUAUAAGUUAUUAUUAAGUAUUAAUAAUUAGUAUAAGUAUUAGUAUAAUUAGUAAGUAUUAUUAUAAUGUGUUAUAACUGUUAACAGUUGCAUUGCGUUAUCUGUGUCGGCACUGUCAGUGAGUUGUUAAGAGUUAUAACACAUUAUAAUACCUGACCUUGUAAGUCAUGAUAAAAUGCUUUAUAAUGUGUUAUGAUUAUUGCUAUAAAGCAAGGGUGGGCAAUUAAUUUUUACAUUUGGCCACAUGAGAAACCUGAACUGUGUUGGAGGGCUGACUUCUGAGAGAAACUACAAGCGACUACUGAGAGAAACAAGCUUAGUCUUUUAUAAUAAGCGGACUCAACAACUCUAAGGCGUCUACGAAUAUUUUGCCGAUGUUUAAACUUGUCUCUCUUCACAAAUGCAGAUCUAGGAUGUACGCACAUGUGUCCAAACGGAAAUAAAACAACAGCUAGGUUUUCAAAAUAAAAGCGACACAUUUUUAUAGCAUGUUGAUGAUUUGAUUGAUGGACCUCACGAAGGGCCGGGCAGGGACAUCUAAAGGGCUGGAUGUGGCCCUCAGGCCGUAAAAUACCCAGGUCUGCUAUAAAGCAUUAUUAUCAUUUAUGAGUGUUUAUAACUAUAGUUAUACAGUGCUAUAACCUCAUUAUAACACAUUAUACAUGUAUUUAUAUUGCGCUAUAGAGAGAGGCAUCAAAUAAAGUGUUACUGUUAAUCUUAUUGGCUGUAGGGCUAUACAACACUUCUUAUGCGACUGUUGUCAACACCUCUUUGAAAAACAGAAUUAACUGAGGGGUUCCAACCCAUUCGCCAAGGUGUGGCAGCACCUAAAGAUAUCUCUUUGACUUCAUUCUGAUCCUUUUCAUACAUAACUGAUCUAUAAACACACACCUUGUGGUGUCGCCUAGACACAUCGACAGUGAGGUGACCUGGGGUCGUUGGGUGUUUCUGGUCAUUAAUUUAAAAACAUUCACAAACAUCUAGAGUUUAUCACUUCUUGUGUUUCUGCUCUGUUUUAGCCACGCAUAAUUUAUUAAACUGUACCUUUGUAAAGGCAACUAUUUUUAUUUCAUUUAUAGUUUAGUAUGAUGAAUCUGGGUUUACUUUAGUUUUGUUGUCCGAAACACAAACAUCAGAACACAACAAUUUUAUCAGAAUUUGAUUAACUUCUGUGAGUCAUGAUAUUACUGUCAGAACUCGGGUGUGUUUUUAGAUAUAUUAGGUAGUUUUUCCUGAAGGUCAGGACAAAGUUUAAUGACAUAGCGUUGACGUUACCAUGGUGAGUCAUUGCACUGACCCUGCACUGAUGAAAGGAAAGCUGCUUUGCUGUUUAUUGGCAUCACUUUGAGGAGCAUGCACCCUAAUGACUGGACCGUUAACAGUGAAUUUAAUUUGACUUAACAGCUGAGCGUACAGAUACUGUUUGCAAAUGUAUGCCAGGGUGCAGAGAGCAAGAGCACUCUGUUUUUAAGAAUGAACAGGUAAAAAAUAGUUGCAUGUUGUGAAAAGUUCAUGAUUUAGACAGCUCCUGGCUCGAACUGUUGAUUUGCUUAUUUAACUCAAAGCAUGAACGAGCUUUUAACAAUACGAAUGUUAUGAAUGAAUUAUGAAUUGAAGCAGAAAAACAAACCAAACAAUGUCUUUGAGUUUUAAAAUAGAAAAAAAAAGUUACACUAAAUCAAAACAGGCGAGACAACACCCAGCUGUGUGCACAGAGAAAGCACAUAGGUAAUAGUGAACCUGACGGCUGGUAUCACAAAGGAAAAGCUGGUGGAAACUCCUGUCAGCAUUCAGGAACAAUGUCUUAUUCAAGUUUACAUCACAACACCCACUCAGUCUCCAUGCCAGGUUAAGUGGGGUCAGCCUGUUCAGGAAAUCCUGACAUUUUCCAGAGGGAGACCCCAUUCACUGCAGCUCUUUUACAGCUGAUCACUAUCUGACUUUAAGCAUGUGGUUGACCUCAUGCAUGAAAAAACACGGCCACAUUUGGGAACACAAGCUUUUACCAAGUUUUUUGUUUGUCUCUAGUUUUUGUUGCUCUGUUGGGAGCUUCAAUGCUCUGGCUAACGCAAUAGAAUAAAUGAUGUAAUUGUAAAGUAUCAGACAGCACAAAACACACCAAACAUCAUUUAUAAUCUACAUCUGAGCCUAAGUGUUCAGUAGAGCCUAUUAGACAGAGGUGUGUGAUCACUCUCUUGGUUUUCCAGCUCUGGUUAUUUCCUUCCUUCAGUUUUUAGUUUCUGUAAUAAGUCAUCAAGGUUCAGCCAACAUCCUUUCUAAUUUAGGAAACAGUUUUAAGAGCUCUCCUCUGACCACGAGCCAAAUGAGAAUAUUCAGUCACCCUCAUCUUUCUACAGUGUGGCAGAAAAACACUUCAGAGGGGAUAAACAGAAGGGAAACAGAUGGAUUGUCUUUAAAAAAACAUUUUUUUAAAUAUAUUUUUAUGUGUGGAAGGUUGAACUCUUUCCAAGCGAAGACUUCUCUGUGAGCUGUAAACACAAACGUCAUGUUACCAAAACAAUUUUUCCUCUGCCCGGCAGUCUAAACGCCGGACUCUCUCCUCUGGCUCCUCAAAUAUGUGAAGCUCUGAACUCUGCAGAGAUCCUCGUUCUUUAUACCAAUCCUUGGUUAAUUAACUUUAUCUAUUUUUGGAGGGGUAUAAAUAUCUUCCGGCAGUGUUGCUGUUUACAGGAAUCACUGAAGGGUAAUUUUGUUGUGACAAAAACCAACACACAGAGAGAAAAUCACUCUCUAAAUACAGAUGUUCAAAACAAAGACUUUCAGUGAAUGUCUUCAGCGCUUUAAAGUCCACAGAGUUGUUUGAGCAAUUCACUGUUUUCUUAACACUGCUAUGGAAAUCUGAAUUAGCAUAAAGUGGAGACACCUCCCCGAGCUGCGGUUUGAUUAGUGCUGCCACUUGCUGUACUCUGUCUCCUGUGCUCUUUUGAAGUCCCCAACACCACUCAGAGGAAGAGGAGUAAACAUGUCAGAGCACUGUACCUGGGCUGAACAAACACCAGCACAGAGACAUGUUGUAUUGUUCAAUCCUGAAACUCUUCUUCUGAGAGUUCAGUCUUCAAAUUGUCUCCUGCUACUCUGUUGAUACUCAGCCCUCUUUGGCUAAAAGACUUUCAUAUAUGCUUUAAUAUAAACCAAGUCCUUGAACCUGAGUCAGGGCCAUUACCAGAUUUUCCCUUAAAUCUGAUUCACCUCCUGGACUUUUCUGUUCACUCGCUGUUUGUUUCUUCAAUACACUGUCUAAAUUCCAGUGAAUUUAAAGGCACAUUCAUACCAGGACUGUUUAGUUUGGUCUAAAAGGACCAUGGUCCCCUUACUCCUUUGGCCGGGUGGUAUGAACACAUAGGCGAACUGUGGUCCGGAUCAAACUAACAGAUCAUGGUCCUCUUGAAAAUGCAGGACUCUAUCCCCUUCCAAACAAACCAUGGUCCGGUGUGUGGCGGGUGUGAAUGCAGUGCUGAUGCAGCUGGACGUUUUAUAUGUCAAUAUGAUAAAAUAAUAAAGCUGGGAAACGAUGCCCGGCCAGAGGCUGCAGUAAAUGGGGACAGCCGGUCAAAACACCGGACUGUCCAUAAAACUGGACGAAUGGAAGAGGGUUUGUGUUGAUAUUAAAUACCUGGAUGUUCUUCUAUUCAACAAAUAUGCUGACAAUGUUAUAGGCAUUGCUGUCUCUGGUCGGCUACUGUUGUGGGACAUUGAAGAAAAAAAAUUCUCUCUUUUUUUAACCAUUUGGUUCGCUUAGCUAAAGUCCCACAUGAACGCUAACCGGUUCAAAUGUAAAAUGCAACAAUGUAAACAUUUGGUUUAAGGUGAGAAAGGCCCCUAAAUUGACUAAUCACGCUGCCUUGCUCCUAAAUGUGCUGGUUCUCACCCCAGCUGCAAACCACCCUAAUGCAUGCUGGAGGUCCCAGCCUGAAAAUCCCAACAAAAUGGCAAUCAUCUGCAUAAGGCAGAGAUGGACCCCCAAAGUGAAGACCAUCAUCCAUGCUACUGCAAUUUGACAUAAAAUACUGCCACACAGCCGACAUUACUCCUACUCCUUGCUACUUUGUUAGUACCCCAGUACACACUGUCGUUGGGAACACGUGGGCUCUGCAUGCUGGAUCUGGGUGCUGCUAGCUAGAGGUGCCGGAGUGGAGUCUGGAAUGGACUGCUUGUAUCGGAGUGCCGGAGGAGAUUUUAGAUGCAGGCCGAUAUAAUCCAAUAUUUGUUUUUUGGUUGAUAUCGGACACAACUGAUAUCAAUAUCGUAUUGGGAUAGCCCUAGUGUUUUUGUCCUAGUAUUCAAUGAUGUAAAUGCUGUUGUGAGGAUGAUUGGGACACGGUUGGGUUGAUUGGUGAUGAAUUACUCCAAACAUUGAGUUUUCUGUGGAAGUUAGACAUAAAACAAAGAGCUGUUAUAUUAGUGUAGUUUUUCUCUGUUUUUAUGUCCUUAAGUCUUAAUUUCUUGUUUUAUUAUUUUGCAGGUUUUAUGGUUGCACUCGUAAAUACGUCCAGUGAUGGGAUCAUUUCAGAUCCCCCCUGGCUAUUCUAUCUCUGCUCGCUGUUGUUAUUCCUUUAUUAGGAUAAAAACAUCGUGAACUCAGCUGCAGUUUAGUGGUUAUCGGACAAAAUUUAUUUCCUCUGAUAUCUUCAGCUACAACUCUUCACUUUCAUUACUCAGAUCCUGAUUGUGCGACCACCAAGAACUCAUCCACUCUUUAAAUCUUAGAGGUUUCAUGUUCAGCUGUGAUUAUAUCACAUUUAUAUUCCAGACAAAGUGUUCUGCUCUUCAUGUACAAGUAAAAUUCAUCUUUUUUUUCAGCCUCCCAGAUUAAUUCAUCUUUUUAAUGUUACUUAACUUUAUCAAUGCAAAGGUUCUGCUGCUUUCUCUUGCUGCUGUGACACUUUAGUAUCCCCUCGAGGCAUCAUUAAAGUUUAUCUCUCUUCUGAAAUUACUUUUAUUACACCACGCUCUGCCAGAAAAUAGUAAAAAGUUCCAUAUAAUUUCUCUUUGCCACAAGCUACAGUGUCCAAGCGACACACUCCCACAGGUACCUGAUGGAGUUCCUCUGUAUUUCCUUAGUGUGCUGUUAUUUAAAGAGGCCAUAAAGUCCUGAGCACCCCGCUCAUGUCGGGCAGAGAGGUCAGAGCCAAGUGUUCCUGUUUUAAAAAUGCAAUAGAGAUUCCAUUAUUUGGCACACAUGAAACUAAGUCCGAAUGAUCCAUUAUUAAUGUUAAAAUGUUUUGAUUUAUUCAUGAACAGCUUGUUUUGUCCCCUCCUGGUGGUGGAGGAGGCUGCUGCAGGAACAGCACUAAAAAAAACACAAAAAAACAAGUUGCUCUGUGUCCGUCUAUCACUGACUGUGUGCCAUCAUGUCUGCAGGCCGAUGUGUGUGAUCCUGGUGUUCAGCACUAAAGGACAGAGGUACCUGCGGGUCGGGCUGGCUGUGCCUUUGUUCGGUUCUAUGGCGUGCCUGAGGAGGAUGGUAGCUGACGAGGGGAAAAUUUCUCCAGACCAGGUAACAUAAAACAGUGUGCAAACACUUACAAGGGAAUCUGCUGAGGAGAGAUUGUGGAUGCUGAUAGCAGAAAGGAUUGCGCAUCAGUUGCUCCCGCUUUCCGCUCUAUCUUGAAGAGAACUCAGCAAAAACACAGAUUAAGUUUGCGGCAUUGUACAGUUUGCUCUUGUUUUGCAUCCAAAAAUGAACUGUCAGCAUCUCCACUCCCUGCUUCAGAGAUCUUCACUGUGCACUUUCAUCCUAACAGAGCUCUAAUCUGUCCAGAGGGAUGGAGAGGUCAAGUCUAAACAGUUUUUAGAGAGAAUCUGUCAAAAGAUCUGGUACAAUUUACAAAAGCUCUCUUAAGUGAGUCAGCGCAACUUAUCUGAAUAGCAAGUGUAGUUUAAAUUUUUGCGACAGGCCUACUUUGCAUAAAAAUGAGCCAAAAUUGCCCUCUAAAGUUUUGCAUCUUUUAGAAAGAUGUGCAAACAUCACCAAAGCACAGAGAUACUAGUUGUUGUGCAACAGAAUCUUGGGUGCAAAUAGCUCCUUGCUUUAGCUUUAAAGUAGUUUUGUGCGUGCAAAAGUUGCUUUGUCAAUCGCACCCUUUAAGUCUCUGUGAGGAGCUUUUCUUAAUGGUUUUGAAACAGACUGAACUUUAUAGUGAAGCUACAAAGGCAUAUGGGGCAAUCAGCGAUAUGACUGGAAAAUGCUGAAGAGGCAGCCAUUGUCAAUGUUUUCUGAAACAGAAAUCCACAGUUGGUGAUACAAUUGUUGUUAAAAGAGAGCAGGGUAGCUGAACUGAAAGACUGGUGCAUGGCGUGCUCAGAACUGGUUCCUCAGUCUCUUCAACUUGCAUAGAAACAUUUGGACUCAAACAUCUUGUGAAUCUCUAAAUUUUAACACAAAGUGAAAAUGAUUGAUGUCAGCAAGUGCUUUGGCGUAAUUAAGCCUGCUCAAUUUGUGACAUCACUAGUUGGCCCAUCUCCUUACAAAGGUGUAAACAGCAACGUCCUGAGCUGUUCUUUUGUGGAGGAGGAUUCUUUUUAUAUCCAUUACUGGUUUAAUUUAGUCCAAAACAUAUGGCCAUAGUUCCGUGUUUGUCAUUUUAAAUAGGGAAACAUGACUUAUUAAUGAAUGAUAAAAAUGAAAAGAAACAGAGAGAGAUAAUGGAAGAAAAGGAAAUGUAUGUCCUGGAUAAUUUCCUUUGUUAAAACAGCUGUUACAGAGCAGCACAUCUCCUCACAAGUACAGGAUUACACAUUUUUGUAUAUUUUGCAUGCCUCUCACUCAAAUUUUCUCUUUCCCUCCUGGAUGAAAACAUAGUAAGCUGGAUGUUUUGUAUUGUUAAAUAUUCUGACUCAAACAUGUGUUUUGUUUUUGGCCUGCAGGUGAUCCUGACCGAGGUUUACCCCACAGGUUUCCAUCGCUCCUUCUUCGAUGAGGAGGAUCUGACGUGCAUAGCUGAGAAUGACAUCAUCUAUGCUUUCCAGGCUCCGCCCCUUUACAUCAGAGGAGGCUCUGCAAGGAUUUCAGGUAGCUGCAUGACUAAAGAGAGACCAAAUAAUGUGCCCUGCUCACCCUGUUGAUGCAUAACCAACCAUUCGCCAUACAUUGUCGCCCCUCGUUUUCCAGCCCCCAAACUGCCACAUAAUGUUAAUUUUAAGGCUCAUUAUCAAAUCAAAAAUGACUUGAUAAUACAGCGGAAAAAACAAAUCCGAUUCUGCUGUCACUUCCCUGACAUUAAGCCUCCCUGUAGGAUGAAUUAAGAUAUAAAAACUUCUACUUUUGUCCUGUUACAGAUCAUUUUGAAUGUAAUCGACUGUUGUGCUACAUUAGUAUUUUCCCCCUGCUUUAAAGUGAUUCUACACUCAGAUCUGUAAGCAAACAAACCAAUUUUAUUAAUGUUCUUUGCUUAAUGAAAGCCUCAAGGAAUGCAGCAUCCUGUAGGGGGUCCUUUGGGAGCACAUUAAGGAGAAUAUAACUCCUCACGGAGCUCCGUGAAUAACAUCCCCCAUGUGGAGUUUUUCUUGCAGUAUCAAAUUUAUGCCUUCACUUCAUGUGUUUUUCAGCCUGUGAUGUAAAAUGUGUUCUCAGAAGUACUUCAGUGCAUAGCGUCCCCUUGUUUCUUGCUUUGUGGUGUAAACAAACAGGUUCUGCUCACAGGGCUGUUAAUUGUAGCCCCGACAGUGUGUCAGCGCUGCAGUUCUACCUUCAAAAUGCGACUUUUAGUGCUUGAAUUUAUCGCGCUCAGUGGAGACUCAGAGCUGUGCUGUCGAAAAAGAGGCCCCACUGACUGUCUGCAUGCUGGCACAGGCAGGACCCCCCCUUUCUCUCUCUCUCUCUCCUGGGACCCCAGUGGCUGAGUCUGCAGGGUUGAUAUGAUGAGCCUAUAUCACAACUCAACACUUUCAGUGCACUGCGGAUUGUCUUGUCUUUUUGUGGCUGUUUGCACUGUAUGAGUUUCUGAUAUUGUUAUGUAGUGGCUGAUAACCAUAGGUUGCACUUGUUGGUUUUAAGAAAAGGACUUCAAGAAGUCAUACUGAUAACUUUUUAUGGUAAACAAAUGCAAACAAGAACAGCAGUAAAAAGACUGAUUAUUUCACAUAGUACUUUUUAAGGCCUUAAACUGAUGUAGGGGUGUCUUUGGAGCCACUGAGGAAACAGACCCCCAUUUUUUUUACUUCUUUGACAUGAAACAUUUCCAGAAAGUGAUAUAUCUGACUGUCAUAAGUCAGGAGGAUGAGAUUUUUCCGUUAGACAGUACUAAUCUUCAGUAAUAAGAAAAGGUUAUCUUGCCCACAGGAGGCUGUAAAAGUGCAGAGUUUGAUUUCAUCUUGUUGCUCCUUUCCUGCAUGUCGCUCCUCACUCUCCCGGCCCAUUUCUCGCUCUAUCCACUGGCCUGUCCUCUCGAACAAAGGCACAGAAAAUGAAAUAAAAUUAUUACAAACAGCACCUUGCCACGAAAGACCAUCUGUCAUCUGUGCAUGUUAACAUCAAGGUAGUAAAACAUUACAGCUUUAUAGUAUUAUGGCAGUUGGCAUUAAUGCAGCUGAAGCCCUGACUGGUAAUGGAUGACUACUCUAAAGCUGAAUAUAUGACAGACAUUUCAAGCCUAUACAAAAACCUAACACAUCGUCCUGUGUUAGGUUUUCAUCUGCUCCUGAAGCAAACAGAAAUGAGCACUAAAGCUGCGCUAUAAUCUAUAGAAAGAGUAACAUGACUGAUUAUAUCCAGGUGGUUAUUUUAAUGGCAUAAGAUCCCACCGGUGUGGGUUAGGUGUCUGUUGAUGAAAUGUUGGACUAAGGAGGUAGAGCGGUUGUCCAGUAGCCGGAAGGUUGGCAAUUCGAUUCCCCCCUUUCCUGAGUCUGUCUGUUGUCUCCUUGGACAAGACACUUAACCCACCUCACUCCCAGUGUGUGUCCUCCACUGGUGUAUAAUUGUGAGUGUUGUGUGGUGGUGGUCGGAGCGGCCGUAUGCGCAAACUGGCAGCCAUGUUUCCGUCACUCUACCCAAGGGCAGCUGUGACUACUAAGAUAGUUUACCACCACUAAAGUGUGACUGUGUGAGCGAAUGAAUUAUGUAUCCAAUGUAAAGCGCUCUGAGGGUCUCUGAUAAAGCGCUAUAUGAAAUCUGAUGUAUUAUUAUUAUUAGUUCAGUGAUACAUUAUAGAGAUGAAAUGAUACAUGUACAGCACAGGAUCAUCAAAGAGAUAAAAGGUACGGCUUUGUUCACAGGGGCGCCAACAUGAAAAGUGAAAGUUCUUCACAGGACCUUUAAGUUUAUCAUUACUUUUUAUAUCGCCUCUCCCCUUUUCCUAUAGAAGUAACUGUGUGGUCAAACUUAAAGCUUUGCGCUUAAUGAAGGGCAGGACCUAUAUAAAAUUAAUCCAAGUCUGCAUUUGCGCUGCAGAAGCUCUGACAUGAAACCUCUGAUUGCAGUGUCCUGACCCCGAGAGUGAGCGUAAUGAUAAGUAGGCCCAGCUUUCAUUAUUAAUGUCACUCUAAUCAAGCAUGUGAUAAAACUUAUGUAAAUCACAUGCAGCAAUUUACAUGAGAAAAGUCCUCUGACAGCUACAGGAAUGAUUCAUAGGAAGAAAAAUAUCCUCUCAAAUGUUCAGCGUAACAUGUUCAUAAAACAGCAGUAACACACAGAGGUCACCUCAGCUGAUUUAUACCGCACAGAGAUGCUGGGGCGGACACCUCCCUUCGUCACUGCUCAUUAAAUCAGGUUUUUAUGGCUCGCUGUCAAAAACUCUACUGUUUCUCCACACUUUUUUAUGGCUGCCUUCUGCUUUUUUUACCUUGUUUACAAGAUGAAUAAUAGAGGGAAUAUGAUAUGUAAGUGUGUGCCGGUGAGUCUCCACAGCAAACAACGGGAGUAAAGUGAACUUUUUUCAGCCGACAUACCUGUGGACUCUAAUCUCUUCCCAUCAAAAGGCCUCUGACUAAUUCUAAGAAACCGCAGGAGUCUGUGAACUCAUUUCUCUGCUCUCUCAGGCUUUCUCAUUGUCAAACAGACACGCAGGACGAGCCAGACUAAACCCGACCAGUCCAUGUGAAAGCCUAUAAUUAAACACCUCUGCCCCAACAGGGAUCUACCGCAGCCACAGUACCCCCCAUCCCAUUAACUGUCUGCACCAUCACGCUCAAGGACUCUGAACAGAAAUGUGUAAAAUGAAAAAAAACAACCUCUAUUUAGUUGUAGAGGGCAUUUAUGUGCCACACAGAGUCACUGCGGUCACAUUCACUGAGUUGUAGACAACAUAUAGAACAAGAGAGCACUAAGAAGCAGAGUGCUCUCAGCUAAAAGACACAAGAGUCCCAAAUUAAGAGCUGAACGAGAUUAAAAAGGAAAAAACAGGAUUGUUGAUUUUUUGUGAGUCAGUGACACAAACAUGAGCAAAAUUUGUUGUCUGGGUAUUUAUAAUAAUAAUAUAAUAAAAACUAUAUUUAUAUGUCACCUUUAAAAAUAUGUUUACAAAGUGCUUUAACAGAAGAAGCAAACAGAAGCAAACAAAAGAAAAUGGACGGUUGGUGGUUGACAGCGUCACAUCAGGAAGGUGAAAAAGAAGACAUUGGAUAGAGGACAGAUUAAAGAGAAAAAGAAAUAAAUACACAGGUAAUAAAAUAAGGUAAAAUAAGAGUGAUAAAUCAAAUUUAACAUUUGGCUAAAUUUUGUAACUUUAACUCACAUUUGCAGGACAAACUUAUUGGAGAACUUAACAUUGAAUUCAGCCAUGACAGGCACAUAUCAUUUCUGUUGUUCAACCUCAUCCCCCUUCGUUACCACAGGAAAGCAGGGAUUACAACCGAUACUGCAGCCAGCCAUUAGAGGGUAGCUCUAAAUCUCUUGAUAACUACAGUGUGAAUCACAUGGUUAGUUGCUGAAUCUGUAUCAUCAGUGUAUCUGGACAAUGUUUUGAGAUAUGUGUCGUAUUGACCUCACAUCAGAGAUGCCCAAUGCUCAUAUACUCAGUCGUAGCCAAGACUACUCAGAGUCCCUGAAAAAAAAGGAGAAAACCCCAAAACUCAACUUUGAUGACAGAUCUGAUUUUUAAUGAACAUUACAUAGAAAGUUGAACUCUUUCUCUGUUUGCAACAGAGAUAAAAGAAAAGAGGAAUGAAUACUUAACCAAGAAUGCCAGUUUUCCAUUUCCAAAUUUUCCUUGGCAGGUGAUCGCACAUUCAAGCCUCGUUCUUGGCACCAGAAAGCGAUAUUGUGCUUCUUCAUUUCUGUCAGUGUAAUGUCAAAUCCCACACAGAAAAAAAUCUCCUUUCUGUGAUUAAACUUCUGAACAACACUUUAAGAUUUUAUAUCUUAUUAUUACUUCAUAUAAAACCUGAAAACUUGAAGCCAGACAGAAGUAAUGAUCCAAAUUCACAGCUCACAAAGGAGAGGUAAACAGUGUCAAAGCAAUCAGGGUCAGAAGAAGUAAAGGGCUCAACAGAGACUAGUCUGAAAGCAACAGCAUGUAAAUCAUUCACCUGACAUCCAUUAGGCACUGCUGUAUUUAAAGAAGUGCAUGUCGAUUGCUAAAGCAGACAGCAAAUACCUGCCUGUCAUGGCCACAAUAUGACCCUAUAGGGCAGCAACAGACUGUUAAGUUCAGUCCCCAAAUAGCUUGUUCAGGAACUUUUAGGUACUUUUUUAUUGUGAUACACCAGAGGAUCACAAGCCAAGUAGAAGGCGUUGGUUUUGGAGCAAGAGGGAGGCUUGUUGCAUGGUCAAAAUGUGAGCCACACAGUUAGUAGGCAGAGUUUGUUGAAUUGGAAUCUGAAUCUUGAUGGUUCUUUUUUAGCUCCCCAGCUCUGUCGUACAUCUCCACCUCUCUGACACAUUUGCAUCACGCUCUUCCUGCAACAAUCCUCCUCAGCGCAAGAUUUCAGAGGAAGACUGCCACCAGAGCUGAAGUUCAUCUUCUGGUCAAAUAUUCUGGGAAUCCUCUCUGAAUUCAUGUCAUACAGCUAAAAGUAAAAAUCUGAGCCAGUCAGUGACAAAAACAAGAACUUUCAGGGGACCUUUGUGUUGAGCGUGUCCCCCAUCCAGCUGUCUUACAUCCACUGAUGAACUAUUGCUCUCUGACAUUUUUGGUACUCUGCUAAAAAUGUGUUUCAUUCUACUCUUCAAUAUGAGCCUUAAUGGAGUGUCUUUAGCUUUUGGGGCAAUCCCCAAGUGGACAUUUGUGGAAUUGCACUUACAACUAUCUCAAAGUCCCACUUCAAUCAUUUUUGUUUUUUUUUUACGACUUGAAAGUGUUACCAGUGGUCUUUAAGUUGUGAUUAUGAAGUUUUAGCCAAAAUAACCUGUGUCAUUUUCAAGGGCUUUUCUUCUGCAGAGCUCCAGUAGCUCAUUAGUAAUUCCCCUCUGAGUCGUGGGCGGAGACAUCACUGCUCUGCACACUCCUCUUCACGCUAGCUUGUAGCCUAACAUUACCGGUGCAGCAGAAGAAGCAGGUAACAUAGGAGCUAUUUAGCUCUCGGACACUAAUGUCUAUAGGGACAUGAUGAAAGUUAAUAUCAUAAUUAGCUUUCUUACGAGCAUUGCAAUCUGCUAACACACACGCUUGUUCCACGAUCAUCCUCUCUAUUUCUCUAAGUGUGGCCUGCAUAGCCAAGCUCUCACCGUAUCUGAACCUGCCGUUUGGGUCUGCCAGAGAUUCACAGCGAUUUAAAUGAAGAAAUACUCAGAAAUGCAAUUUCACACUUAUUUUUCUCACGAUAUGUCCUGUAGCAUCAGAAAAAUGCCAUAUGAACAUAUAGACAACAAGAAAAACAUGAUUUUCAUCUGAGUGGGUCUUUAAUUUUCAACACUGAAGCAUAAAGUCUGUUCUUGUGCUUGUUUGUUCUCUUUUUACCAUCAGGAUGCAAACAUGUGUUACCUGAAAAAAUGAAUCGCUUAUCCCCGCUGCAGCUAGAUUAGCAAAUAAGCUUUUAUGUCUUUUUCACAGUCUUUAUAUCCUUGUAAGAGCCUUUGUUCGACUGAUUCUGUUUAAUUUAUUCAAAUGUGUUUAUUUGGUUAUCAGUCUGCUUAAAAUCAGGGCUCAUUUUUAAUCCUUUCUCAGAUUUGAGCUCAUCUGUAUAAUUUGUCUGUGUUUGUCAGUUAUGUACAAGCUGCCUCAAACCAAACGCUCCUAAAGGGAUUAAUAAAGCUGUUGAGUAUAAUCAAAUCAAAGGCUUUCACUUUGCAAGCGUCUCUGUAACAGGAUGUUCAGCUGCGGCAUUUGCUGUGUCAGUGAUGAAUCAGUCGUCAGGUGUGAAAAACAGUGUUUAAUGAAACAUUUGGGGAAGGCACAGCCGCCUCACUCAAUCAAUACCCUCUCGUCCGUGUCUGCGAGUCUUAUUUACCGUGUGAUUUAUGGCUGUGAACUUCUGAGGGAGUGACCUGCGUAUCAAACCCAGAGGUUGAGUGAAGCUCUGCUGACGUCACUUUUCACAGAUAUGUUAUAAUCACAGCUUUUCGCUCAGCCAGUCAGUCACACUCCUCGGAGGAGUGGUGCUGCCUGGCACCCCACCAGGACAGGAUGUGGAGCAGUAGCUGCAUCAGAUAAUACCUCCUGCUGAGAGUGCAGGCAGCCAUUGGUCCAUCUGUUCUCCCCUCUGAAUCACUGUUCCCCAAAUAGAAAGCUGCUGUCUUGCCACUUUAUAUAUCUCGGUUCUUCUCCUCUCUGCUUGUUAGAGGUGUUAAGUUUCAUGUACAAGUUCUCGAAACGUAAAAUCAGGUCAUUUUCCUGUCAGGAGGAGACGGUGAUGGUCAUAAAGUUCAUCCUGUUAGAUCUCUGAAACCAUCAGCUGUCCUACUUUGAAGGUUUAUCAUAGCAGCUUAAAAUCUGGUCAGCAUCAGCAGAAUUUACUGAGGGAACUGUGACUGUUUCCUUCUUGCACUUUCUUAUACACUGCAUCCACUCUGGCAUCAAGGAUAUUACACUUUAAAUUCAUUCAUUGUCUUUUGUUUGUUAUGUUUUUACUUUUGGCCAAACAGUGAGACAAAAUCCUUUGCACUGCCAUCAUAUUUGCGCCCCCUAUGGAUGGAGUCUUGAAUUAUCAUUUACAGUAUAGACUUAACUGUGUUAAGGAUUUAUGUCUCCAAGGUGCUUUUGCAUCAGAUCAGCAGCUCCAGGAAGAAAUCAUGAACUAUCAGAGAUUCACUUUUUAUAAUACCUCUGGAUCGUACAGUUUUAAGAAUGGACUACUUGACAGUGCAGAGCAGUUUCACUCUAAAAUGUGCGAGCUCAAUGUUCAGUUCACGUAGAAGUUUGUGUCGUCACUCAUGUUGUUUCCUUCGGUUAAGAUCUUUGCAUUUGCUAAACGACUGCUCUUGCUGCUUCCUUCAAAACCAGCCUCCACUUCACCUUCUUUUUCUCUGCAAUGUCUGAUCUUACCAAUGUCAUAUUGUCACUGCUGUCAGCUCUGUUGUGUUUUAGGUUUUUGCUGCUGCUUUUAUAAAACAGAGAGAAGGUUUACUCUCAUAGCUGAAAGAAAUACAACUUCACUUGUGUAGGACUUAUUACAAGAACAUGUUCAAGUGAAUGUGAAAUGUUUAAAAGGGGACUGGGGAAAAAGAAUUAGGAAUAAAAAUAGCAAAGGACAUCCUAGACAAGGGUCUGGGGAAUGUGAAUAUUUGUUACCUUAAUGCAAGACACUGAUGAGAUUUUAAAAAUUGCAUAGGUUAUAUUAUUCAAAGGCCAAACUGCAUAAAAUCGUCCCAGAAAUAUUAUCCAUCUGUGAAAAAAUGUAACCAGGCAGAUCCAGAUCCACUACAUAGUUUUGCACUAUGCUGUGGUCUCGUGAGACUCUUGGUAGCAAACUUGUCCUUCUUUACAAAUGUUUUUAGGCCUGGAUCUACUGAGUGCUUUAGAGAAAUAUCAUAAGACUACCUUUCAUCUGAUGGCAUCAUACAUGUUAGUAAACUCUGGAAAAAGUACUAAAGCAAAUAAUAAACUCUGAUGGCAAAAUGCUGAAAAUUUUCUCAAUGAAGUACACACUUAAACUGAGACAAGUGUUUGGGUUGCACUCUCAAAAAAUUGGAGAAAUAGGAUUCAGCCCCAUUUUCAGACAACUGUAUCCUAGCUCAGUGGCAUUUUUUUCAGACUGUUUUUCAUAAAAGAGGCCGCGCUGACUAGCGACCAUUGUGGCUAAUGCUGUUACUAGUGAUGUGUAACUCAUACAACUUCUGAAAUAUCCCUUUAAGUCACACUUGUGAUGCGGGUAUUCUUCAAAAACCUUGAUGUCUUCUUUUGGUGAAGUUAUGUUAUUAUUUUCCUAAGAGUCUUUUUGUCCUCUAACCUCCAUCAGGUUACCAUCACAGCCUCCCAUCGUCCCCGUACUCCACUGGUCCCGAGGGUCAAAGGUUACCUUCAUCGGGAGCGUUGUCAUCAGAGUUCCUCAACCAAGGCGUUCCUGUGAAGAUCCUGCUGCUGGUGUGCAACGCUGCGGGGGCAGGCCAGCAAAUAGUGAGGUAAUUAUCUCAAUUGACCCUUUGCAGAAAACCUGUCAUCAAAUAAAGCUGAUCUAAAAAUAACCUCGCAGCAGUAACAAAGCAAGAAAAGAUCAUCUGUUUUGGAUUUUUCGUCAUGUUUAAAGGUUUGCGUGCACGGGGCUGUCAUGAAAAAAGUUAUUUUCAUUAAGUCAGAAGCUUAGAGGGUGGUUUCUAUUUUUACCUUCUGCAUACAAAAGAGAUAACAGUAUCUGAUCUUUUUACAAAAGCUGCAAACAUUAGUGUGCCCGAUUACUACUUCUGACAGUAACAGCAUUAAACACAAGAGGUCUAUCAUUUUCUAACAGCACCAUUUUGUUGAGUAUAAGCCAUUUCAGCACCUGAUGUUUAAUAGGUUUUAACUGUCUCCACAUGCUGUUGAUAACACGACCUUUGAUGAAGAUGUGCCCUGUGAGAGGUUUGUCAGCUGAUCCAUAUUUGAACUGAAGUUUUAUGAUAGAUCUACGUCUGAGAAGCGUUUGAAGACACAUGAUCCGUCAAGGUAUGAGGGGCUGCUCGUGACAGUUCCUGCUGCUUUCACUGCACACAGCUUCUUGUCAGGUGUGAAAUCUAUUUACAGUUGCUCAGUUCACAUUAUACCCAACAUGCUUUAGUGUAGUAAGUCAAGGUCAUGUCAGCUCCAUGUAACAGAAAAGGACUCGUAUCUCACUGUGGGAUGAGUUUCAGAUCAAUUGUCCGAGGACUCGGACACAUGGCAUGAUAUAGAGCUCCAACAUUCAUCUCCCUGAUAAAUGUGCGGAGAGAUCGAUAAAGGAGAGCUCGCCAGCUCGGCUGUGGGAAAGUCCACUCCCAUCCUGGUAUCAGUUUCUCCUUCAAAUGCCUCACUGUCGUCCAUCAAACCUCCCACCUCUCUUUCUCUUUCAUCAGAUGACAGCUGGAGGACUCGUCUCUGCCAAGAAAAUGACAUUGAAUUCACUUAGUUUUUUUUUUUUUUUUCCACUCUGCUUGUCUGUAGAAGAGGAUCUCAGGUGCAUUUCUGAGAGGCAGCAAAGUGUGAAAGCUUCAGUUUUUUAUUUUAAGAACUAUGAGCAACAGCAAACGCAGUGAUAAGCUUUAAAAUGCACUGUUCGGAUUAUUGAACUGAUUUUGCCCUUUGAAAGCAAAUAAACCUGUCAGGAGAAAGAGUGACACGAUGAAAAGUAGAGGAACAUCAGGGACACAAAACUCAGACGCUGGAAUACUCACAGGACUCUAAGGUGUUGGGAAAUGUGUAAUAUGCCCGUACUCACAAGAAGAUGGACACUGUGGGAAUAUGGUCUUCAUUUCUAACCAGUUACUCACAAUCAUACAACAAGGUGGUUUACAAACGACUUCCUCCUCAUCCGUCCUUUUUUGAAAUUUUGUCUCGCUCUCCCUAAAACUUUGAAGUUUGAUUGGGUAACAGAAUAUGUUAUGUAAAAAGACUUGGCAUAAGAAGCCCGAGCUUCAGCCCACACCUCUCCAGUAGGUUUGAUCUGAAUCAGUUUCCACCCAGACUUCAUUCUGUGUUCACUUUGAGGUUGAAGAAGCUAAAACACCCCUUGAAAGUCUUUAAAUCUGCACUUACUCCAUGUGUCACAAACUUAAACACUUAGCAGACGGGUGGAAUUGUUUGGUCUUUUGCUGUGGAGCAGUUUCCAAAUGGAUUCAGUCAUUUUCCUUCAUUUCUUUGUACGGCUUGUCUCUUCCAUGUCUUGUUAUAGUUCCUGUAGCCGCUAUGGCAUGUUAAUGGUUACCAUCUUGAGCAGUAAUCCAGUUUAAUUUGUUUUAAGGAUCUCUGUGGUACAUUUAUGUGGGACGUUGUAUGUGGAUUAGUCAGAUUUUUGCUGUUUGUAUCCGCAUCUCUAAGAAUCUUGAGAAAAAAACAAACAAUGAAAAAGACAAUUUUGCUUCUACCCUUACACCAAAGCCUCUGUUUCAUUCAUUACACUCCGCCAGAUUAAUCUACGGUUUCACAGCACCCUGCAGUCAUUUUGUAAGAGCCUGUGUGAGUCUUUGUUUUUCUCUCUAUGCACAUACACGUGAUACAUUUCAUACUAAUAAAUCUCAAGCAUACAAUGGAGGGCUGCCCUCAAUUAAAUAUGUGUUAUGAUGACUGAAGCUAUCAUUUCAGAGGGAGGGUCGCCCCCUUCCUCAGCAGCUAUUUUCACUUCUUAUUAUCUCUCUGUGUCCCUCCAUAGAUAUCCUGUAAUGAGAAUCCUACUCCAAUGCUGAUAAUGCUAAUACAUUAGUAUUUACAUUACAAUGGGAUGAGGAGACACGUGAGCUGAGCAGGGUGUAUGCCAAGUGGCUGAGGAGGGUAAUGAGCUGUAUUUUAAAGAAAAUGUAUCUGUUUCUGAUCGAGGUUUGGACCCCCAUUCCUGAUGAGGGAGGACCGGUCAAUUUCCUGGGACCAGCUGCAGCAGAGCAUCCUCAGCAAACUUUAUUAUCUGAUGAUCAAUGGAGCUCAGGCACAGGUACCAAAUGACUGCCAAUGAUAAAAUGGUAAUGCAUAAAUGUAAAGAGAGUCUGAAUUUUUUAUGUCUUGAUGACUUUGAGAUGAUAAAAAUUCAUUGACUCGCAUGGAGACCAUCCAGCACUGCAGUUUCUUGAAUCAGUGUUUCCUAGUAAAAACCCUUCCUGCACAUUGAGUCACCCACAUCCAAUUAUGAGACCUAAAUUGAUAUGAAACCUAAAUUUAUAAGUAUAAAAUAAUAUUAAUAAAGCGAUCUUGGAAAUCUCUGAUAGGGAAGAAAAAUGUGUGACAUAUUUAAAGUGCUCAAUAAAAUUGAGCUCAAGAAUAAGAGUCCAAAAAAACUACCACAUUGUUUAGAUGUACUUUGAUUUGCUUGGCCAUAUUAAAAGACUGUGGUUUGUGCUGUACAACUUUAUGGACCAACAAGUAGAAUUUCAUUUCCUUUUGCUUUUUUCUCCAUCAAAAUGUUUAUAGUCAAGUGUAUCAUAGUCAAGAAUGUAUCAUCAGCGUAAAAAUCAUAUUUAUUGUUCUCAUAGUAAGCUAUUGAAGCACAGAAGAGACUGUACAUAAUGGAAAAUGAAUAGAACCUGGAAGACUUCCCAAUUUAUUAUCAGCAAACUGGUGAUAUUUGAUGUUUUCAUGUACUUUAGUUCAACUAAGAGUGAGAAUAUGUAGAGAAAAAAGUAAAGGACCCGUAAUGCUUCCCUGAGGAGCGCCAUUUUUCACUUCAAAAAAAGGGAGAGAGCCCAGAACUCAUCUCUGAGGUACACCACUUUUAAGUCUAAAGUGACUUAAAAAAGAAAUCACAAAGUAUUUCUUUUUAUCAGCACAACAGUGAUAUUUUAAUAUUAUACCAGAAAAUGACAACUACUUUCACAUUAUUCAGGAUAUAUUAUAAAGUAUGGAAAAGGCACAGUAUGUAAUGUAUGUUGAACUCCUAUAACCAUAUGAAUGCCAUAUAGUGUAUCAUCUACACUGAUGAUAUUAUGAUGUGUACCAUAAUUUAAAGUCUGGUUAUUUUAUUUCCAGACACUGCAAAUCAACUAUACUGUUUUAAUUUUUUAUAUUUUCUACAUUAUUUUAUAGCUUAUGUUUUAUUAUCUGAAGCACAGGAACAAAACUUGUGAGCUAGUUGCCUUUCAGCCAUUGGUAAUAAAUCAGUGGUAAUUGUUCCACAAUGCUUGUAAAACUUACAUUUAAUGGCCGUGUCAUGUGGGCGGGCUUGUUAUUGAGCACAGACUGGAGGCAGAGAGGGGACACAGCUCCCUCCUGCUGUGCUGGCUGGCACACCUGUUCCAGGACAGGUUUAUUGGCUCGAGAUAGAGCAGAGUGUGCCCACACAUCGACGCUGUGUGGUACAGGGGGGAAGAGCUCAAAAUGCCAGCUGGAGGCUGAACGGAGUCUACUUCCUCUCGAUGCAAAUACCAUUACACUGGACCAGAGUCAGGAUAGGUGUCUUUUUUUUCUUAAGUCUAAUGUGAUUUUAAUGAGUGCAAGAGCUCCAUAAAAAUGCUUCAUUAAUAAUUUGUGUUUAUUUUGUAAACGCUGCCUCUUCUAUUGGAGAGCUCUGUUCAACACCACUGCAGUGACUGUCACAAGCACUGGUCAUUUUCACCCCAGGAGAAAAUUGUGUUUGUCCACUCAUCUUCAAGAGUUUUUGGCUUUUUGCUGUGCCAGUUUCUUUUCCCUUUUACUGUCUAUAUGAAGAGUAAAUAUUGGGCUUUUUCUACUGAUUUAAGCUAUUUCCAGUAAGUGAAAUUUAACCUGUCUUCAGUCUGUGAGAGUAAAUAAAGAAUUCUAAACUGAAUACACAGGAUGGAAAAAAAAGUACAAAAACAAUCAUCAAUAUUUGACCUAAAACAGGUGAAUAAGUCUUCUAUUAGUAAAGGUCAAUGCUUUUAAGCAGUGUGUGAAGCGCUGGAGUUUCGUAAUCGUAGCCAAAAUGUGGAUGAUGAAAUAUUAUCUGCUUUAAGGACUUCAUAGCUUAACUAAGGGAAACAAGUGCAAACAGAAGAGGAUGUGACACCAUCGGAUCAUGGUGGGUACAGGAGUGGUGAUCACUGGUGAUCACAGAACUUAAUAGGUUUUGACCAAUCUGACUCAAGCCAGGAAAAAUUGAGCAAGGAUAAGUUUAAUAUGCCUCAGAAAAGAAGAAAUUUACUUCUUUUAUUUAUCAUUUACUCUCUAAUCUGUAUUUCUUUGUUCCUGCUGCUCAUUGUUUAUUGUUUUCUGUUGCAUCCUUUAACCAAACAAAGCCCUGGUCAAUUUCUGUUGCUUUGGAGACAACAAACCCACAGAUGUAAUAAAGACUUGCAUACAGCGUGGUUUGUAAAAGAAAACUGUCGACCGGCUUGCUGCAUAUGACUCAGUGUUCCUUCAAAAGAGCACAGGAGAGGGAGGAAUAGAGGAGUCAGGUGCAACAUUUUCAGAAACUCAGCUGGAAAUCUGAAGUCUCCUUCGUCCCCCAUGCUGUCAGCGAUUUAAUUAAAACCGGGCUCAUACAGUAUAAUCAGUUUUCUGGAGCCGAACUCUGCCAAGAAAAGAGAGCAGAUGUUUGCUCUUCAUCUUUCAGCUUAACAGAAUCUGUAGUUUUCCUGAAUCGAUGAAUUACACUCACAAGUGGAGUCUAAUUUUAGCUGCAGAAAAGAUGCAAUUCAAAAACAAAAGACUCGGCUGCUCUGACAGCCAUUUUUCCUGCUGUUGACAUCACUUGACAUCUUAAUUCAAGCUUUUUCUGAUUGAUGCUCAGCCAUAUAAUACACUCCAUCACAGUGAUGGCUGCACAUUAAUCUAUAGUGUUUUCAUUAACAGCAGAGGAGAGCUUUUUUCACACAAUAACACCUACUCUAGAGAAGCUUUUCAUCAGACUACAAAUACAUUUACAGCAUGGAGUGUUUUAACAGGAAUCAAGGGUAGUAAAUGUGUUAAACAGAUAAACAGGCAAAGUAGUGUGCUAAAACACUGCAUACACUAAAAAUGUAAAAACCCUUCACACACACACACACACACAAACAGAGAAAGCUUACAGUAACAACAUAAUGAAAGCCUGUGUUUUUUGCAUGGGCAGUAAUUGGAGAUCUUUUGCCCUGUCAGGCACAAACAAUGCCACAAACAUUCCUCCCCACACACCACCCUCCCUGAACACACAAAGUGAUUAACCUUGGUUGAAAGCAUGACCAAGGACUUUCCCAUGGAGGGGAACACUGCAAACGUUCCCCUCGGAAAGAUGCUUUAAUGACUUUUUCCUUCUCCACUUCCCGAACACACACACACACACACACACACACACACACAGAAGGCAGUGACAUUGCAGAGUUUAAACACAUCUUUGAUGCCUGUUAGUUCACUCUUCAUCUUUCUCACACUUACCAUCCAUCAAACACAUGCAGUGAUGUGUUUACACCACCGACCCUGCACCCUCCCACCUCCCACCACCACCACCCUGUUUGCCUCAUACUCCCCUUCAUGAGCUUCUGCUGGGUAAAGACAUAAUCUGAACACACUAACAUCUACUGAGCACUCUCAACUCAAAAGUUUGUUUGACAAAGAGUUCUGGCUCAUCCGGUCAUAAAAAUCAACCCCCUGCAAGAUACAAGUGCUUUUUGAACUGGUUUAAAUGUGGAUCAAACAAACAAAACUCAAAGUUAUAAAACAGCAAUCAGGCAAUAAAGUAGUGAUGUCACAAUUUAGCAUACAACUGGGUUUCUGUAGAAAGAGAGAGGACAGACAGACACUUCACUUCACUUACUUACCUAACAUACUUACUUUACCAACUAUUCAUACUAAACAUCCUUUUUGACGUACUUAACUACUUUUACUUGUUUUACUUACUUUAUGCAUUUAAAACUUACUCUACUUAUAUUUUUUACUCACGUUUAUGUUAACUUUGCUCCCUUGCUCGCACUCACCUGUUUUACUUUUCCCACUUAACCUUCUUUCUCGACUAACAUACUUAAUUUUUUUUACUUCUUUUACUUUUGUGCCUAACUUCCUCCUUUACUUAUUUUUUUUACUUACACUUUUCUCUUUGCACCUAAUACAUCUGCAACAACCUGUUGAGACUGUCCGAACAUCCCUGCAAACAGUACACAUGCAAUUUUACGCUAAUAAGUUAUUACAUUCUUGUUUUUAAGUCCACUGAUCCACAGGUGCCCCCAUGAUCUCCUUACUUCGCAUAGGCAGAAGCUGUCUGGCUGGUUGAGCUUGGACUGACGUCAUGAUCUUUCUUGUCACCAAAACACAUAUUAAAUCUGUUGAUAAAAUAUUGAAGAUCCCUCAGGUGGGUACAGUCCACAGCAGGACAGAUUCCUGUGUGGAUUUGAGGCAAAGUCAGGGUUAUGGAAAGUUCAGUUGUGCAAGUGUUUGUUAAGUUAUCUCUCACUGUUCCACCUUUGCUAUGGCAAUCAGGUACAGGGUGCUAAAAGAGGAGCACCACUAGCCUAAGGUCUAAGCCUGCUCUGUCCAGGCAGCCUGAGUUCAAUUCCGGCCUGUAUCUCCUUCCCCAUUUAAUACUAAUUUAUUAAAAAGACAAAGACCAUGAUUUAAGAAAAGCACUUUGAGGUUUAUUUUGAAUUUAUAAAUUGACCAAGUGGCAAGAUCUGGUCCUGAGAAAUGAAGCUGAUGCAAAAGUGUGAAAAACUGCAGUUCCCCAAGUGUCCACUAGAAGCUCGCAGCAGAAGCACUGGAGACCACAUGCACAAGAAAAAAAAAUCAAUUUUAGAACAAACCCACUGGAGGGGAAGUGUUACUUUUUGUAACGCAUUUGUGUCAAUGCUAUUGAGGUUCAGGAUAGACAAAUCAGAGGAACUGCUUACAUGACCAACUGGCAGUCAAACUGAUAGAGGCUAAAGGCGGCUGCCUCUGGUAGGUUGAACAAAAGUAAGUUUGAGUCAAUAUUACCAAUAUGGUGACCACCAAUAAAGGUUUGGUGGCAAACAAAUGGGUAGCACUACAUUCAUUUAUCAUACAGUCAUAUAUCAUAUCGUUUCGUAUCGUAUCAUAUCAUAUUAUGAGUUUAAGCCAUACCCCAUCUGUUAUGAUAGAGGAGGCAGGGUUUAUGACCUAUACUGCAGCCAGUCAGUAGGGGGAGCUUCAGAUUUUUUUACUUCACUUUUUCUGAGUCAUUGUGCAAUCCCUCCUUCUAAAGAGUCGUCAGUUUUAGCAAAGACCUGUUGUUUCUGUUUCUUUUAGCUUCAGCAUGAUUGCCACUGAAAGAUAGAAAAUUGUCUCAAAUAUACUCCGCUGGAGUUUGUGUUUGUAACACAUAAAAAAAAAAAAAAACAGAGAAGCUUAACUUGGUAGGCCUCUUUGGGUGGUCUGUACAAGUAAACACAAGUCUUUCAUUGAAAGUCACAGUGAGUCUCAGUGAGACAGCAAUGAAAAGAUGGCAGAGUUAGUGUUUAUACUUGUCAGGGGGUUUUUAUUCUUCAGAUCGAAAGUGAACAUGCAGAAAAGUCGAUGAGUUCUCUGGAAAGUGAUACAGGACAGCUCAGCACCACGGGGAAGUUCGAUGUCUGCAGCGUAGAUAAACACAUGAGGCUGAAGAAAAAGCAAUGAAGUCUCUGCUACACAGCUCUGCAUGUAAACUCGCAGGCUGACUGACACUUGUAAUACUGAAAAUAGGCAUGUAUAUUGCACACAUGAGGCUGUAAUUCAGAUAGAUUAUGUAACUCCCCCUCAGGGUUUGGAUUCCACUGCGUUCAUGUGUUCAGAAUAUCAAUAUUGCUGUGUGCUUUGGUGUGAUCCUCGUCAUCAGAGAUCCCCUGCUGGAUCAAACCUUCCUCCCAGGACUCCGAGCAAGUGUUUGUGUUUGAGCUCCGCCAGAAGCUACACACCAGAUUUCAGUAGAACAAGAAGAGAUCAUUUUAUUUUUGUAAAGCACUCCUUCAUUCCUAAAGACAACCCCAAUCUCAGAGUAAUAAAAGUGUGCUCAAAAGGAGAGGGGUAAAUAACACAAGUACAGUGUUUUGACUUUUCUGUCUUCAUCAGCUUCUCAGUCCAAUAGACAAUGAUAUGAGGGACUAGUGUGAUUUUCUGUAUUUAUAUUAUUUUUGUCUGAAAAUUAUUCCUAUAAAAAUACCAACUAAACUUUGAUAUAGUGGCUAUGAGCUCCAAAAGUCAGGUGCAUUAUUUCACGACACCCAUUUUUGUUUUUCUCCAUCAUUGGGUCUUUUAGGAUGAAACAGUUCGAGGGACUUUUUCAAGAGUGACUUCACACCAUGUGGGCUUUCUCUUUCUGUCUGGCAUCACACUGUCAUGGUGAUGGCCAAUAUAAACCUUGAAACGACAUGAACUGGCUGACAGUUGUCAGAGUAACAUCACUUAUGCAACUCAACUGAGAAUAAACAGAACAUUUAUAACACUCUUAGAGCUUUUAGCAACUACUCAUCACUGUUAUUUUAUUAACAUUCACCGUGGGAUUUAAAAGUGGCAGUUGUUGGCCAAUUGGCAUACCUUCAUUCAUAGACCAAGAACAAGUACCUACUCUAAAGCAGGGCCUAAAGAGCUCUUCUGAGCUCUUACAGUUCCUGCAGUGUGGAUUCCUAAAGCUUUGGAAAUAAAAAGUUCCUGCCCCUUCAAGCAUACAUAGUCCUAGACAGGAACUAAAAACAUUAAUCUUGAUGGAGUUUAACAAAUUACUUUCUGUGGUGCAAAAUCUAUAAAAAGGGGGAGGGUUCCUACAGUUCCUAGAGCUAUAAAAAGUUCCUUUGGUCUGAAAAGGCUAGUUUUUAACUGAGAGAUAUACGUAUCUUUAUGCAAACACGGAUAAUUCUGCAAUUUUGUAGCCUCCCAAUUUUUUAGCCUCAUUAACCAUGCAGUGAUAGAAGCCCUUUUUCAGAUACUCGAUCUAGAAUUGUGGGUCAGUAUUCUGCUGACACCCAACAGAAUCAGAUCAGUGCAUCCUUGUGAAAAACCUCACUGAAAAUCUCGUAUUGAUGAAAGCUGUCAAAGCUCUGUCUUUACAGAUUUUGCUCCUUUUAUUUCAGAAUCACAGAGUCUUGUUCAACAUCCGAGUGGUGGGAGGAUCAGCGUUUUACAGCUACUUGUCCCCUCAGGAUGGAAGACCCCUCUACCACCCUGCUGUGGACAGGUGAGUCUCUGAGUUUAUUCUGUUCUGUUUUUCAGUCAAUCAUUUCAGUUCGAGACGAAUCCUGUAACUUCAAAUCCAAGUAAACAGCCAAUCCAUGCAAAAAAGCUCUUUUUUUCUUAAAGGAACAGUACGGUCACAUGUUCAUUAACAAAGCACAGGCAUGAGGCGCCGGUUUGGCUCCGUGGCAAAGUUGUUCGCCUCAUGUACAAAGGCUAGAGUCAUCAAGCAGGCGGCCCAAUCCAAACUAUAGCCCCUUCAUCUCGUGUCCCUCCUCACUCUCCCUCCCAGUUUCCCGCUCUUUCCAGGAAACAUCCUAUCCACUCUGAAUAAAGACAAAAAUAGCUUCAAAAUACUGUAUAACAAAAAAUCUCAGUCUGUGAAUUUCAGCCUCUUGGCAAUGUCUACGUUUUGUUCCCAUGAACAGAAAUGCAAAACUAAAUUGCAUAAUUGAUGCAUAAGCACAAAGAAAAAAAAAGGUUUUCUCAAGUUCAUUAAGGACUUGUAGCUGCUUGUUUUGGAACAUCUGUUUAGUCAUUUUGGACAUUACCUAGAUUACAGUGUAGAAGACAAAGGCAGAAAGCGCAGCAUACAACAACAGCAACAAAAGAAACAAAUCAAAGACACUAUACUGAUUCAGAUCCAUAAAAUCUGACUAACAAUACAGGUAAUUACAGAUUAUUGAAGUUCAUUCUACCCAGUAAACACUUUAAAACAUUCACUAAAUCGCACAAACUUGUUUCCAUGAUUCAUGAGGUUUAAAAUUGAGGUCUUCUCAGAUUUCCAGGGCUGUCGGAACAGUUUGUGGGCUCGUGGUGAGGCGAGAAUGACAGUGAAAUAAGUAACUCACUGUGAAUAUUUGCUUUCAGAAAGUAACAUCAGACUCUUUCUUCAGACUGCUGUGAAUCCUCAGGUUUAACACCGACCCACCUGACAGCAGCUACAAUGUUAGAAGGGAUUUCAUCAUAAUUGUCACUCAUUUCAUCGACGUUCUUGUUUGCCUCUGUGGGUCACAAAGAGUCAUAACUGCUCAUUGAAGCCCUAAUGCUGUAGUAAAAAGAGAGAGGAUUCAGAGGGAAAGUGAAUAAAUAAUAUUUCAAUUUGAUUAAAAAAGAAGAAACACAGUAAAGACGAAUGAGAGGAUUAAAAUAAUUAUGAAUGGGUCUGAAUCACAACUGAAAAAAAGAAAUAUCUGGCAUUUUUCUGUUGUAUUCAGAUAAAGAUUCUUGUUUAAUUUAAUAGUUUCUAUUUUUUUAAAUCUAUUUCUCAGUAGUAUGACCAUUUUAUACCAGUGAAGGGGGCCUGCUCUUGAUUUUCAAGCAAAUACGAUAAAUACACCCUUCACUCUCUAUAAAGCAUGUUUCUGUAAAUAAUGUGAGCACCAGAGUGACUGUCUGACUUUCUUGGUGUUUCAUUUUUCUAUUGUUAGACCUUUGGAUUAUUAGAUUAUUUUAAUGUGUUAUUUUGUCACAGGAUUAAAAAGGUUAUAGUCCAAACUUUCAGCACUGAAGUAACCCCAUGUUCCUGCAGAAUCCGUCAGAUUUGAUGUAAUGUGAUUGUUUGUAAUAUAAUUUAACUCUGCUCUCCUCUAAUGAAGACUCUCCAGAGAGGCAGACAGCCAGGCAGCGAGGACAUUAUGACAUAAAAAAAACACCUUACACAGGAGUAUGACUGUUAAAGGUGUCCAUUUUACUGUUUCAAAUAAAUAGCUAUGUCUAUAUACAGAUGCUCUUAAGCCAAACUUCAUUUCUUAUCUUGUUUCAGCCAUUACAUCCAGAUUGUAAAGGUUAGACAGUUUUGAUUUCCCAGCAUCUCUUGAAACAUGCAGACCUUUUUUCCCCCCCUUUUUCAUAACGGCUCAUCUGGCUUUCAUUUGAAGAGGUGAUUGGCUUUUUCAAAAGGGCCUUUUGGUGACAUUUUGAAAGGACUUCGAUUUGUGCAGCUGCUGAGAACAGAUCAUUCAGAGGCUGAAUGAUGCUGAUGGGACAAGUGCUUUUAAAAAUCUUUUGAAACAUAAAUGUGCGGCACGCUCAGUCUCAGAAACUAAUGUGAUGAUGGUGCUGGACUUGAAUGAUUCAGACAUGUGUGCUGUUCUGAAGUCAGCCCACAUCAGACUGAAAAAGACUGCAAAUUGUCUGUAUGGAGCACCAGCAAUGUUAAAUAGGUGGGUUGGUUACUCUGAGCCUGUGGAAAUGCAAAUAACAAGUACUGCACUGAGUCUAAUGAACCAUAUUGCAUGGUGGUAAUGCGGCUUUGCCAUGUUUUUUUUACUGAUAACAUACUACAACUUUUGUACCAGCCAUUCUGAGAAUUUUACUCCAACCCUGUAUUCAAUUACAUCUGGUGCAAAGGCAGGCCAGCACUUGCUAAAUAGCGAAAAAUGGUGCAAAGCUGAGGGUCAUGGGAAAGUCAGAAGUCAUGCAAGGAUUUGGUUCAGUAAAGAGCUCGGUAUCCAUCCAGAGCACGUCCAACAUUUUGGGUUCUUUCUCUUUAACAUGUGGAUGUUUAUAACAAGAAGAAGACGAGCAUCUACUUCCACGUACCAUGAAACUCAGAAAUGAGAAAAUCACAAGCUCCAACACAAAACUUUGCUUGAAUGCUUUUAACAAAUGUUCAAUCAAAACUGGAACUUUCAACACCAUAUAGAGGAUUUAAUUGUUUACACUUUGAGCAGAGCUACAUCACACCAUCAUGUGACUUUGGGUCAGUCAGACAGUGUUGUAGCUGAGACAUCAGGUAAGACAGAGUGAUGCAAGAAAGCAGACAUGAAGGGGAAGCAAAAGCAGCAGUGGAGCCAAAGAAGAAUUGGCUUAUUUUAACUGCCAUCUGUACGAUUAAAGGCAAAUACAGGUAAUCAGCCGAUGACAAACAUCAGCCUCAAUAAUCAGCCAUGAUCAAUCUUAAAACAUGUCAUUCUUGCGCAGGAGAGGUUUAAUAUAGCAUUGCUGACACCCUGUGUUCAAACAGCAUCAUUGCAGGCACACAGAACCACUUAUCUUAAAACUGUAUGUACUGCAAACUCUAUUAAACUAUGAGAAUGUGAAGGUCAUCUGAGACCAAUAUGAUUUUCCUUUUUGGUGACCUUUGACCUCUGUGUUCCCCAGAGCUCUGAAGCUGUGCGGCUCUGGAGGGCCUCCACACGUGAAGCUCAUCAUCGAGUGGGAGCACAGAAUCAAAGACUGGUCAGUUUGAUUUCUGUUUCAGAUCAGCGCUUCUCUAAUCUCUGCUUCAGUCUCUCUUAAUCUGACAUCAAGUUUUCACUAUAAUCUCCUCGGCUGCAGCCUGUUUGGAAACAUCCGCGAGGAGGUGGUGAAGGAUGCGGACAGCGUGAGGAAUCAGCAGCAGCAGCACGUCCAGCAGUACAGCUGCACGCUCGAUGAGUGCUUCCAGCUGUACACCAAAGAGGAGCAGGUCAGCCUGAUACUAUUAACAACCUUAUUAAGGCCACCCUAAAUGUUGUUUUUAACGCUGUUUCCAUAGCAACAACAGUGAGCGAUAACUGUCCCCCCUUGAGAUGUGCUGUUUCUUUUUUUUAACUUGAGCAUUUCAGUUCUUUGAUGAGAACACUUUUGCCACUUAGCAGCAGUUAUAACCAUUUAUUUAAUACUUAUUUUGAGUCUGGCUGAGCAGAGUUUGAUGAAAUAGUUGCAUGUUAGAGUGUUUCAUAAUUGCUAAGACACAUUUUUGAGACUCUCCACCCUUCUCUUUAAACUUUGAACACAUAGCUAUGUUUUCAAACGUUCAAAUUUUACUGCCAAAAUCUUCACAGACUCUCCUAGACCUAAAAGUUACACUCAGUUGUUACCCCGGUGGUUCUCAAGUCCAGUCCAGUCAGGUGUGCUCCAACACACCUGAUUUAAAUGAUCAGCUCGUUAUCAAGCUCUGGAAUGGCUUAAUAACGAGCUAAUCAUUUGAAUCAGGUGUGUUGGAGCAGGGAAACAUCCAAAACAUGCAGGACUGGAUUGAGAACCACUGCGUUACCCAAACAGGGCUUUAAGUCUGACCACUGUGAAUGGCUGAACUUUAAAUCAGUCAAAACUUUCAGCUCUAAGCCAGACGAACAAUUACGUACGCCCAGCUGAUGCGCCAAGCCGCCCUGGCUCACAGCUCAGAAAGUUUGGGUCAUAAAGAUCUUUCUUCAGUACAUAACAAUGGAAUAGUUUUUUUUUUUUCUUUCAAAAUAAUGAUUGUUUGUGACGUACAGUAACUAACUCAAAUUUGUAUGAUUUUAUAUGACUUCAUGGAUGCUCAGACUCCUCCUGAUAGGAGAUGGGCUCCCAUUGAACUUGAAACAAACAUACAUUUGUGGACACCCUUCCCCUGUGAACCCUGCUGUUUUCAUUUUGCAGCAAGUAAAUAUGAUUUUUUACAGCAAAAUUCACAGAAUGAUCUUCGAGUAAAUAGUUCCCAACAUAUCACUCAAGUCAUCCUUAGAUGUUUCCAGGCCUGGUUCCUGCUACAGUUUCUGUUUAACUUUGACAGUCGAGUGAUUUGGGGUUUCUCUCCCAUCAUAAGUUAACAAUAGUUCAUAUGAACAUUGACAGUAACAGUGCAGAGACAUGAUGGUAUUUGCAUUUUAAAGCAAGAAAAAAAACAGCAUUUGUCAGAUGUGUCAAUCAGUGUCAUUUUAAAUAAAGUUGGCUGCUUCUCCAAGCGGCCUUCUUUGCCCUUUUACACCACUAGGUGGGGCUGGAGGAGUAAGAAUUGAGACUUCAUUCUCAACCAUGAAGUGUUGCUUUUUUUUUAGAAAAUCAUACUCAGCAAAUUAUUGAUAACAUAUUCAUAAAUACUGCAUACGCAGUGUAAAGAUUUCUUUCGCAGCAUCUAAAAAUAAGAAAAUGUUUCUUUUUCGGAUCAUUAAUGAUUCAUUGAUGAUGGUCUCGGAAAAGGAGAUAUUUUUUCUGUCUUUUUUCUUGGUGUUGCUCUAAAAGCGCUUCAUUCAGCCACAUUUAAAUGUUUCCUCUCACUGUUUCUCCUUUUCUCUAAUAACCACAACAUAUGAGACUCGUUUGGUAAGAUGCCUGUCAAUCACUUCUAAGCAUAAAUUACAACAAACUUCUCAGAAAAAUGAACGUGUACAUAAAUCAACAUGAUAAAAGCUGAGCUACCAUCCUUACUAUGGGAUGCGUGUUUUCGCUCAUGCUGUCUUCAACUUGAGUGUUGAUAAUUUAUAAACUAAAAAUUUGUUUUGCAAAAGUUGCAACCACAUACAGUUUUGCACAGACACAAAUAUAACCCCAAAACACUGUCUGUAUGCAAAUGUUCAGUUUUUGUGGUGCAGUUGUUUACUUCAAAAAAUUUGCCUCAGUGUUUGGGUGAAGUUCAGCCUUCUUCUUUAGAUCCUGCUGGCGGCAGACUCUGUCCUGCUGCUUCUGUGCCAGGAGAAAUUCUUUGAACUAAAUUUAUUCAUCUGUUUUGUCUCUAUCGUCCAGCUGGCCCCGGACGAUGCCUGGAAGUGCCCUCACUGUAAGCAGCUGCAACAGGGCAUGGUGAAGAUGAGCCUGUGGACACUCCCAGACAUCCUCAUCCUCCACCUGAAGCGCUUCAGGCAGGUGGGCGAGCGGAGGAACAAACUCACCACGUUCGUACACUUUCCUCUGACCGGCCUGGACAUGACACCGCACAUGGUGAACCGUGGCCAUAUUACCCAUCAGCCCUCAUUGCAGCCGGGCUGGAAACAGUCGAGAAGACCUGACCUGGCUCCCCCUGACUUCCUUUACGAUCUGUAUGCUGUUUGCAACCACCAUGGAGGGAUGCACGGAGGACAUUACACAGGUCUGGAAAGUAACACAUUUUCAUGAGAGGGCUAGAGGUCUGUGAUAAGCUGCAGAGUGUAGGUAAAGAAGAGUCGACUUUAGAUUGAGUAUAGUUUUGAAAAAUACUGGUAUGAUACUUGAAACUCAAAAAACAAUGCAAGUCCGAUACUACAACUAGAGGCAGGAUUCCGACAGGGAUUAGUUACAUUUAGAUUUCUUUUUUUUUUAAAUAGUUACAACUGUACUACAAUAGGAAACUUCCAUGUUUUACUAAGGUUAGCAUGUUAUUUAAAGGGAUAUUCCAGCGUAAAAUUAAUUUAGGUCAAACACAUCGUAACACAGAGAUGAAUGUUGCCGUUUGCUUCUCUAGUUUCUCCAACUCGAGUAACGACUGCAGGAUAGCAAUACACAGCGGUCUGAGGAGCCAUAAACAAACCUCAACCAAAACGCCACUCUAUAGCCACAAAUAAUGCUCAGAACAGCACCUAACUUCAUCAACAGUACAUAUAGGGUCCCAACCACAGCACUAGCCACCAAACAUCUUUUUAGCUUUGCCUAAUUUCUUUAGCAAAGAGACUAAACACAACUCACCCACUCUCUUCCAGCAGCCACUUGUUUCAGUGAGACCUCGGCCAGUCUGUUACGGACUGCUGCAGGGUGACGCAGCUCAAGGAAGAACAUUUAUGAUCAAUAUUUUAUCAUUGUCUUGAAGUAAUAUUACCAUAAUUAUCAUUUUGCACUUCAGACGCGGUAGUUCUUCUGCCUAAGCGUCUCGGUCUGAUUGCAAAUUAUCAUAAAUGUUCUUCCUUGAGCUGAGUCACCCCUCGGUGUUACGCCGGAAUAUCCCUUUAAGAAGCAUGGUGGGUCUGGUAUUGACAUGCUAAACAAAAAAUGCAAUGAAACAGCUCAUAUAAUCAUGCUAGCAGAUCAGCCAGCAAGCUCAAAUGCUAACUUUACUCCUUGAAGAGGUCUGAGUGUCCAUCAUCCAGGGUUUUCAUAACAUUGUUUUGAUGUAUCUUUACAGCGUGGCUUUGGGUUGUGAGUGAAAUCGCUGUAAGAGGUGGCUGUGUAGGCUAAGUACUUACAGGAGACUCUGCAAGUGAAGGAGGUAUCCUAUCAGGAGAUGACUCAUUAUUUUUAUCGGUGGUGGACAUGUUAAGACAGAGGCAUUGCUUUUCUUUAUUGUGAAUGAGUGGCAGGUCAAUCGUGUACACCUCCAUUCCCACCAGUCUGAUACUGCCACCUUGUGGAGAUGCAGCUAUUAAUGUUUCGUCCUCUCAGUCUUGAAAUUGCUAACAGUCACAAGUAUUAAACAUCAGAGGGCCUAACAUCAUACUCAUUAGAAAUUGUGAAGUUACAAUAAAGCACCAAAAAUCCUCUACACCGUGUGCUGCAGUAGUAUUCUUGGCAGGGGAAAUAAUCAGCCGAAAGGAGAGGUUUUGAAUUGUUUUUGUUCUGCAGUCUUACAGCUUUGGGGAAUAAACUGGGGGAUUUUUGUAUCUGUUUUUCUUUUUGUUUUUGUUUUUUUCGUCUUUUUGGAUUUUCUUAUUUUUGUUAAUGUACAGCAGCUUCCAAUGCAGGGCAUGGAGAUAAAAGAAAACAAAGGGCUUUAUAAUCCUCUGCAGUUCUACCUCUUUUAGGAUUAGAAAACCUCUAUACAGUCUGAGACAGAUAAAAUGUUUAUUUCAGAAUAUCCAGAAGCAUAUCAGGGAGAAAUCAAAGACAGAGAAUGAAACACAGAACUAAAGUUUACACAGUGAUACUGGGUCUUUGACUGGUGAGUUCCAAAAAUCUGUCCACAGGGGUUUUACGUAACAUAAAUAUCAUCUACUAUAUUAAUCCACUCCUGUAUUGUAGGGGAUUUUAAAGGCAACCGACAUCAAAUCAAAAUGACAACUAGACAGUCAGUGGGCGCAAAUGUCUGACAGGAAUGGCUAUCACUGCACUCAAUAAGACAAGUUCUUUAACAUAAAGAAGUAGUAUAACAAAAAUAGGUGCCGAUGUUUAUCUGCUGUAAUAGAUUAAAAUGUAAGAACUUAAACUUUGUUGAAAAUAUCAGAUCAGAAGUCUUCCAGUAGCUUCCACAGAAAACAGACAAACAAAAUCAAAUAACUUCAAGAUAAGACUUCAUACAUCCCAGACAUUUUCAUCUUCUUCUGUUUUCGUGGUGUCUACAGCUUUCUGCAGGAACUCUGUGGACGGUCAAUGGUACAGUUAUGAUGACAGCAGCGCUGAGCCGGUUCCAGAGGCGGAGGUGUGCACACGGGGAGCCUACAUCCUCUUUUAUCAGAGAAGAAACACCAUCCCUCUAUGGUCUGCCAGCUCCUCACUCACUGGUUUGUGCUUUUCAAAUCUUCUGAAGCUGCUUCCCAUGAAGAUAACAGUCAGCUGAAACCUGCUUUAGAGAGAAUGGUGAAAUAAUAGAGGUGUUAUGGGAGGAUCAUCACAGCUCAACAAACACAAUUUCAGAAUUUCCUGCAAAAAGUUGUUUUUGUUUUUUUGUCUCUCUUUUAAAGAUGUUUGAAGUACUUUUUUCUCUGAAAUGUACUUUUUCUAAAUGUACUUUUAGAGUUCUCUCUGUCUACUUUCAGACAGUAAAUCAAGAGAAAAACUAACCUGUUAUCCAAGUUUUAUCAGCGCUGUGAAUAUAGUAACAGAGAGAUAAAAAGAUGUUUGGUGGCUAGUGCUGUGGCUAGGAAUCUAUAUGUACUGUUGAUGUAGUUAGGUGCUGUUCUGAGCAUUAUUUGUGGCUAUAGAGUGGUGUUUUGGUUGAGGUUUGUUUAUGGCUCCUCAGACCGCUGUGUAUUGCUAUCAUGCGGUCGUUACUAAAGUUGGUGUAACCAGAGAAGCAAGCGGCCGGUGACAUUUAUCUUUUAAGGGGGUGUCUAACUCAGUGUGUUUGACCCUAACUUAAUUUUAUGCCGGAAUAUCCCUUUAAGUGAGAGAAUGGAUGGAGGUACAGAACCAGUAAGGAGAGCUUUAUGUACGAAUUUUAGUCACAGAUGUUUCUGUAGGGUCAUUUGUCUGAGAUUUGAACAAUUUACAUCUAUUUUCAAGGGUUAUGACAAAAAAACUUUUACCUUGUGAUUUGAAACUUAGCAUGCAUCUAGUAUGGACACCAAACUUUGUAACUUCUAGGCAGCUCACACCCAAGUUUUCAAAUACUGCUUGUUUUGAGCCACUAAUCCUUUGGUCAAGGUUCAUGUGCGCCGCAGUGCUCUGUGAUGGUUUACCAGUAGCUUUUGCCAGCAGAGCCGCAGGCAGAUCGCCUUAAGAGCCUGAUCCUGACUUAAGGUGGAAGACUCAAAAGUCAUAUAUCACCCUUUUUUAACUGCAAAUUCAAAGAUGAACUUUUUACUAUCUGUUCUAAUUGUGAAUUUCAGUUCACUUAAUAUAAUACUUAAUACUUAAUACUUAAUAUAAUGCUUCAAAAUUUGUUUGUCAAGCAGAGCAACUGACCGUUAAAACCUGCCAGAAGAGUUUCAGUCAGAGAAUAAUUGUCAGGUUAUGUAUUACAUCAAAUAUCAAAGUAAGUCUUUGUUGCUCUGACUCGAUGGGGAGGAAGUUUUGAGUGCAGAGAAUUUCUGAUCUGAGUAGCAGCAGGAAAAUCCCUCCAUGGAGUCCAGAUACCGUCUGUGGUGGUGGUGGACUGGCUGGAUAAUGAAUGAGGACUGAUUAUCCUACAGAGACCAGGCGUGGAGAUGGAGAAGCUUGCAUGUUUCUUCAGCGUAAAAGAACAGCCGCGGAGCAAGAAUCAUAGUUAAAAAGAGAAAAGUGAUGAGCUAACAAUGAAGGAGUGCUGCUGGGCUAUUUGCUGAGGAGGCUACAGAUGAAAAGGCUGAUAAACCAAUCACAGCAGCGACAAAAUGAAAGAGUAUGCAUGAGUGGGGAAAAAAGAGCACCAGGAAGCUACUGAAAUGCAAAACAGUCUUCCUGCCUGAAUCCAAGCUGGAGCUACAUUUUAUGCAUCUGAUGAACUGACCUUGUGUUAUGGUCUGCUCAACUGAAUGUAAAUAUUUCUGGACCCUCACAUGUUUCAAAAAAUCUAUCUUUUUAGAGUUAAAUAUGCAGCCUUGUGGGUCACUUUGGUCCUUUAGAUAAAUGAUUUAUAAAUUGAAAAAAAGCAGCAUGUCAAGGUUGGGCAAAUGCAGAGUUCGUUUCUGUCCAAAUAAAAAGGAGUUUUUCAACUUUUUGUCUGUUGGGGAAAUAAAUCAGUUCACUUCAAUGCAGCAUAAGUAACCAUUACAGUAAUCCAACAGCUCAUCCAGGAGUGAUCAGCUGACAAGGUCAUCUUAAGUGGAUGCAUUUUUUUUCUUCCUCUCUUCAUUUUCUUACAUCAGGAGUUUAAUCUUAGGGGUAAAGUCGGAGGCAGUUUUGAUCCCAUAUGUUUGGGUUAGAGUGGCAGUUAUGAGCCGUGACACCAAGCUGUCACAGCCAGACCCACUGAAUAUUUUUCACAAGCUUCAAACAUAUCUUUGUUUAAAAAAAAAACUUUCUGGCUGUACAAAAAGGAAAUAAGCAUGUGGGAGAAAUUCACCCAAGUGAUACCCAUAGACUGUAUAUACUAUGGACAACUUGGUUCCGCUUUCUGCCAGUAUACAGAUUUGAAGUAGAAAAUAUCUCAGUAUUUCCGUGAUUUUUCUCCAUUUCCUUAAAACAACAUUGUGCAGUAGCCUUGUACGUAUUCGGCGGGAGAGUCGCCAAGAGUCGCUGUGAUGACACUCGACUCAAACAGCGUAUCCCGCAAUCUUCGUACGCCCAUAGGCUGUAUCAAGUGUCAAUCAUAGAAAACAUGAACCCCCUAAUGAAUUUUAAAAAUGGACCUUCACAGAAAAAAGAGGACUUGAGCACAAACCAGUCUUACGGUAACUACUUUGUCAACAUCGCAAGCAGGGGGAGAAAAAUUUAGAUUCUGUGUAAUUGGUUUAUAAAGUUUGUCCACAGCGCCAUAAGGAUUGCUGGCGGAGGCGGGAUUUAUGACCUAUACUGCAGCCCGUCACCAGAGGGUGCUGUUCUCGGAGUGGCUUCACCCAGCGUGGAGGCAGAUGGCGUCCAUUCUUUAUACAGUCUAUGGUGAUACCCAAAGAAAUGACAGGAAGAGGAAAAAGUUUUUCAGAUGUCAAACUUGAGUGAGCCACUCCAGCCCUGGCCUUUAAUUUUUACCAAAAACAAAUUGAUUAAUCAUCACUGAGGCGUCUUCUUAGUGUCAAAAAAAUACAGUGUGGAGCUGUAGAGCCAAUUUAACCUGUAGAUGUUCAAAGCUACAAAUAAUAUCGUAUUCUCAGAGCCCAAUAGACCUGCAAUAAAUCAAAAGUUUUGAAGAGUUAUUUUUCAAACAGAAAAAUAAUCCUGGGUCUGUUGUCCCAGUUGGUGCUCGAGCCCUAAUUAGGCCUUCAUGUUUGUUACUCUCUACAAGUCUGGCUUACUUUAGUAGGAGAAAAUCUAGUGGGAAGGAUUUUAGGUACAUCAAUCAUUUUUUUAUCGUCUUAUUUGUUUCUCAGAUUCUCGUACAGAUACAGUUUGUAGCAUAAAGUCUCUGUGUUUGACCCCAGUGUGUGAGUGACAGAUCUAAUGAGCCCUGAGUUAUUCUUAGUUUCCAAAGCAUGUUGUAAAACUGUCGCAAUAUCACUGUGAUGAUUUCAGAGAUGGAAAGUCAUCCCAAUCUAAUUACUGCAAUACUGCAAAGACUGAUUUGCAUACUUUCAUUUCCUUCAGGUUCCACCAGCUCCUCCACCUCUGACCACUGGCUGGUCCGGCUGGCGGGAGGCAGUAAAAGAGGAAGCAUAGGGUCAGGAGGGCCUGUUCUCGGACCAUCAGUGCCAACACCGGCCCCCGAGUCUCCUGAGCUGCCUGUGUUUGGAGAUGAACCUGUUAGAUCACAAGAAACAAGUCAGUGUCUGGAGCCUGUGCAGCAUAUUUUACCGUGCUUGUAACAUGUUCUAUAUCCGUCUCACAUAAAGUGAAAAGUCGGGAUGUUGUGUGAACUUAAGAUUAAAACAGAAUUCGAUGGUUUGCAAUCAUUCAAACCCGACAUCUAACUGAAUGUGGUAAAAAGAGAACUUAUCAAAUGUUGAAACUGAAAAGUUUUAUGGUUUUGUGAAAUAGUUAUGAGCAUUUAAAAUUUGAUGUGUUACAAAACAGAAAACUGAAAAAGAUCGUGUUAAUCAUUGUGUUGUGUCACCCCUCUUUUGAUAACACUGUAAAUGAUUUGGGGACCAAGAAAUGGAGUCCCAUCUUUCCCUGAUAUGAGAUUACAGUAGUUUGGGGUCUCCAUCAUUGUGUUUGUCAUUUCAAGAUGAGCUAAAUGUCUUCAAUGGGUGAUAUGUCAGGACUGCAAUUCAGCACCCAGACUCUGCUACUACUAUUGAUAAAGUAUCCACUCACACAGUCUCUUUGAAAUGCCUUUUUUACACCCUAUCAUGCCACAAACCAGUUGAAAAAUACCUAUUUUGUGUGGGGGGUGCUCCUUGAGAUGUUUUUUCAACAUUAAGCAACUUUUUUCAGCAUUUUGUUGUCAUGAUCUCAAGUUUUCUGAAAUCCCAACUUCACAAAACAAAGACAAUUUAAAUUUUUAAUAUUUGGUAUUUUGCCUCUGUUUUUGUGUAAAUACAGAUGGUCAGAUGAAUUUUAAACCACCAAUUCCGUCUUUAUCAACAUUUUACUCAGCGUCUGAGUUUUUAGAAUCGAGGUUUUAGUUACUGGAGGAAACAGCAGGUCUACUUUGGCAGCAUAACAAACACGUGAAAAGAACAGGUGUGUCUCACUUAACUAAAUUUAAUUUGAUGUUUUUUUCAAAAAUAAAUGCAGCCACAUUCCGACUUAAUUAUUCACACAUCUGUUUUCACAGACAGAACAGUGUGUCCAAAUUUGGUGCAUGAAAAAUUAAAAUAGAACCAGAAAUGAAGACAAACCAGAUGAAGAAAGGGAAUCUCAGGAGUUUUAACUUUAAAGCUCCUAUAAGGAACUUUUGGUCUGUGAUGAUUUUGGCUCCCCCUGUGGACAUAAUUGUUUUUGCUUUUCAUGUUCUCAACAAAAUUUAACAGCUGACUCAGGCACUCAAGUUUAUCAUUUAGUGUGAAUAUUUUAUGUGGAAGUUAUAAAAGCAGGGCUGUUUCUACCCUCUCACCGCCAGUUUCAAGCAUUAAAAAUUGAAGUUUAGAAACUGUCAGUCUUGACAGCGAUGGUCUUGUUUGCUUUUGUGUGUCAGAAAACAGCAUCAGUAUGAAUUUCAGUCGAUUACAUAAACAUCCAAAAAGCUGUCAAAGGAGCUUUACUUUAUUAUUUUAAAAUAAAUAUUUUAUGACUUGUUUCAUCCAGUUUAAAGGGCAUGUUUUUUUGUAACAUUAUGUCCCAAGAGUUCCAAAAUGCAAAUGAGUUUAAGUUGAAUAAUUCAGUCUGUGAUUUAGCUUUAAAGUGAUUUAAAAUGCUCUUUAACUCUGAGCAUUUGCCUUAAUUUUAUGCUUAUGUAUAUAUCUGAUGAUGAUGGAAUAAUGUUCAAACAUUUAAUGAGGAUAUUUUAGCGCGUUGACUCUUUAAACAAACAUGUUUUUUGUCCGUAGAUGGGUUUGAAGCCAGGCAGUUCACCCGUGGGACUCAAGGACGCAGCGUGAGCAUGAGAUCGCCAAAUAAGCCCAAGGAGGCCCUGAGCAAAGUCCUGCCUCUGCGCUGGUCUUUUGGCUCCAAGGAUCGCAUCAAACCCCCCGUCCAGAGACAGCCUGGAGAGCUGGUGGAGUACCUGGAGUCUGGACGCCGGCCACGGUGCACCAAAGAGCCCAUCAUUACACUGGUGGCCACCCCGCCUCAGAGGAGCACCCAGGUACGAAGCUUUGAGGCGGGACAGGACUGCAGCUCUCCCAGCAGCAGCAGUCUGAGCUGCACUGACAGACCCAGCUCUGACACCUGCUACUCCCCGAAAAUCCCAGAGGGACAGAGCAGGCCGUUCGUGGAGAGGGGCAUCAACAGCAGCAGUCUGAGAGGCAGGGACUACAGCUCUCUGAGGCACAGGUCCUCCAAGAGAGCCAGGCAGGACCAGGGCCGGACCCUAGACCUGCAGUUCCACAGAGGAGCCCUUUUAGCAGAUCACAUCAGCCACAGUGCCCCUCCAAGCAGAGACUCCACUCUGAGAAGGACCAAAGUCCACACAGGAGGGGCAUCCAGACCACACAAAGACCUGUUACAGAUGGUCCUUCAGCCUGAGGACAGGAGGGGGCAGCGGGGACAGGAAGGCCGCAGCCAUGAGAGCCUUUUAUCAUUUUUCAAACCUGGUUUCAUGAGAAAAGACGCCCCAGAGUCGCCGAUCAAGACACACGACACGAGAAGAAUGAACGGCCAUGGACACUUGGGACGGUUAGCGUGCAGCAACUUAGCCAAACUCUCUCUCUCCAACGGGACUCUGACCACAGGAGACGACAGGAAGGCCGCUGUCCUCCAGAACUGCGACGCUCACAACUGCAAAGUCCAGCUGGUGAAUGGGAAGGUGGGGAUUCACGACCCCGUGGACAUAAAACGAGCGCACAGCUCCAGUAACAUCCAGACCAAGAUGGAUCUGACGUUCCGCAGGUGCGCGUCUCUACAGAGGAACGGGGACGUCAUCGUUCCUCCUUCACACCGCGUCCUGCUGUCGGACAAGCCAAGCUACGCCACCCUGCAGCGGACACGAUACAGUACCACCUCUCUGGGCAAGUAUGGAUCAUCAUGGUCCUGAGAUCAGUUUUCACCAUUCUGACACCAUUUUUCCUUUUGAAUACCAAAUCCUAUUUCUUAGUGUGUUUGUUAUUAUCACAUGAAAAUUAACCUGGAACAUGUUAUGGUUUGGGAUCAAUAGUGUAUUUUUAUCCAUCCCUUAGCCUGCAAGUUUCGGCUAAACUAGUUUAUUUGUUUUGAUACAGAAUGCUUUAGUUUCUUUUCCCAAACAGAGCCCCCAUAAUCUUGUUUAACUGUGCAGCAGCUGUCAGUAACCUCAAAGGUCGCUUUUUUAUAUCUGAGCUUUGCAAACUGAACAAUAAAAUCCUGUAGAGACUUCAGUAAUGGUGGGUAUAACACAACACUACACGGUGGUAAAGUUGUAAACAUUCACAGAAAAAACAAUAGCAUUAGGCUGUUUAACCUCUAAAAGGGAGGAUCAGCGGAGCAGCCAGCUGAGACAAUGAAGGUGAAGGUGAGGUUCUACGAUUCUUCUUCUACAAUUUUUUGGAUGCCGAUUUAAUUUAAAUUGGGAUUCUAUGAUAUUGUCGAUUUUCUCAAUCUUGAGUCUGAAUUUUUUACACCAGUGAAACAGUUGAAUGAUUAUGAUUGUGUACUGACUAUUCCAGGAACCAUAUUGGUAACACUUCACAAUAGCCAUAACUUAUUAAUGGUAAACAACCAUUUAUAAAUGGUAAGCAGAUAGUGUAAUAAUGUCCUAUCAUCAUUUUCAAAUAGCAUAUAGACCAUUAAUGAAUUGUAAAUUUUACAAUUUUAAAAACCUAACCCUAACCUUAACCCUAACUUUACAACAGCCAUCUAAGUAAUGUUUAUAGGUGGUUUAAAAACCAAACAUUAACCUCCAACCCCUACUUAAUACGGGUUCUCAAUCAUGGUAAGAUGAUGGCCUCCCGGUCUAACCUCUCCAAGGAUAAAGGUUAUGUUAUCCAGCAGUCAUUGGUUCGAUUCCUGGUUUGCUGCGUGUCUACCCUCCACUCUCUGCUCCUCACAUUUCCCAUGGCUCAUCAGCUGUCCUAUCUAAUAAAGGCAAAAAAUAUUGCAAAAUGUCAUUUUAAAAAUAUAAAAAAAUACAGAAUUUCGUAGCUUAACAGCUCUGCAUUGUCAUUAAGCAUCAGAUGAUUGAAUGAACUCCAACAGACAGGCUGACAUGUUGCUCUGCUAAUGUCGUCUAAUACAGUAUAUGUUUUCUUAGCCCACAAACAGAUGAACCUUAGCCUGUAAUCAUGACUUAUUUCCCAUAAAAUUACAACUUUUAUCUUGUGAAUUUAGGACCUUAUUUUUGUAAAUGUACAAGUCCUUUAAAAACUUUAUUUUCAUAAAUUUAUUAGUUAUCAGUUGAGUUUGACAGGCAUUAUGAGGAGGCUGAACUCUCCGGUUCAGUCGUGUUUUUGUGCCUCAGAAGUUCAACACCUCCAGUUGGCUUUCUCUGGUUUCUGUUUAAAGGGAAUAUUUCAUUUGAACUGCAAGUUAUUUCUGUGCUUGAUUUUUCUUCCAUCCUGAUCUUUGGCUCUUGUCCUCUUAUUUGCUUUCUGCUUGAAUUUGUUGUACAUCUGUCAUUUGGAUAGACUUCGUGGGUGUCUGUGGAAAAGUUUUUCAGCUGACGUCUUUUAGAAAAUACAAGGACUCAAUUAGUUUUGGCUUUUUUUUGAAAGAUACAGUCUUGGAAGUUUUCCAACCUGCGAGUUCUGUCCUUCAGGUUUCAUUUUAGGGGGAAUGUAACACCUGACUUAUAUGAUCAGUUUUUGAGUAGGCAAAAAAAUAAUAAACUAAAACUCCAAAUUCUACUUGUACCACUAUGGCGUGAGCAGUAGAAACAAAUGGUAACACUUGGGGCUCUAUAUUCGUACACGCCGGCGGCGCGACGGACAGUGGCAGACCCGUGCAGUGGUAUUUUCGUCUGGCAGUGCCUGGAGUACAGCCAGUUUGGUAUUUUCGUAGACUGAGGUGCACCGAGGUCCGCCAAGCUGGGCGAGGUGGCGCGGCAGGGGGAGGUGUCGACAGAAUCAGCUGGCGCAGUGACAUUUACGUGCUCGCCGCCGGCAUGGAAAGUGCGCUGCAAGCUUGCCAAUUCAAACCUGGUCAGCUUUUAGCACAGGCGGAGCGCAGCUGGUCUAGUGGUAUUUGCCUCACUGGCAGGUUUCCACAGUGUCAGGAACAUUUCAGUGCAAUAAACAAUCAACAACAACUAAUAAUCUGAGUCAGCACAUACAUUUAGAUCUAUUUAGAUAUAUUCUGAUCUAUAUCUGAUCUGAUGAGCACAUUUGGCACGCGUUUAGACACACAAGCUGACCGAAUCGACACAGCUGAAACCGCAUCAAAUUAAAUUAAAUAUUUAGUCAACAGUCACACAUGAUGAAGUUAACAAGAUAUUUAAUUUGUCCCCCUUUCUCUCUUCCUCCUUUUCUCAACAUUUAUGCUGGGCUGUGCCACUCACUUAAAUACCAAAAUGUGCCGGCACGCCGCCGGCAAGGCACGACAGUGAGGCACAACUCACUGACAGUGCCCACAUAGAUAAUGCAAUGCAACUGUUGUUAACAGUUAACAGUUUACAGACUAUGGUGAACUGACAGAAUGGCAUCAAACCUGUUGAUAGGUUACAUCUGCAUAUCCUAUAAAAGGGAAAUACUCAUGUUCAAAUAUUAUUAUACGCUGAUGGUUUUCAUUGUGCGUGGUUUUCACCCCCCUUAGCGCCCUACUUCCCGUGACCAUGGCCUGUCAUUAAUGAGGUCCUUUUGGGGCUAAAAUUUACCAACAAAGUUACAAGAGGCUUUUCCUGUUUGCUAUUCACAUCCACAGAUUGGUAGUUGGUCUGCUGUUGUUGACAAAGGCGUGGUGUCAGGGCAGACAGGAUUUGACUGCCUGCUAUCAUCAGUAACCACACAGCGGCUCAAGCUAAGCCUCAGAACAGAGUCACAAGGCUUUAAAUUACUGACUUCUUAUUUUUGUGUUUCUUAUCAGUGCCUCUGUGAGAGCCCAAAGUGACUGCUGAAUGAAAGGACCUCGAGACUGAUUUUCCAUCCAGAGAAGCUGCCAAGCGGAUGCGACGCUGGACAUCGAGUUUACCUUCUAGCUCCCCUUCAUUGGACUGUAAUCAGUUCUUACCUGUGUGUGUCUUAAACUAAAUCUAUGCAGAGCUGAACAGACUGAGGAGAAACACUGCUGUAAAAUGAUUCCGUUUUCUUCUUUUACAAAGAAAAAAAGUCUAUGUUUGUGUACAAAUUGUUUUUUUUAUCUGAGUUUAUGAUUGAAAAAGGUGAAGAUAGGAGAGAUUUGAUAAACCGAUUGUGUUUUUAAGCCGUUAUAUUUUCAAAAAAAAUCCAACAGAUGGUAGAAAAUGCUCAAAAAACAUGGCUGGCCUCAAUCAUUUUUACAGAUAAUGGAAUAAGACGAUAAAAUUCCAGCAAAAAGCAGGAACACUGCGCUGUAAAUUGGCUGCUUUAUUUUCAUGCGUCAUUUGCUUCAUCUUAGACUGUGAGAUUGUUUUAAGCAGUGUGACAUUUAGUUACAAUCACCUCUGCUUUCUGCAACCGAAAAGGCAAAAAAAAACAGACUAUCAUCUACUGUUUGGGAUGAAGGGACGGGUAAUCUUCUACGAUUUGUAAUCCACAGGGCCCGGUCGUUCAAGAGUGAAUCUGAAUGGUUAAAGCUACCAGGAUGAACAGGAUUUAAGAAAGUAAUGAAGUCUGAAAUUUGAUGUGGAUUAAAUCCUUAGUUUGUGCUUCUUAAAACUUUCAAUUUGGAGAAGAUUAAACCGAUCCCAACAGAGAGCUAGAUUUUGUCUGGAUUACAGAAACUUAACGGAGGAAAACUUUUACAAAACAAAACUUUUUUAAAGAAGUUAAUAUUGAAACCAUAUUUUUUAUUUUGCACUAAAUUACAGAAUCCUAUCAGUGACAUAACACAGUUUCCCACUAUGACCCCCUUCUUGUGAUGAAGGAGGAUCCAUUUAAAAAGGUGACCAGAUGUCUCUGAUUUCCUGGCUAAGGCUGUCCCUGGAAAUGUCCCAGAUUUACGCGUUUCAUGAAUGAGGAAAAAAAUGUUGCGUGUAGACUAGAACAACGGUUAUUACAGUAGCCGAGUAGGUAGGUGGUGCGAGUAAGCAUGUUGCACGUAUUCCUGAACAACAGUUUUUAUGGGGGGUUAUUACAGGGGGGUUUGUCCCUGGAUUUCAUUAUGGAAAUCUGGUCACCUUAAAUUAAAAGUACUUAUAGACUUAAAUCUGUAUACACUAUGUGUCAUCUAUGUAAUCAUUUUAUCACUGGAUUGGUUUGUAUUGGUUUUAAUUCCCCCCACAGAAAAAAAGCUUUUUCUUUUGGUUUGCUGAUGGAAAGUUGUUACAGCAACACAAAGAAAGUGGGUAGGUUUGUUGGGACUCGAAAGAAAGACGUGUAUCGAACAUCCCGAAGAGCAAUAAAAAAAAGGGACAAAUGUAAUUCCACCUCCUCUGCUCAGGCAAAACUAUGAAUCUACUGAAGGGUAAUCGCUGAGAACACACUGACACUAACAGCAAAAGAUGCAAAAAAGAAAACUCACUUUGAGGCGGUUUUCUCAUUCUUGACUGAAAAAAGACACAAACACGUAUUCUUCCUCUGCACACACACACACACACACGCAUAGAUGUGAUGGGUCCUAAUCACACAAGCUGUUAUCUUAAAACUGUAGGAAGUUUAGCAGCGAUCCAUCCCGCUCCUGCUGCCUAUUUAAUGUGUCUUUAAUUCACCGUCAUGAGUCGCUCUGUAACUGCACACACUCUUUUGUUUACUUAUGCAAUGUAAAUCUGUCACUGAGGAUUAUGAGGGAAUGUAAACCAGAGUCUACACACUGUAACUGUGCUCACAUGUCAUGCUAACAUUAACACUCUUUACCAAACUGAAUAAUGAAGGAUGUUUCUGAGAUGUUAUCUGGUGAAAAUGGCUAAAUUCUAUUUUAUUAUUAACUUUUUUAAAAGUCUACAUUUUGUACCUGAUGUGUAACCGUGUAAUUUAAGUACCAGAUUACAAACUGUAUGUUUCAGGUUACUGUGUAAAGUCAGAUUAAUAGAAACUGGGAGUGGAGGUUGAAUUGGACACACACUGAGUUCUGUACUGACCCGUCGAUAACGUCUGCUUCAUGUUCUGCGAGUUUGACAGAGUGAAAAUUAAAGCAGCUUUUCUCACGAGUGGAAUCAGCGGGGUGAAAUGAU